GGUCAACCGACGUGUGACGUCGCUGAGCGGGUAUGGGGUGUCGUCUUAGCGCCGCUGGGAGGUGGAGGCGGUGAAUGAGACUCUGCGCUGAGUGUCUGCUUCAGGGGGGGACAGAGAGCGGGGUCACCGGGCUCCCGGACACACAGGCAGCGGGCUAUGAGGUGAGCGAGCUAUCCAGGGCCUGCGGGAGGAGGAGGAGGAGGGGAGGGAGAGACCUUCUAACAGCCUUCUCAAACAUGGACUACAUUUCCCAUGAUCCUCACCCAUCAUUCUGAGUGCCUGAGCAUCAUGGGAAAUGUAGUCCAGAUCUGCUAGGGCAAUGGAAGGUGAGCCUCUCCUGUGUAUGGAGUAUAAGAAGUGAUGGUCAGGGAUGGAGGAGAUCCCUGGCUGCCCUGCUCUGGGUGCUCUGUGUAUUACAUGCAGCCCUCACUGGGAUAACACCAAGGGCUUAUACAGAGAGCAGGGAAAUACAACAGGAUGCAGCCAUUGAAGGCUCCCUGGACCAUAAUAUAAUGAGGAUACAGUCAGGAUUUAUACAGAGAGCAUUGAAAUAAUGCAGGAUGCAGCCAUGGAAGGCAUGGCAGUCACUAUCUCACUGAGUCUCAUCCCUGGACCAUAAUAUAAUGAGGAUACAGCCAGGAUUUAUACAGAGAGCAUUGAAAUAAUGCAGGAUGCAGCCAUGGAAGGCAUGGCAGUCACUAUCUCACUGAGUCUUAUCCCAGGACCAUAAUAUAAUGAGGAUACAGUCAGGAUUUAUACAGAGAGCAUUGAAAUAAUGCAGGAUGCAGCCAUGGAAGGCAUGGCAGUCACUAUCUCACUGAGUCUUAUCCCAGGACCAUAAUAUAAUGAGGAUACAGUCAGGAUUUAUACAGAGAGCAGUGAAAUAUAGCAGGAUGCAGUCAUGGAAAGCAUGGCAGUCACUAUCUCACUGAGUCUUAUCCCAGGACCAUAAUAUAAUGAGGAUACAGUCAGGGUUUAUACAGAGAGCAUUGAAAUAAAGCAGAAUGCAGCCAUGGAAGGCUCCCAGGACCAUAAUAUAAUGAGGAUACAGUCAGGAUUCAUACAGAGAGCAUUGAAAUAUAGCAGGAUGCAGCCAUGGAAAGCAUGGCAGUCACUAUCUCACUGAGUCUUAUCCCAGGACCAUAAUAUAAUGAGGAUACAGUCAGGAUUUAUACAGAGAGCAUUGAAAUAUAGCAGGAUGCAGCCAUGGAAGGCAUGGCAGUCACUAUCUCACUGAGUCUUAUCCCAGGACCAUAAUAUAAUGAGGAUACAGUCAGGAUUUAUACAGAGAGCAGUGAAAUAUAGCAGGAUGCAGCCAUGGACGGCUCCCUGGACCAUAAUAUAAUGAGGAUACAGUCAGGAUUUAUACAGAGAGCAUUGAAAUAUAGCAGGAUGCAGCCAUGGAAGGCCUGGCAGUCACUAUCUCACUGAGUCUUAUCCCAGGACCAUAAUAUAAUGAGGAUACAGUCAGGAUUUAUACAGAGAGCAUUGAAAUAAAGCAGGAUGCAGCCAAGGAAGGCAUGGCAGUCACUAUCUCACUGAGUCUUAUCCCAGGACCAUAAUAUAAUGAGGAUACAGUCAGGAUUUAUACAGAGAGCAGUGAAAUAUAGCAGGAUGCAGCCAUGGAAGGCAUGGCAGUCACUAUCUCACUGAGUCUUAUCCCAGGACCAUAAUAUAAUGAGGAUACAGUCAGGAUUUAUACAGAGUGCAUUGAAAUAUAGCAGGAUGCAGCCAUGGAAGGCAUGGCAGUCACUAUCUCACUGAGUCUUAUCCCUGGACCAUAAUAUAAUGAGGAUACAGUCAGGAUUUAUACAGAGAGCAUUGAAAUAUAGCAGGAUGCAGCCAUGGAAGGCAUGGCAGUCACUGUCUCACUGAGUCUUAUCCCAGGACCAUAAUAUAAUGAGGAUACAGUCAGGAUUUAUACAGAGAGCAUUGAAAUAAAGCAGGAUGCAGCCAUGGAAGGCAUGGCAGUCACUAUCUCACUGAGUCUUAUCCCUGGACCAUAAUAUAAUGAGGAUACAGUCAGGAUUUAAACAGAGAGCAUUGAAAUAUAGCAGGAUGCAGCCAUGGAAGUCACUAUCUCACUGAGUCUUAUCCCUGGACCAUAAUAUAAUGAGGAUACAGUCAGGAUUUAUACAGAGAGCAUUGAAAUAUAGCAGGAUGCAGCCAUGGAAGGCAGGACAGUCACUAUCUCACGGAGUCUUAUCCCAGGACCAUAAUAUAAUGAGGAUACAGCCAGGAUUUAUACAGAGAGCAUUGAAAUAUAGCAGGAUGCAGACAAGGAAGGCAUGGCAGUCACUAUCUCACUGAGUCUUAUCCCAGGACCAUAAUAUAAUGAGGAUACAGUCAGGAUUCAUACAGAGAGCAUUGAAAUAUAGCAGGAUGCAGCCAUGGAAGUCACUAUCUCACUGAGUCUUAUCCCAGGACCAUAAUAUAAUGAGGAUACAGUCAGGAUUUAUACAGAGCGCAUUGAAAUAAAGCAGGAUGCAGCCAUGGAAGGCUCCCUGGACCAUAAUAUAAUGAGGAUACAGUCAGGAUUUAUACAGAGAGCAGGGAAAUAAAGCCGGAUGCAGCCAUGGAAGGCAUGACAGUCACUAUCUCACUGAGUCUUAUCCCAGGACCAUAAUAUGAGGAUACAGUCAGGAUUUAUACAGAGAGCAGUGAAAUAUAGCAGGAUGCAGCCAUGGAAGGCUCCCUGGACCAUAAUAUAAUGAGGAUACAGCCAGGAUUUAUACAGAGAGCAGGGGAAUAUAGCAGGAUGCAGCCAUGGAAAGCAUGGCAGUCACUAUCUCACUGAGUCUUAUCCCUGGACCAUAAUAUAAUGAGGAUACAGUCAGGAUUUAUACAGAGAGCAUUGAAAUAAAGCAGGAUGCAGCCAAGGAACGCAUGGCAGUCACUAUCUCACUGAGUCUUAUCCCAGGACCAUAAUAUAAUGAGGAUACAGCCAGGAUUUAUACAGAGAGCAUUGAAAUAAAGCAGGAUGCAGCCAUGGACGGCUCCCUGGACCAUAAUAUAAUGAGGAUACAGUCAGGAUUUAUACAUAGAGCAUUGAAAUAAAGCAGGAUGCAGCCAAGGAAGGCAUGGCAGGCACUAUCUCACUGAGUCUUAUCCCAGGACCAUAAUAUAAUGAGGAUACAGCCAGGAUUUAUACAGAGAGCAUUGAAAUAAAGCAGGAUGCAGCCAUGGAAUGCUCCCUGGAACAUAAUAUAAUGAGGAUACAGUCAGGAUUUAUACAUAGAGCAUUGAAAUAAAGCAGGAUGCAGCCAAGGAAGGCAUGGCAGGCACUAUCUCACUGAGUCUUAUCCCUGGACCAUAAUAUAAUGAGGAUACAGUCAGGAUUUAUACAGAGAGCAUUGAAAUAUAGCAGGAUGCAGCCAUGGAAGGCAGGACAGUCACUAUCUCACGGAGUCUUAUCCCAGGACCAUAAUAUAAUGAGGAUACAGCCAGGAUUUAUACAGAGAGCAUUGAAAUAUAGCAGGAUGCAGACAAGGAAGGCAUGGCAGUCACUAUCUCACUGAGUCUUAUCCCAGGACCAUAAUAUAAUGAGGAUACAGUCAGGAUUCAUACAGAGAGCAUUGAAAUAUAGCAGGAUGCAGCCAUGGAAGUCACUAUCUCACUGAGUCUUAUCCCAGGACCAUAAUAUAAUGAGGAUACAGUCAGGAUUUAUACAGAGCGCAUUGAAAUAAAGCAGGAUGCAGCCAUGGAAGGCUCCCUGGACCAUAAUAUGAGGAUACAGUCAGGAUUUAUACAGAGAGCAGGGAAAUAAAGCCGGAUGCAGCCAUGGAAGGCAUGACAGUCACUAUCUCACUGAGUCUUAUCCCAGGACCAUAAUAUGAGGAUACAGUCAGGAUUUAUACAGAGAGCAGUGAAAUAUAGCAGGAUGCAGCCAUGGAAGGCUCCCUGGACCAUAAUAUAAUGAGGAUACAGCCAGGAUUUAUACAGAGAGCAUUGAAAUAAAGCAGGAUGCAGCCAAGGAACGCAUGGCAGUCACUAUCUCACUGAGUCUUAUCCCAGGACCAUAAUAUAAUGAGGAUACAGCCAGGAUUUAUACAGAGAGCAUUGAAAUAAAGCAGGAUGCAGCCAUGGACGGCUCCCUGGACCAUAAUAUAAUGAGGAUACAGUCAGGAUUUAUACAUAGAGCAUUGAAAUAAAGCAGGAUGCAGCCAAGGAAGGCAUGGCAGGCACUAUCUCACUGAGUCUUAUCCCAGGACCAUAAUAUAAUGAGGAUACAGCCAGGAUUUAUACAGAGAGCAUUGAAAUAAAGCAGGAUGCAGCCAUGGAAUGCUCCCUGGAACAUAAUAUAAUGAGGAUACAGUCAGGAUUUAUACAGAGAGCAUUGAAAUAAAGCAGGAUGCAGCCAUGGAAGGCUCCCUGGACCAUAAUAUAAUGAGGAUACAGUCAGGAUUCAUACAGAGAGCAUUGAAAUAUAGCAGGAUGCAGACAAGGAAGGCAUGGCAGUCACUAUCUCACUGAGUCUUAUCCCAGGACCAUAAUAUAAUGAGGAUACAGUCAGGAUUUAUACAGAGAGCAUUGAAAUAAAGCAGGAUGCAGCCAUGGAAGGCAUGGCAGUCACUAUCUCACUGAGUCUCAUCCCUGGACCAUAAUAUAAUGAGGAUACAGUCAGGAUUUAUACAGAGAGCAUUGAAAUAUAGCAGGAUGCAGCCAUGGAAGGCAUGGCAGUCACUAUCUCACUGAGUCUCAUCCCUGGACCAUAAUAUAAUGAGGAUACAGUCAGGGUUUAUACCAAGGGGAGAGGAAUAAAACCAUGAACUCUGCAAUGCAGCUUCUCAUUCUUGACAGAUUGAUUUCCAGGGCUGGCAUGAUAUAAAGGAAUUUUCCUUUGGCCCAAGUCAUGAAGGGAUUAUUACAAGAAUAAAAACCCAAUUUCAGCACCCUUCUAGGCUUUAUGGAUCCAAUUUAUGUAAUAUACUCUAAAAGUUGCAGUGUGAAUCAUGUCUUCUAUAUAGUGAUAGAAUGAUGUCAGUAUACUUGCUAAAGCUGCUUAGAGCCACCCAUCCAAGCAGGCCUAGUAGGGUUUCGGUGUUUUUCAGAAAUAAUCAAAAAUAAGAUGGGAUGUCAUGCCUUCCUUGACCGCAUUAUGAUGCUACUGGGAAUACAUUGUAUCUGUCAUACAGAUUUAAGAAAACACUUUACACUUACACAGUAGUAUUUGUAAAAGUUACAUUGUAACAAUAAACAAUGUGACCAAAUACCAAUUUUAGCAUCAGCGAUUGGUAUUAACUUUGUACUGUUGAGAUAUAUGGCUUAAUUUGUGUGAAUCAGCCCUAGUAAUCAUAAUUAUACGCUUGUCAUAUGUUUUUAAUCUUUUUUUUUUUUUUUUUUUUUUGCUUUUUUUAUCUUCAAGACUUGUGAACAUCCCCCUACUUUAUUUUUAUUACAAUGUUUAUUCUGGUCUUUAACAUAACAUUUCUGUUCCAGGUACAUACUGCCCCUUUUUUUUUUGUAUGGAAAUGUUGGCUCCUGAUGCCUGUUUUAUUUGUUGAAUUUCAAUACUAUGCUAAUAUUUAUCACUUCCACUUAGUCUGUUCCAAGUUAAUUUUGCUCUUUUUGUAUAGAAAUCGCAUUAGUCCUUAGUCUCUGUAUUUCAUGCAAUGUCGUCUUGUCUAUAAUGCGCUAUCAGUCCUAUCCCUAUUCACUUUUUUUUUCUUCUGCUUAUUCAUGACAUUAGUACAUGAGAAUUGUUGACCUGGGCUCCUUGUCACACUUCUUAAGUAUUUUACUUUUAUCCCCAAUUUUAUAUUCUAUGACCACUGCUUUUGAAAUGCAGUGAUUUAGUCUUUUGCAUCAAAAUAAAAAGGCUUUUUUUUUUUUUUUUUUGACUGAGGUUUAAAUUGCCAUGUGUACAAGGCGAAGUUCAAGUUUCUAGGAAAAAAAACCCAAAUCAAGCUGGUAACCAUUUCAAAGCCCAAGUAUGUUUUAUGAUUUGGCUAUUUUUGGGCUAAACUUUAGAAAUUACCAUUUGAUUCCUGGUAAUGUCCAUCAGGUCACCCCAAUUCUUUUGUUUAUAACUUGUCAGUGUAUCCAUCAGCUCUGCAUUAUAUUCUGAUAGUGUGGUAAAGCGAAAAAAACACAAGACGCAGAUUAUCUACCAUUGCUGUUUGUUGAUUUUUUUUCCAGUCUCACUUUUUCCGUUCACAAAUUCCUCUGCAUUCUCAGGAAAUGUCCUUGUUGACCCCUUUAUUUCUGGAUUUUAACACCUUAUGGCUAAAUCACUAACAAGUACGGGUGAUUUUAUAAUUUUACUUCUUCAUUACAUAUUGAAUUCACCGAUAUUUACUAUUUACAUUUUUGCCAUUAUUGAAAACCGGUUUGUACUUUAAACGGUUACUUUUUAAACUAGAGUUGUAAAAUUCAUGCCAAAAUAUGAGGGUUGGAAUUAUUUUAUAAUAAUUCGGUUCCAUUUAAACACUAAUAAAUACGUUUAUGGUCUUGUUCUGAAUUUUCAAUUCCCCUUUUAAUUUCCAGUUUUAGACUGUGAUAGCUUAUCAGACCUUUACAAAUGAGUCCUAUAUUGCUGCUCAGCGAUUGUUUAGGCGGGCUGGGCAUUAUAGAAAGCACAUGUUUGUGGAGUGAAUAUAUUUGAUAAUGCUAGUUUUGAAAUAUGCGCCUUUCAUGGAUUGCUUUACUUUAUAACCUGUAAAAGGGAUUCAGCGAACACAAGGCAGCCAGCAUUUAUGAAAUGCAAAGUGGUCAAUACAUUUUGCUAUGAAAUUUUUAAAAUGCUCUGGAGUAUAUUGCAUUUUCCUAUAAAGUGUGCUAGUUUGUUUUAGAAAUUUGCUGGAUUCUUUAGUCCAUGUCAUUAUGCCAGAUUGGACUGCUGUGUUGGAAUUAUUGUAAAAGUUAGAAUAGUCUGAGAAUGUAUAUUGCCUGUGAUGGAAUUUUAGGGAUACUGAAUGACUUUCUAUCUUUUAACAUUUUUACUUCUUUAUCUUUGGGACGAAAUUUCAUCCCUCACAUUAAUUUUGCAAGAAACAUGCUUGUUCCCUACAUAGUUUUUGAAGAGCUUUUAUAGAAACAAUAUGACUCUAAUGCCCUCCUCUCCAUAUAAUAAAAGUGAUAGGAUUUUACUCUUUUCCAAUACCAUCUGGAAUGUUUCCUGGGGCACUGAAGUGACUAAACAGAUUGGUCAUUACUCGCAACUUAGUUGGACUGGAUAGUUGUGUUCUUUUGUUGUUUUUUUUUUUUUUUCUUUGCUGUGAUUUUAUGCGUCCUGUUUUACUGAAAAAUGUGACUGUAAAAUAUUUCAUAUGCAACACUGUUGUAUCGUGCUUUAUUAUUGAUGCUAUCAUGCAUGCAAUGUCAAUUAGAUUUUUUUUUUAUUUUUUUUUAAUGUUUGCAUUAUUUGCAAGGAAUGCUCAAUCCUAACUCUGCCUUCACUUGAUCUUUCGGGGAUUGGCUCAUGUACUAUUUCUCAAUAUAGUACACUGCAUUCGAGUGUACAAAUGGCUUUUUUUUCCCUUUCUAUUUAUUGUAGUGCUUUAAGGUCAGUCUGUGGCAGAAUAAAUCUGUGUAAGCAUUGUUUUAUAUUGUGGAUCUAUAAUACCCUGGAGUUUCGUUCAUUAAAUCAAGGCCAGAAAUUUUUCAGCAGUCUUGAUGUAGUGAUCUACAUUCUCAUUAAAGCUCUCACAGCCACAGUGCCGGCAAAGCAUCAGGGGAGAUGUAGUUCACAACAUCUGGAGUGCCAAAGGUUGCCUACCCAUGCACUAAAUAGUGAAUUGAAAACACAUUUAAAAUUUUUAGACUAAAAUAACAAACAUUUGGGCAAAUUCUCUAACUCCACGUUAAGCACAGCACAUGCUGGUAACAUUUCCAUAAAAUAACAUGUUUUUAGUAUUCUUGGAUCUUUGUAUGGACACAUUUAAUGUUGCUUUUGUUAGAUCAUUCCCUUGCCUUCCCUUUAAAAGUUAGCACAGUAAGGGGCUGCCUGCUUUUAUAUCAUUUGAAUGAUUUCUGAAGAAGAUGCAGAUAAAGCUUUUCGUAUCCUAUUGCCUGCUUAGACUUCUACAGUGCUAUUGUUUUUGGCUACAUUUUAGAGACUCCUAGAUAAGAAUGUACAAAAAUCUUUUGUCUGCAUUAUACUUCUUUGCAGUCAGCCAUUGAAUCGCCAGUGCUAUUGAAAGUGCCUUAGUUUAGUGAUUUGCUAUACAUCUACAUUCUGAUUCUCAGAUUUGCAUCCGAUAUUGCUAGUUCAAUCAUUGCCAUUUUUUUCUCUUAACAAGUUUAUAUAUUAUUUGAAGGGAUAUCCUAAGCACCGAAACAUCUUUUAUCUUCGUGAAGCAGUUUUUGUGUAUGGAUCAUGCCCCUGCAGUCUCGCUGCUCAAUUCUCUGCCAUUUAGGAGUUAAAUCACUUUUGUUUCUGUUGAGGCAACUCUAUUAAUUGAACUUUAGUCACACAAAAGGCUCUAGCUGGCUAUUGGCAUAGCAGGAGAUAAUAAAUGAUAAAUUAGACUGCAAUAAAGGAAGAUUUAAACAUUCAAUCUCUCUACAGGAAAUGUGUAGGGAGGCUGUGUAGGUCACAUGCAGGGAGGUGUGGGUAGGGCUGCAUAAACAAAGUGAUUUAAAGAGAUGUUCUGGUCACCAUAACCGCUUCAUGUAAAUGAAGUUAUGUUGCCAGGUGGCCCUCUGGGUGCGCUUUUACCUUAAGGGAUUAACUCCAAAGGUUGCCUCCAGCACCAAUCUCCAGGUCAUCCAAGUAACACCUGGCACCUGAAUCUGAGUAACAGGAAGUGCUGAGUGUGGCCAUGCAAGGGCGUUGCUGAUUCGCUAGAGUGGUCAGCAAAAAAAGUACAUAAUUCCUUAAGCUGAUUUUAUUAAACUGGUUGUGGACAGGGACUGCGAGGAACGGUUCUGGAAUGCCAGCUUUCGGGUCAAACAGUUUGUGAAUGGUAUAACCCCUAAAAAUAAUGAAGUGCCAAGGACCUCCUGGCACCAUAACAAUUUUUUAUUGAAGUGUUCCUUUAAAUUGUUAUGAAUUUAGUUUUCCUUUAAUUUUCUUGGCAGCUUGCGAUGUCUUUAGUCAAAGAUUGCUGUCAGGUUUUUCUUGGAUGUACAUUGUUACCUAGGGCAUGUAUUUUACAUUGUACACAGAUAAUUGUGUUAUUUUUAUCCACCAUUAAUUGCAUUCUGUCGACAUUAAAUACAUCAAGCCUGGUUGCUAGGCAGUGACAUUUUCCCUUUUUCCUGUUACUUCAACACUGGCAAGUCAUGGGUGGUUUAUUUUAACAACAUGCAAAAGCUUAUAUAAUGAUGAUAAUUAUCAUAAGGAUAUCAUUAUUAUGUGUAUUGUGUGCGUAUCUAUCUCUGUUAGUGAUCUGCAUAUUAGAGGAAAAUAAUAACCAUUGAGCGGUUCUGGAAACAUCAUAACAAGCCAGAAGAUCUACGGCAGAUGGCAUAAUUUUUCCCCGAAUGCGUCGUUUUUGUUUCUCAUCUUGCAUCAUCUUUAGGCUGUAGCAAAUGUGUUAGGGUAAUUAAGGGGUUAAAGCAGCCUAUGUGACCGCAGCACUGGGACUUUGAGAGGUUCAUUCAAGACAGCAGCUAUUUCAGUUUGGGAACAGGCUGAAUUAAAAUGAUGGAAGCUCUCACUAAUCUCAGGCAGUCUGGGAUAAACAGUUAGCCUAGCCGCUGAACUUACGUCGCCAGAUGUUGUAGAACUACAACUUUUAGACUUGUAAAAACAUAAUGGGAAUUGUAGUCCUACAACAGCAGAGGAUUUACGAUUAACUACCCUGGAUUAUUCAGUGCUUGUCCUAAGAUUUUUAGAUCUGCCGGGAAAAUGGUCAAGCUGUUAUCGUUUUUUCAUUUAAAAUUUGUUGUGUUUUUUUUUACCAUUUGUUCUGCAGCUCUUUAUGAUUAUGAUAGCGUCUAAUCCUGCUAAACUUUUUGGCACUCCCAGAUCUAGAGGAGAAUCAUAGGAAAUUUAGUUCAUGCCUUUGCAGUGCUAAGUUUAGCAAUCCCUGAUCUGGUCUGUUUAUCCAUCAAAAUUUACUCUCUUUCAACACAUGAGUAGUUGUUGUGGACAUGGAAAACUUGAGAUGUAAUGAUUGAAUAAAUGCCAGCAGCGUGUAGUGUAUUCUCAUGUCCAAUGUAUUUUAUGCACAGAAUGGGACAUAAGACGAUCCGGAAUAUGUCGUAAAUUGCUAAUUACUCUGGAUGUGCAGUAUUUAAAACUCAAACUGAAACAUUGCACAUCCAGACUCCUGCCACCACAUCCACUUAAAAAAGCAGAAGUGGUAAUGCUGAUUGGAGUAACCCUUCAAAAUACCACUUCUCUUGUCAUCCAACUUUUUAGUAAUUCCUCUGUAGAAGAUGAUUUAGUUUUGUGUGUUUAUAUGAUGAAAUUACAAGAACAAAAUUACUUUUGGAGAAUAAAUAAUUGAGGGUAAUGAUAGCUUUAUGGUCAUGCUUAUGAAAAGAUUUCUAAAUGGAAAAAUAAAUGACAUUCAAUCAGUUAGUAUGAUUGUCAUAAAGAUUAUUUAUUUUAUAAAAGAGACAGAGCCACUGUAACAUGGUCAUGGUGCUUGCUGUUGGUGUGAUGCUGUGUUUCAGUAUAAAAUGCUGAAAAUACAGAGUUUAACCCCUUUGCUGCUGAGGACCGCAUCAUUAGCCAGCCUGAAACAAGAAGUCCAGGCUGGCUAAAGUCCGUUCUGUGCAUUUUUGCUGUCUGUCGUCUGAUAAACAUUCUCCGCUGUAGUUACCCUUUGAGGUACAGCAAUCACCCGGGUUUUAUCAGCUUUUUCACAGAACAGAGUUUGGGAAUUACAAAACUUCUGGAAUAAAAGGGAAUCAUGACAUGUCACACAUGUCAUGUGUCCUUAAGGGGUUUAAAACCAAUAUAAUUUAUUAGGUAACUAAUUUUUUGAAUAUUUUUUUAAAGGGACAGUCUCCGCAUCAAAAUCACUUACAUUGUUACAAUCUGAAUUUACGUGACUUAAAGCGGCGUUGUCAUCCUCACCCAAACUGAGCAUUUCAUAAAGAUAAAAUCAUGAAAUUCUCAUAAAAACUUAGAUUCCAACAGAGUCAAAAGUUAUCGGAAGACAAAGUAGGGACUCCUGUUGCACAUGUGAUACUGCAGCGCUGACGUUGGCAACUGAAGCGGACAUUGUGGAAAAAGAUGGCGGCCCUGCGAGGGGCUGGUUUAAGGAAGUAAAAGCUACCUUACCCUGCAUCCCCUGGGGUACAGCACAGCAGUCACUAUCUGGGGUGAUAAAAUGCGACAGAGCCGCUUUAAUCUGAAUUGGGAAAACUGAGGCAAAGCUAGCCAUAUUGUAAUUAUUGUUGAGUUGGGGAUUAUAGCCCAUAGUUACAUAGUUACAUAGUUACAUAGCUGAAAAGAGACUUGCGUCCAUCAAGUUCAGCCUUCCUCAGAAAUGUUGUUGCUGUUGAUCCAAAAGAAGGCAAAAAACCUGGUCUGAAGCACUUCCAAUUUUGCCACAAACUAGGAAAAAAUUCCUUCUUGACCCCAAAAUAGCAGUCAGAUGUCUCCUUGGAUCAAUCAGCUAUUACCCCACUAAUUAGAAAUUAUAUCCCUGUAUGUUAUGUUUUUGUAAGUAUUUAUCCAAUUUCAGUUUAAACAUCUGUAUGGACUCUGACAAAACCACCUCUUCAGGCAGAGAAUUCCAUAUCCUUAUUGUUCUUACUGUAAAAAAACCUUUUCUUUGCCCAUGCUUUUUCUUGAAUUCUGUAAGCCAGGGGUGCGCAAUUUUAGAUCCACUAUUUUGCAGAACUACAACUGCCAUGAUGCUUUGCUAUUUUAAAGGCUGAUAAACCAUCAUGGUAGUUAAGGUCUACUUUUUGCAAGCCAUGUUAAAUACCAACAUGUGCUUCCAUGACAUUGCCAUAUCAGAGAAGAGUCCAGUCAUCUGUCACUGCUCAAACAUCCCCCACCCCCCUUUCCCAGCCAAACUUGCUGUGCACUUUAUUUCCCCCAUCUUGCAUAUUUGUUGCUGGAUGCACCUCAAACAGCUUGUUUAUAAAAAACAAAAAAAACUGACGAUACCUGCUAACUCUAACGGGGCUCCUACCCUCUUGGAGACUUUCACAUUAGGAAUAUGGUGAGUAAGGGACUGGGCAUGGGUGCUUGGGAGACGGUUUAUGUCACUGGUUUGAUGCAGAAUUUGAAAACCGUGAUCGUAACAGUGCUACCACCAUAACCACUGCACUGGUGUUUAGAGUGUCCGUUUAAUCAAGUAGGAAACAUACUUUUGACUCCAGGAAAUGGAGCCAUGUAGUUCAGCAUUGUGCAACAAUUCCUUUCUCCCUCUGCUGGAUUUGUGCUUACUGCUUAAUUUACAGUUUUGUGUUUGGAGUUAUUAGUGGUGGUUGUACAGUUCAUGCACACAGCGGACACGGUCUACUUUAUAGUAAGCUAUGAAUAGUCUGAGAGAGAGGAGGGUGUUUCUGUGGUAUGCGCACACUUACAUUUUACAUGGAUGGACAGAGGAGGAAGCAUAGUUCUUAUGGCUCCUUGGAUUGGUAUUUACAAGUACGUUUGCCUUUCACCGCAGAAUAAUUGUUAUGGUGUUGAGACAAACUGUAGCUAUGUGUAUUGUUCAUAUAUGAUUUUAAUUCUCUCUUGCCCUAUGUCUUUGAUAAUCCUAUAUUUUCCUUCAUACCAGAACACCUGAAACCUUUUCAGCAUGUAUUCUUUGCUGUGUGUACAGAAAAGGAUAUUGGCUAUUGAUAUGAUGGUGGUAAAGUCCUAGCUGUCCAAUACUCGGAGUCUGUACUAAUGAUGUAUCUGGGUUCCCUCUGAGCAGGCUGCUCUCUAGGCUCUCACAGAUGGUUCCGUUUACUGUGUGAUAUUCCACAUGUAGAGGGCUUGACAUUUCACUGUCUCUAGAAUACUCUUACUGACAGAUUUCAUACACCUGAAAUUCUUUUGCUCCUUUACUGUAUAUUCCCAACCUGGAUCCUCAAGUAUAAACAGAUUCCCAAACCCUCUGUCAUAAAGAUUAAUGUAGAAAGGCUGUUACAUGUUAAGAAGUGAUUUUGGCAAAUACACCUACAAACCAUCAUCGUGGUGUGUCGUCAGGGAUUGAUGUUCAAAUAUUGUAUUUUCCCUGCUGCAGUAAAACCGCACUUGUUCUAUUCAUCCAACUGAUCAGAUGGUAGUUGACAUUAGAGACGAAUAGAAUGAUGAGAGUGAUUUUAUAGCAUUGCUGAUUUACAGUAGAUGGUCACCUUGGAUAUCAUACAACUGUGACGUGUUAAAGGAACACUCUGAAACCAUAACCACUACAGAUGAUUCCCUCGUACAACCACACAGCAAUACAAUGCAACAGACACAACUCAUAAACAUGGACCGUUUUUGCUUAUUUGAAAAAAAAUAAACAAGUGUGGUGAGUCCAUCAGAUAUAGAUAUAUUUUAAAAAAACAUUUUUUUUUAAAUCUUUUUGGAGAAAAAUCACAAGUCAGUGGAGGUUCUCAGAAAAAACAUUUUUUAAAUUUUAUAUACUGGGCUUGAAUUUAAAUCCUGAAUAAAGCUUGUGCUUUUAGGUCUAAAAUAGUCAGAUUAAAUGGACCAGCUGGCUUUUGUUUGUCAUGUCUUUCUGAUUCUAUGUAUAAUGCACAGCAAAAUUGGGCUAUCUAUUCUUAAUAUCUAGCAACACAUCAACCCGUAAGCAGCUUUGUAGGAGCGUGAUCAUGAGAGCUGAAGUAAUUUGGGUUAAUGGGUUAGUGCUUCAUUUGUUUAAAAGGGAAAUUACAGGUGGGUGAAAGGCGAUCAUCCUGAUUUAUUGCAGUAAAAAUCCUUUGCUUUGAAUCCUUUGAGACGUCAUACAGCAGGACACAGCUUGGCUGUCAAAACUUUGUUUAAUAGUUAGACCACUCUGGGAGGGUACGAGGGAAUCAUCAUCUGCAGUGGUUAUGGUUUCAGAGUGUUCCUUUAACACAUCAGUUUUAUAUCGAAGUGCACAUAUACUGUGAGUAUCCUGUGUCUUCCAUACUGGUAUCAAAAGGGGCUUGAACAUGCGCCAUAUAGCUGUGAUUUCCCAUUUACUUCAGGACUUCACUAUGCAUGCAUGCAACUCCCGUUUAUUUUAAAGGGGAAGCACUAGUCACAGGAAGUGUAUGUGUGUACAAUGCUGUAGAGUACCAUUACUUUGGGUAAUUGUAACGUAACAUCCCCUGGAAGUAACAUCUUCAGGGCGUACUUGGAAACCAGAUAUGUAAAUAUUUCCUGGUUAAAUACUUUAUAUUAUCAUAUUUUAUGAUCGCUACUAUGUAUGCUUACUGCUAUCCCAUUUAAAUCAAUUACAGAAAUGCUCCAAUGGUCUGUGCUUUUUAAUUUGUUUUGGGUGGGGGCAAACGGGUUAAUGCUAGGUAGAUAAUAAACCGCUUUAUGCCAUAUAUCUUUAGAUUUUUAUUUUUUGCUUUUUACCAGAUACCAGUGUAGAAGAUACAGGAUAUUCAUAGUAUAUGUGCACUUAGAUAUCAUAAAACUGACACGUGUUAAAGGAACACUCUGAAACCAUAACCACUACAGCUGAUGAUUCCUUCGUACCCUCCCAGAGUGAGCAGUCUAACUAUUAAAGUUUUGACAGCCAAGCCGUGUUCAUGCAAAUUUUCACUUACCUCAAAUUGCUCCCAUAUACAUUUUACAUAUCAUAUGAUACAUGGUGUAUUUAGUGUAAAAUAUCGAAAUUUAAUCACAUUUCCUCUGUUCCAGCGUCGCCAUCUUAAAGCUUUGUGGAUGUUACUGUUAGUGUAACACCCACCUCUGGCCCAUCCAUCGCACCUCAAGUGCUCCUCCCACUGUCUUCUUUGAUUCGCCCAAAUUGAGAAGCAUCCCCUGCAGGAAAAUCUCGCCAGUGACGUUUGUACCCUGGCUUCGUUGCCGGCAUCGGACUGGAGUGGCAUCAUGUCACUCAGUUUCUAUGCUAGAAGCGCUGGAUAGGGAGUUUCCAUAGCAACCACAGCACAUUAUGGGUGGAGAGUAGAAUGACCUAUGGGAGAUUUUUAAAUGUUUUUUUUUUUUUCAUUUCUACUAUACUGUACAUUUGCUAGCACAAUGUAGUGAUAGAAUAUUAUGCUCCAUCUAAUGAGCAUUACGUUGUUUGGGGCAUGACAGGUGCCCUUUAACCCAUGUGUUACAGAUCAUGUUUGCAAAUAUCCAUUUUGGACAUAAAUUAUUUAACAUGAUAGGGACUCCCCCCAAUUUUUUUAUUUUAUUUUUUUUGCUCCUAACUAUUUGGCCUAGGGCUUCUUUACCUACUACUCCGGUAUGUUAAACAUGUUUUGUUAGAAUUAAGUGUUUGUCUUGUUUACCUAUUGUACAGCACUGCGGAGUAUGUUUGCGCUAUGUAAAUAAUUGUAAAUCUGAUUAGUCAAAAAUAAAUAAACGGUAUUCAGUCUAUACUGCAUUAUUUUGCAUCUGAAUGAACUGGUCUCCGAGAACAUUAUUUUGUUUCAUUUAUACUAUUGUUUGGAGCGACACCUAUUGUAAAGUAUAUUAACUUGUAAAAAAAAAAAAAAAACACUCUCUACUGCCUCACAGCACUAAGAUCAGAUAGAGAAAGAAGACUGUGUAUAAUAUAUAAUUAAAGACCUAUUGUAAGCCCCCUGCUUUUGAAUGAAGGUGAGCACAUUGUUUUAGCUUUCUGUAAUUAAUUGAUACAACUUGCAAGCUAUGUGUUUUCAAUGGAUGCUGUAAUAGACGAGAAUGAGAUCUUGGCAGGAAUUCAGCGUAAGGGAGGUUCCUCUGUAGUGAGUGGGAAUAGAUUUAGAUGGAAAUUGGCGUUUAAUGGGGCAGAAAGGAAACUGCCUUGAACCAAGAGAGGGUGUCGGCUAAACUCUUUUUUAGGGGGUUGAAUGGCCUGCUCAGUAAAAUGUGUGCCCAUUCUGCAUGCAUAGUGAAGUCCUGAAGUAAAUGGGAAAUCACAGCUAAUUGGUUUACUAUCAAUGGUAUGUUCUGUUAUUAACCAAUAUUUCCAGACGUGUGUUUGUGAACAUGUUUACGCUGCUGUCUAUACCACACCUUUAUAUAAUGUAAAGAGCUAACUUGAGAGACACAUAUUUGCGUUUCUACUGCACAGUAGUCAAAAACUGCUAUAGAGACCCGGUUAGCUAGCUCUUAAAUAGUAACCCAUUCACUGCCAGCAUUAGGUAUACACAUUUUUCACAUUGGGGCACUGCAGGCACAAUAACAACUUAAUCGCAAUUAAGCUGUUAUGGAAUGAGCAGGCCCUGGGUGUGAUUUUACCUUAACCCCCUUAAGGACACAUGACAUGUGUGACGUCAUGAUUCCCUUUUAUUCCAGAAGUUUGGUUCUUAAGGGGUUAAAGGGCUAAAACGAUAAACUUUUUAAACCCAAACAAUGGAAAAUGACGCCCGAUCGCUCUGCUCAUCUACUUCCGUUCUUGGUCUCAGGCUUCAAUCAGGACAAUUACAAAUUUUACAAUGAAAAUUUAAGUGAAAGGGAUACUUUGUGCACUCGAACCAAUUCUCCCCCCUUUCAACCCUGUAACUGAAAACCUUGUUAUGCAGAAUGUCAGUGUUUUCAUUGACGGUUUAAUUGCCUCUAUUGGCUGUCACUCACACUUCAGAGGAAAUCUGAUUGCACAGACUGCACAUGCACACUAGAUUGAGAUGUUUUUUAAAAAAAGAUAGCCAUCAGGUCACUAUAGCAUUAGGAUACAGAUGUUUAUUCCUAAUGCUAUAGCAGGGGUAGGUAACCUUCAGCACCUCAGAUGUUGUGGACUACAUUGCCCCUGAUGUUUUGCUAUCAUCAUAGCGAUAAGAGCAUUCUAGAAAUGCCGAAGGUUGCCUAAGUCUGCACUUCUUUCACCCCUUAAGACCGGAGGGGGUACAAUUACGCCCUAUUUUAGGCGGCUCUAAAGGCCGCCGAGCGUAAUUGUACCCCCUCCGGUCUUUCAUCACUUACCAGCGAUCGCGGUGGGAGGGACUCCCAGGGAGCCCCCCCGCGGCAGAUCCUCCUCCUCUCGUGCCCCCCGGCCAUGUGAGAGUGAGGUCCUCACAAUCCUCACAAGGCUGGGUAGGCUGCCUUGUGUGUGUGUGUGUAUAUAUGUAUAUAUAUGUGUAUAUAUAUGAUACACAAGAUCCAGCGCACUCACCUAUCCACUAAACAGCAACUUCAAUGUUGAAAGAUUUUAUUUGUUUUUUUAAAAACACCUAAUCUAGGCAAAAAUAAUGGGGGUUUAGUUACAUUAUAUGAUCAUACAGUGCAUAAGCCUGCCACAACGUCAAUGUACCCCAUCUUUGGCAGGUCCUACACUAACAGCCUAAUGUCUGCUCUUAUGAGAUUAACCUACUUGGGGAAAGAAAUUCCAUCUGGGGCUCUCUGCAGUACAAGGCUAAAUAGUGUAUUGGAUGAGGCCCCUGCAGCACCCCCAUUUAUGCAUGUUAAGGUGAGUGCAGCCAACCCCCUCUUGUUUUAUAUAUAUUUGGGAGUCUAGCCAACUCCUUGGUUUUGCACCCCUCCCUGUCACAGGUGCCUCAUCCCAGGGCCCUAUUUAGCCUUGUACUGCAGAGAGCCCCAGAUGGAAUUUCUUUCCCCAAGUAGGUUAAUCUCAUAAGAGCAGACAUUAGGCUGUUAGUGUAGGACCUGCCAAAGAUGGGGUACAUUGACGUUGUGGCAGGCUUAUGCAAUGUAUGAUCAUAUAAUGUAACUAAACCCCCAUUAUUUUUGCCUAGAUUAGGUGUUUUUAAAAAAACAAAUAAAAUCUUUCAACAUUGAAGUUGCUGUUUAGUGGAUAGGUGAGUGCGCUGGAUCUUGUGUAUUGUAUUAUUUGGCCCCCAGCAGCACCCCCAUUUAUGCAUGUUAAGGUGAGUGCAGCCAACCCCCUCUUGUUUUAUGUAUAUAUAUGUAUAUAUAUAUAUAUAAUGUGUGUGUGUGUGUGUGUGUGUAUAUACACAUAUAGAUUCACAUACGUGUGUGUGUGUGUGUAUAUAUAUAUAUAUAUAUAUAUAUAUAUAUAUAUAUAUAUAUAUAUAUAUAUAUAUAUUUUUUUUUUUUAAUUCUACAUAUAUAUUUAUGUAAUAUUUUUACAUAAUUAGGUAUCUUAAUUACAAUUAACGGGACCUGCCUGACAACCCAUGCCGAAAGUAAAGGGAAUCUAAUUUGCUAGCACUAUAUUUAACCCUAUAACUUUCCAAGACACCAUAAAACCUGUACACGGGGGGUACUGUUCUACUCGGGAGACUUUGCUGAACAUAAAUAUUAGUGUUUCAAAACAGUAAAGUGUAUUACAACGAUGAUAUCGCCAGUAAAAGUGACGUUUUUUGACUUUUUCAUGCACAAACAGCACUUACACGGAUGAUAUUGCUGUGAUACUUUUUACUGUUUUGAAACACAAAUAUUUGUGUUCAGCGAAGUCUCCCGAGUACAACAGUACCCAUCAUGUACAGGUUUUAUGGUGUUUUCAAAAGUUACAGCGUCAAAUAUAAGGCUUGUGUUUCAUUUUUUUCACAUUAAAAUUCGCCAGAUUGGUUAUGGUGCCUUUGAGACCCUAUGGUAGCCCAAGAAUGAAAAUUACCCCUAUGAUGGCAUACCAUUUCCAACAGUAGACAACCCAAGGUAUUGCAAACGGGGUAUGUCCAGUCUUUUUUAGUAAACACUGGCCAAAAUUGGUGUUUUUUGCCUUUUUCACACAAACAAAUACGCUAACUUUGGCCAGUGUUUGUGGCCAAAUGGCUACUAAAAAAGACUGGACAUACCCUAUUUGCAAUACCUUGGGUUGUCUACUAUUGCAAAUGGUAUGCCAUUAUGGGUGUAAAUUUCAUUCCUGGGCUACUAUAAAGUCCCAAAGGCAAUGUAACCAAUCUGGCAAAUUUCAAUUUCAAAUGUAACGUGCUAUAUUUGACACUGUAACUUCCCAAAACACCAUAAAACCUGUACAUAGGGGGUACUGUUUUACACGUGAGACUUUGCUGAAUACAAAUGUGUAUUUUAUUGCAGUAAAAGCAAACAGUAUUAUGACAUUGGCAGUUAAAAUGUCAUGUAGAACUAAAAUAAUCUAAAAAAAUCUUAUUUUCUCCCAUUUUUUUCAUAUUAAAUUAUGUUUCAUAGCUAAAUAUUUGAUAUUAAAUGAAAGCCCUGUUUCCCCUGAAUAAAAUGAUAUAUAAUAAGGGUGGGUGCAUUUAAUAUGAAAGAGGUGAAUUACGGUUGGACAGACAUGUAGCGCAAAUGCCAGGUUUUGUUUACAUUUGCAGGGCUCUCCGUGAUCCUUAUAACCGUCUGGAUUCAGUGUGGUUCGAAUUACUGAAUCAUAAUUGACUGCGUUGUUAAUGUUUACUUUUACUCUUGUUGAGUAAUGCUGAAAACAAGGGGAAAUGUAACACUUGGAAUUAUUGCGUAGCAGGUGACACAUUUGUGGCCGGGUAACAUUCCUCAGUAGUUUUGUAGCGAAGCAAGGCUUAGUCUCUUACUUGGCAGGUAGACCUUGGACUAAACGACACAUAAAAUUGCAGUUACUAGUCGUUAGUGUUACCCACAUUUCUUUUAUUUGAUGUUUCUUUAUAUAGCGCUCUUGUCCUGAGCAAUUUACAGAUUAAGAACAAAGAAUAUAGGAGUGUUUACAGACAGUGGGAUAGGCCGGAUAUGGCCAAAGGUAUGUGUAAGAGUUGUUUUGCCUUCCAUGCCAAUUCCAUGGGCAUUAGGCACAGUUCUUGUGCUGAUGUUGCAGUUUGGAAUUCUGCUUUCUUGCACAUGCUCUGUGAAUCUGUGUGGUCUACAUCUUCUCCACUGGGCUGUUGUUGCUCCUAAACACUCCUUGUAAAUGUGUGGCCGCAUUCAGCUCUCUCCUGGGAGUAGAGAGCACCGUUCAGCUUGUUAAGGAAGACACACUCCAAAUUCGUCAAAACUGACACAACCAUCCUGAAAACAAAGUUUCUGGGCUGGCUGACUAACAGGAGCUGGAAGACUGCUACACCAUGAUAAAAAUGUUAGAUGGCUGCUCUAAGUGCAAGCUGUAGCGGUUACGGUGCUAGUUACUGGAAAGGGCUCAAACCCUUUGCAAAUUGUCUGAUACUUACCUGUGUUCCCCCUGGUGUCCAUGCAGCUUCAGGCCUCUUCUGCAAAGCUACAAUGGGAACUGAUUUACCCCUUUGGCUGUGUCAACGUUUUGCAGGUCAUUCAUUGCUAGAUGACUUGCAAACAUGCGCAAGCUUCACUUAGCCAAAGUGAAAAUCCACCUUUUUUUAGUUAUAUGGAGAAGAGAUGAAGCCUCAUGGGCACAUGAGUGCACCUAGGUAAGUGUCAAUCUGUUUGCAAAUAGUUUGACUACCUAAUCUUGAGACUCCUUGUACCAUAACCACUACAGCAGGCUGUAGUUCUUAAGUCUCCUUUAUAAUAUAAUAUAUUUUGGCAAGAAGGAUUUCCAGAUGAAACUCUGCACUGACCAGGUCUUUGCUUAGAAUGAACUUUGAACAGUGCCAGCUUUAACUGAGUCUGUUUGUGAGGAGGAAUAAAACAUUUUAAAUUACCAUUCUGACAUAGUGAAUAACCCGGGUAUAUAAGCAACCUAUUGCAGAUGCUUGCUUUGUCGAGAGGCUGAACCAGCGAGUCUUGUCAAAUGUCUUAUUAUAAAGUUAAAGGACCACUAUAGGCACCCAGACCACUUCAGCUUAAUGAAGUGGUCUGGGUGCCAGGUCCAGCUAGGUUUAACCCUUUUUUCUAUAAACAUAGCAGUUUCAGAGAAACUGCUAUGUUUAUAUUAGGGUUAAUCCAGCCUCUAGUGACUGUCUCAUUGACAGCCGCUAGAGGCGCUUCCGCGAUUCUCACUGUGAUUUUCACAGUGAGAAGACACCAGCGUCCAUAGGAAAUCAUUGAGAAUGCUUUCCUAUGGACUGGCUAAAUGCACGCGCGGCUCCUGCUGCGCAUGCGCAUUCAGUUGAUAUCGCUGAGAAGGAAGAGAGUCCCCCGCACGGCGCUGGAGAAAGAGGUUAGUCUAACCCCUUCCUCUGACUAGAGCCUGGCGGGAGGGGGACCCUGAGGGUGGGGGGACACCGAGGGUGGGGGUACCCUCAGGGCACUAUAGUGCCAGGAAAAGGAGUAUGUUUUCCUGGCACUAUAGUGGUCCUUUUAAUGUCUAUAAAAAUGAAAAACCCUUGGCGGACGGAGACAACUUUGCCUAUGUGAGUUUCAUAUCAAUAUAAAUUGUAUUGCAUGUAUCUACUGUAAGCAUUUUGUACUGAUAUUAUGAUAUUUUAUCGGGGAACAUGUAACACCCAGUAUUCCGAUGUCAUAUCUCUGUCUCCCUGCCAAGAUGAAAAAAUAAUUCUAUAAAAAAAAUUUACAUUCUGAAAUAGGACUACCUGGUACCAUGGAAGAUUGGUUUAUAGUAUACGUAUAACAACGUAAAAUUUCUUAUUGUAAUCAUGUAUUAAGGGAAUACUGUAAAUCUUGUUUUGAUUUGUUGGCAGUAUCCCAUUCAUUCUAAAUAUUAGCGUUUGAAAAAACAUCUCAAAUGUAAUAAACAGAUGCAGCCUUUGGCUUUCCUUUUCUUCGUUACUGAAGAUGGAGCCAAAUCUACCUUUGUGCAGGGAGUCUGGCUGCUGUUAGCUUCAUGGCCCAAAGCCCAUGGAAGCUGUGCUGAAAGUCAGGAUUAUAUGAAUACAGAUCUUGUAAAAUUGGUUCAAUCAAUGUUUGCUCAUAUUUAGUCACAUUUGUCAGGGUUAUUCACUAAACUGUUAACGGUCAGGAGAAUAAAAUUCUCCAAGUCUGCAAAACGCGUUGAGCAUAUUGACAAGCCUCACAUGUUAAUGUAAAGUGUGAAUUCGGUAUUGGCAAUAUGGCGAGAGCGGAACCAGGCCAGGUGACAGUGGAUUGUAGUAUUCAACUUGUUGCUUAGACUGCCCUCUAUGCAAUUCUAUGCUGAAUUAUAGAUAAUUUGUGGUUUUGUGAAUAAUCCUGAGUUCAAUAGCAGCUCUGCUCAGGGACCUAAAUGGAUACUAUGCGCACCAUAGUCUAUAUCAGGUAUAGGCAACCUUCGGCACUCCAGAUGUUUUGGGCUAUACCUCCUAUGGUGCUUUGCCAGAAUUAUGGGUGUAAAAGCAUUAUGGGGGAUAUAGUCCACAACAUCUGGAGUGCCGAAGGUUGCCUACCCCUGGUCUAUAUAGUGUGCUGUGGUGAUCAUGGUGCCAGGAGUUCCCCGGUGUUAUCAAUGGUAAAAUGUCUGUCUAUAUCUCUGGAUGCGGUUUGCAGUUUCUUGUACCUGGAAGCGCCUGAUAGGAACCGACGUUGGGUGAUUCCUGCCUUUUAGGGAUAGCUAAUUAACUGAGGUCAUCAACUGAGCAAUGAGCCAGUGUGCUAAGCCUUGGUAAGUUGUGAAACCUUGUGUAGAUUGACAACUACCCUUGUAAUCCUGGCACCAUAACCCCCACAGCUGACUGUAGUGGUAAUGGCACUUGGCAUGCACAUGAGGUCCCCAAUGCUUAUAUUGCCUUACUUGACAUUAUCAUCAGAGGACAGUAGUGCGUGGAUGCUAAAAAAUUUAAAUAUCGUAUACACAUGCUAUUUGAUAUUGUGUGUUAUUACCUCAGUAAUAGCGUUUUGAAAACCACAUGUGAUUAGAAACUUAUCACAAUCUGUAGAUAAAAUAAUUUGCAGAUGAAAACUGGACUCUUUCACGUUUAUGUAUGGCUUUUAUUUAUUAUUUUUUUUUAAAUUCUUUAUUUGUCAGUGCUCAAAUGUGAGAAACAUGGUGUCGUGUUGCCACGACGACAUUUGCAUACUAUAGGUAACAGCGUAUUAAACAACAAAUGCAAAGCAGGUAACAAAGGCACAGUUUUAAAAUGACAUUAACUUGUAAAUAGUGGUGAUGAGUAGUAGGGGUCUGUGUUCAGCUCUCGGAGCGGUCCCAGAUGUUGGGGAUUGUCCCCCAAACUGGUGUGGGGCAUUAACAGAUCCUUAGGCCCCAUCUGGUCAUCCCGUCUAGCGGGCCAUGGAAUUUGGGCUGUUAGAAAGACAUGCUACCGGUUUCAAAGAGCGAUUAUGGCCGCCGUCAGCUGCUGGUGGGGUCAGUUAGGGGCGCUAUCUCGCUAGUGGUGGCCGGGCAGCAUGCUUCCUAGAACGCUAGAGGGGUUCCCUUUAUUGGUUCCUAGUGUGAUUCACAGUGCCUUAUCUAUUACCGUCUCUGCCCCAACACCUCCCCUACUACAAUGCCCUUUGUAGCCGGGUAUCAAGGCUACUGCUGGCUUCCUGAAGCUAUCUACAUGGCUUUUAUUUUUAAUUAUUUUUUUUAUUCUUUAUUUUAUACAGACCGGCAUAUAUUAUACUUUUCAUUCGUCCUUAAAUAUACAAUGAUCAGCUAUAAUGACAGCAGGGAACAUCAAAUGACUGCACUUUUUAUAACAAUGAGAAACAAAAUGAAAAGAGAAAUGUCCGAUAAUAAGUAAGAGAACAAAACUGCAAACAGAACAAACUGACUGAGAGAUUAGAGAAACAAGAUAAAUCAAAACAGUAUAAUGCUAAGUCGCUUUAACUCAGACAUGCUUUAGUACGGUGCUGUUACAAAAAAAACCUGAUCACUGUCCGUAUACUUAUACCACACUGUAUAUUGUAUGCUGGAAUGUCCGUCAUAAAGCAGGUUAAAUAUAAAUGGUAUUGUAUGUGUUUUGUUUGGUGUGGUUUUAGUGUGCGGGAGUUAAAGGGUCACAGCUGGAAUUUGUCGAUGAUGGAGAGAAGGGGACAACUGCACUAAAACAAACCUAUGCUUCCUGAGAAAUAUUGCUUAGACUGCAGAGUGGCUAGUGCAGGCUUUAACAUGGAGAAAUCUAAAGUAAAAAUCAUUCUUAUCCUCCUUCUUGCCAGACCCCAGUGUGACCCUCGCUGACUAUGCUGUUUCUUGCUAGAUCCUUCCCUUUCCUGUCAGUGUGUUCACAAGGCCCAGCUCUUGCAUAACUCACUCCAGAGAAAACACUGACUAAUAACUGACUUGACACAUUCUAUCAGGGCACGUUUCAAGCUACAAAUUUCUGCACAAUAAGUCACCCCUUGCCAUGUCUUUGAUUGGACUAGCGGGGUGUUUGGCAAUGUUCAUGCGCUAAUGCAACGGGUCCUUUUUAAAAAAAAAAUAAAAAAAAAAUAAUAAAAUACAUUUUUUUUCAUUAAAAUAUCGAUGGCAGAUUUUGGGAAUACAGAUGUUCGCGCUGGCUGAGCGUCAAAACACAAAGACUGUGAACUACGUGUCCCACGCUGCUCGGCCAAACGUCUGCAGGGCUGAGAAUAGCCACGAAGAUUUUAGACUGAAAUGUACAGCAUCUUUAAACAGAGUGACGGAUGGACUACGUUUAGGGGCAAUCUUUAGUUAGAUCUUCAGAACUACAACUCCCAUGACACUCUGACAGCAGAAAACUAGGCCACGAAUGGCUGAUCUGUACUCCAGCUGUCUGUGCAUUACAGGGACCUGGGUAACCCAGCAGCCCUUUGGUAAUAAUAUGUCAAACCUAUUUCCCCAGUGACUGGGCGGGACACAGUUACAGGGUACACCGCUUUUUAUGCACAGACCCCCGCAGGGGGUCUCCAUCCAACACAAUCUCAUGCAGGAGGGGGCUGGGGAAUAGAUAACCAUCUCCCGCUCUGGGAGAUAUUAACACGACACAGGGACACGCAUGAGUACACGUUGAACUUUGGGGCUCGGCGAAUCGGGACGGGAAGGGGGUUUAAUUUAUACGGAUGAAUAGCCCUGGGUCACCCCUAGGAUCCCUGCAAAAAGCAGAGCGAUCGGAUGUAUAGAGCCAGAGAUAUCCACGUUGAAAGUCUGGGGCUCAAGGCUCUGUACAUCCCCGAAAUUAGUUCCAUGGUGUUGCUUGGUUUAGUCUGGCGAAUUCAAACUUCGCCCCUAAACCAAGCAACAAACAGCUGAAAGGCUGUGAACAAAAUCACGCCAACCCGCGUUCGGUGGAGGAAGCCGUUUCGCUGCCCAAUCCUAGAAAAAUACCUGAAACUCUGCUGCACCAAUCGGUGCUCGGGGAGGAGAGAGGUUUCGCAGCCCAAUCAGACGGAAGGGUGCGAAACCCAGUUUGAGCAAGCUCUCCUUCUCGGAUUGGUCGUCCGCUUCCUGCGGUGACCAACCAAGUGAAUGGCGCGAACCCAGUUUGAAUGGGUGCUCCUUCUCCCAUUGGUCGGUGCGGACUCUCAUGCAGCCAGCGGGAACCAUGUGGCCGUGAGAUCGACUCUUAGCCCCAGGGACUCCCCCUCUCUCUGGUGGAUACCCACACUUGGGUAUCCUCCGGAGAGCACGUUCGCCUGGGUAACCACCAGCCUAGCCUCGUAGCUUCCAUGUUUGAGAGUGGCAAGUGAUUACAGUUCCGUUAGGAGCAGGUAGGAUGAUCCAUGACACAGGGAUCGAAGACUGUAUACUCAGGCCGUUUUGGGAGUCGAAUGUUCACCCUGGCAGGGGGAAGCACGCGCUGCUCGUUCCCUUGCGGUCUGCGGUUUUCACACCUCGUCAUGAGGUGUAAACAUUCUAAAUGGAGUGCCGGGGUGGUCCGGCACAAGGGGCUCUGUGCGCCUGAGUGCCCCCGGGAGGUCAAAAGGUAUUUUGCAGGGUUUACAGUCAAAAUUACUGAAAGGAAAAGCUUAAAAAGGGGAAACACACAUUCUAGGGCACAUCCACACAUAUAAAAUGGGGCAAUUAACAGUUUAGGCGGCGGUCCCGCCACAAGUUCCUUAAUGUUCAGCCAGGAAAAACAGACUUCAUUUGUAGUGUCUGUGUUUGAUUUCUGGCGUAAAUGAUGUACAUUUCACAUUCUGUUGCAACUAAACAAAAAACAGAAAUUUUUACUUACCGUAAAUUCUUUUUUUUUCUUCUUAAUAUGGUGGCAGUACUACUGGGUUUUGCUCCUCCCUGUGGACAAGACAUCUAACAAGUAAUUAAAGAUCAAAAAGACAUUCCCCCUUGCCCUAUAAAAUGCCGUACCGCAAAACCUACCCCAGUACGUGACAAGAAAAAGAAACCGACAAAAUAUAUACUGCAAAAUUUCUUUAAUAAAGAGGAAGGGAAGCAGUAAUGCCACCAUAUUAAGAAAUUUUUUUUUUCUUUCAUAUGGUGGCAGUACUACUGGGAUAUAGCAAGAUCCCCAUCUGGGCGGGACUUAGGCCACCACAGCUUGUAACACCUUACGCCCAAAAGCUGCUUCAGAGGCAGAGAAUAUGUCUAGCCGAUAGUGCUUGAUAAAAGUGUUAAAAGACGAUCAGCAUGCUGCCUUGCAGAUGACCUCUGGAGAUGCAAGUGCUUUUUUUGCCCAUGAGGUAGCCACUGCUCGGGUAGAAUGGGCCUUAAGUGUAGCUGGAGACUGAAGACCUGCUGUAGAGUAUGCCAAUUCUAUAGCUUGAAUGAGCCAACGGGAUAGGGUACCGCAGAAAGCUACAUUCCUCUUGAGGUGACCCUGAAAAUAAUAAAUAUAUGAUCUGAAUUCUUUCAUUCUGGUUAGGUAUACAAAUAAAGCUCUUCUGACAUCCAAUUUCUGCCAUUUGAGCUCUUGAGGAGAUGAAGCUUCGCUAUAAAACGAAGGUAAAAUAAUCGGCUGAUUAAUAUUCUUAGAAGAUAACACUUUAGGUAGAAAAGACGGUCUUGGAUAAAGAACAACCUUGUCUUUGUGGAAAAUUGUGAAUUUAUCCGAGGAGGACAGAGCGUGAAGUUCUCCCACUCUUUUAGCCGAUGUGAUGGCUACCAGAAAUGAAACCUUAAGAGACCAAAUUUUUAAUGGAACUUCCUCCAAAGGUUCAAAGGGAUGAACACUAAGAGCUUGUAGGACCAGGGCUAAAUCCCAAGUUGGAAACACCGAUCGUCUAGGAGGUCGUUUGAGGCUGAUGGACUUGAAAAAUCUUCUGAUGAAAACAUUGGAGGCCAAAUCCCUAAUUAGAAGAUAACCUAAGGCUGAUAUUUGAACUUUGAGCGUGGAGACUCCCAGACCAGCUGCAAAACCGUCUUGUAAAAAAUGGAAAAUGUUAUCUAUGGAUAGAUGUAAAACCGGGCACUGGUGUUCUUUACACCAGUGGAGAAACUUAGACCAAAUCCUAAAGUAGAUCUUAGACGUAGACUUCCUAGUAGCGUGAAGUAAGACCGCUAUUCUGUCGUCUUGUAAACCGUGGUUACGAAGGAUUAGCCUUGCAGUAGCCGAGCCGUUAACCUGAAUAUUUCUACAACUUUCAAGGGCAGGUUCCUGUUAACAAUGAGGAAGUUUGAUAUGAGAAGUUCCCAAUGAUUGAUGGCCAUCUUCUUUAUAGCCGAAAACCAGACUCUGUUUGGCCAAUAUUGGAUUAUUGCCAAUACUCUCGCUCUGUCUGUUCAUAAAAAGGGUUAAAAGACCAUUCUUUUUGAUCCCACUUCCCUCUGCUUAGAUCGUCGGCUAUUAUAUUGUCACUGCUGAAAUGUCUUCCAGAUUUCUUUGUGACCACUCCAUAAUUUCUGCACAAAGACUGUAAAGCUUCUUUACUUUGGUUUCUCCUUGGCGAUUGAUAUAUGAGACUACUGUAUGAUUGUCUGAAUCUUCACCGCUCUUUGUAGUAACCAAGGCCUGAGGUGAUGUAGAGCGUAAAGAACUGCUAAUAAUUCCCUGAAGUUUGCGGAUUCUUUCGCCUCCCUGAAUGACCAUCUUCAUUGGCACAUGGUGGAGCCUAAAUGAGCUCCCCAACCUGUCCUUGAAGCGUCUGUAGUGACUAUUAUCCAGUCUUUUGGAUGAAAAGACAAUCCUCCUGAAAGGCACUCUGAGGUUUUCCACCAAGUAAGCUGAGUCUUUACUUGAGGGGAUAACAAGAAAUUUUUGUCUAAAUUUUCCUCCUUUUUUGACCAGGUAGUCAGGAUGUUCCAUUGUAGAGGUCUGACCUCUGAUCUUGCCUAUUUGACUGCUGGGAAAGUGGCAGUUAGAAGACCCAAAACACCCCUGGCCUGUCUGAAGGAACAACUUCCCAUCCUUUGGAGAUUGGAAAUCGCCUCUCGGAUGUUCCUCUUUUUUUCGUUUGGGACGAUGAAUCGACAUGGAGACUGAAUUGAUCUUGAAUCCGAGAAACUCUAUUUCUCUUGUUGGAAUGAGAACUGACUUCUUUAGGUUUAAGAUCCAGCCAUGAUAUUGAAGAACCUAAGUAUGUGGCAUGAGAAGCCAGUCGUCCAAAUAAGGGAUAAUCGAUAUUCCUCUUUCCCUCAAAUGAGCUGUCAGAGGAGUCAAGAUCUUUGUAAAUAUCCUUGGGGCGGAUGACAGACCACACGGCAGAGCCUUGAACCUGAAAUGAACGGUGGAUCUUCCUCUUUUUAUCGCAAAUCUUAGAAAUUUUCUUGAAGCGGUUGCAAUCGGAACAUGCAGAUAAGCAUCCUUCAAGUCUAUUUUUACCAUAAAGUCGCCUCUUUGUAACAGAGGACAAAUAGAAGCAAUUGACUCCAUGCGAAAUCUUUGAUAAGGGAUAAACCGGUUGAUGUUCUUUAAAUCCAGAAUGGGACAAAAAGAGUGGUCUGGUUUUGAAACCAGGAAUAAUCUUGAAUAAACUCCCCUGAAUCUUUCUUGUUAUCCCCUCAAGUAAAGACUCAGCUUACUUGGUGGUACUCUUUCUAUCACCCUUUUUUGCAACAGAAGCAUGGUUUGAGAAAAUAGGGCUUGUGAUCGCUUUGAAGACUGGUAGGUUGAUACCAGAAACUUUGCUCUUGGUUUCUCCGUAAAUAUAAGACUUAGAACCCAAGGAUUUCUUGUGAUUCUUUCCCAUAUUGGGAAAAAACGUUGGAGCCUUCCUCCCACACUUCUGGCGUCAGAAAUGUCUAUCUUUUAUCUCUGAAGGUUCUUUUAACAUCACCUCUUUGUUCAAAUCUCUGAUUUUUAUCCCUUCUUUGAAAAAAAUGCGGUGUCUCUCUUGAUAAGAUCUCCUAUAUUUAUAAUGGUAAUUCCUGUAACCUGAUCUCCAGGAGAACUUCUUAUCCUGAGGAAGCGCCUUUUUGGUUUCUGACAAUUGCCUAAUAAUCUCUUCUAAAGGAGCCCCAAAUAACUUAGUUUUUUUUCUAGUGGAAGCUCUCAAAGGACCGAUUUUGGAAGCAGAAUCUGCCGUCCAUGACCUUAACCAUAAGGCUCGUCUUGCUACUGAAGACAAUCCCAUAAUUCUGGAUGCCAAUUUAAGAACUUUUACCAACAUAUCCAAAAGGUAUUCGUUAGCCAAGUGCAUGUUCUGAAACAUGUGGCUAAGUUCUUUUACUUGGUCAGAAGAUAAAAUAUCUUGUACCGUAUCUAGCCAAAUGCCAUUAGCUCUGGCAACCGCUGCUCCUGCCAGUGAAGCCCUGCAUUGAAAACAGUCUGUCUGGUAAGCUUGCCUACAAGAGGUUUCGGCUCUUUUAUCUAUUGGAUUCUUUAAAGCUGAAGUUUCCCCUAUAGAGAUAGUGGUCUUUUUAGCAAUCUGCGCCACCUGAACAUCUACUUUUGGGAGAUCUUCCCAGAUAACUUCACCAGUCAGUCUGAAGAUAUCCUUAAAGUGUCUGGAUAUAAAGGCACGUUUCUCAGGGUUUCUCCAUUCCCUGAAUAUUAGAUCAACCAGGUUUUGUUGAACAGAAAAAACUUUUUUUUAGGAUUCUCAGAGCCUUGCGGUAGGAUUGUAAGAUUAACUUUCUUUAUGAAUUUACGGAUUUCUUCCGAAGGAAACCCCACUGGUUCACUUGAUGAGGAUCCUGACUCAUCUGAAUCUAUUGAGGAAAAAUAUUCCCCGGAUGACGUUUCAGAUGUAGACGAUGAUCUUCUUUUCUUGAAUUUUUUUUUUUUUUUUAAUGUCCUUGCUGUAUAGGGGAUUCCACCUUUUUAGACUCUUUAAUAGUCUCCAAGGUCUGGGCCAGAUUUUCUUGGAACCAGGUUAGGAAAGAUUGCAUCUCUUUUUGCUUAUCUCUUUCCAAAGAAUUUGCAGUACACUGACUGCACACCUUCUUCCUUGAUCCGUCUGGAAGAGGAGUUGCACAUUCACUGCAAACUAGAUGUUUAGAUUUUACCGUAGCCUUUCUAGGCAUGGAGGUAGCCAGUUUUUCCUUGUCCAUCUCAGGAUAAGCUGGGCUAGACAUAUCUGUGGAGAAAAUAUAAACGGAGGCUUAGAUUGUUUGAUAUCUCCUAUAAACUAUCCAGAGAAUAUUUUUAAAGUAAAAAUUACUUUUAAUCUUACCUCAAAAUACCUCUGAGCCGUGUGGGGGGCAGGUGACACGGCGUACCUCUUCUGAUCUGCAUCCAUUACACCCGAAUUUCACAUUUUUGCAGGGUUUUUUUGUCUGUACCUUUAAGCUUCCGGUUUGCACAUGCGUUUUAGCGCACCCGGAAGCUUAGGUGGAACGCAUCACCACCCGGGCAUGCGUUCCACCGCUGUGUGCCUGCUCAGGACGAGCUCCGUCUCCAGGAAGCAUUUGCCGGAACCAUUCUAGGCAUAAGAGAAACUAACCUCCACUUGCUCCGUAAUACCAUUUGAGGAGCAUGGUCUCUCAGCAUACCACCCGGGCAGCUCUCGGACUAGGACCUCAGACAAGACAGUCUGUGUGUCUCACCCUGUGGAUGUCCUGUCCUUCCCUAUCGGGACAAGAAAGGAAGCUGGGGUAGGUUUUGCGGUACGGCAUUUUAUAGGGCAAGGAGGGAGGUUUUUUUUUGAUCUUUAAUUACUUGUUAGAUGUCUUGUUAGAUGUUACGGAGGAGGAAAACCCAGUAGUACUACCACUAUAUGACAGAAAAAACAUUUAAUAUAAAGUGAUAUAUUAAACAUCCCAGGUCUGUAAGUAACAUGCAGCCAUAACCCGCCCAGAGCUGCUGUAGACCUGCACAAAGUUGCCUGGUGAAGCUCUGUAGCAUCCUAGAUAGCCAUAUAUUAAAGGUGCACUGUAACAGAUUAAUCUCUUUGAAGUGGUUAUAGUUUCAGGAAUCCCGUGGCACCCUCCUGUCAUUCUGUUUUAAUGCUAAAUGAAAGUCCCCAGCAUCACUUUCCCUCUGUGCUUCUCUGAGUUUAUAAGGAAGCAUUAGUCUGAGCUGCAGUGGAUUAACGGAUGUGAUUGGUUGACUGCCUGUCCCAACCGCCAUUGCUGGGAUGAAUUAUAUCUAGAAGGAACUGUACAAUCUCUACCUUAGCCAUACUUACAGUGGGGGCUUGACUGUGGGUGCUGAGGAACCCAUAAUUAGUGUUUAAACUGCUUUAAAAUGGUAUAACGUGGAAUAAAUAGACAGUGCCAUAUGACUCAACGCACUAUAACCAAUUCAAUGUCCCUUUAAGAGUAAAGUUAAAGGGACACUCCAGGUACCAAAACAACUUCACCUAAAUGAAGUUGUGAUGGAUGGUGCCUGGAGGCACCCUUACCUCAAGGGGUAAACUCAUUAGCGUUGGUCUCCACUUCCCCCUUGCUUCUUCCGGCUUCUGAAUUUUCAAAAGGUAAGUUUCUUUGCAAGCCAAUUUAGUAAAUGGGGAGUCACUGAUUGCCUGAGAAUGUCAGCUCUGCCCGGCAGUACUCCGCAGUUCCUGAAUCUGAAAAUUCGGAAGCCGACGGCGGAGUGGAGACCAGUGUUGGAUGCAACUUUGAAGUCAGGGGCCUCCUUACACCAUAACAACUACAUUUAGAAGUGCCUGGAGUGUUUCUUUAAGACCUGAUCAAAUAUGAAACCAGUAGAAUUGAACAGUGAGACAGCAGGAGCAUGAUCUAUACACCAAAACUGCUUCAUUAAGCUAAAAUUGUUUUGAUGCCUCUACUAUCCCCUUUAAAUGCAUAUGUUUUCAUAGGGGGUAAAUUAUAUUAAAAAAAUUGUUAUUUUAUGUUUUUUUACUUUGAGCAGUAAAGUGUCUAUUUAACCUGGACAUGGCACUACUAUGAUUUUCAAAGAACACUAAUAAAAAAGGUUUAGUUGCACUCUGUCAGAAUUAUACCGAGACAACACCGGUUGAGGACAGUUUUAGCCAUUGGCACUUAUAGUACAGAGUUUUUCUUUAUAUUUUGCCUUAAAUUAUGAAGAAUCGAAAAAUAUUGGACAACCCUGUGAUCGUUGUAUCAAAAACCAUACCUUGUAUCCCGGGGAUGGGAGAAGCAAAAAACAACCACAACCCACAAACUAAAUCAACUCACUUUAUGGCACUGGGAUGGGUGAAGCAAAUCACACACCUUAGUGCCAGAGGCAAAUGAUGUAGAAAUGACACACUUACAUACACAGGUGUGAGUAAAGGAAUUCACACACAAGUCGGGAGUGACGCAAAUCACACCUUCUAUUGGAAGAGUAGCAUUUUAACACUAUUUAUAAGAACUGGGAAAGCUGAAGAAAGUAUCCAGUUACACUUUUUAGUAAUUUGUAGAUCAUUUUUAUGGCAAGAGUUUAUUGAGCUACAACUCCCAUGAUGCUUUGCUAGCCAUAACACUUCAUUUUCUGUAUUUUUUUCCUCUACAUUUGACUGCAAUCUUUCCAAAAAUAAAAAUAAAAUAUUUGGCAAUAUAUUCCUUGACCAUUUUUGAAUAUAUAUUCAGCCUACUGCCCAAUAAAAUAGUUUAAAGGGUUACUUCAUUUGACAUGGCUGUGGUGCUUGGGAUCUGUGUGUGCAGUGUUUCAGUUUGACAUAGCAGUUUGCUGCCGGAGGUUUAACUCUCAGGCUGGCUCGUGCCACUGCCAAAGGUGAACAAGAGUUCCUGGCUGUCUAAUAUGAAUUCUGUGCAUAUUGGGUGUCUGUUAUGAGCACACACAGCAUGCUGACCACAGACCACCUAUGGUGUAAUGGCACUUCCCCUUCUGUGCCGCCCAAGUCCUCUCCUCGGCAUGUCCUCUACAACAUCUGCUGUGGGGGGGUCACCGGUGGAGGAUCGGGUUGCAGGGAGAACCUGGUGCCUCAGAGCUGGAUGCAAAAAGUGUUUUUCCAUUUAUUUUUUUAAUUUUGUGUAAGACUAUGCAAGGAAUGGAUACUUCAACUAAAACAGUGUUUUAAUAAAACUCUACAAUCUGGAUUUAAAUGGUCCUUUCAACUAAAAAAUAAAUCUUUAUUUAAAAAAUACUUUCUCUCCAAGUAAGCAUAGAAACAUAGAAUGUGACAGCAGAUAAGAAUCAUUCCACCCAUCUAGUCUGCCCAAUUUUCUAAAUACUUUCAUUAGUCCCUGACCUUAACUUAUAGUUAGCAUUGUGCCUAUCCCAUGCAUGCUUAAAACUCCCUUACUGUGUUAACCUCUUCCACCUCAGCUGGAAGGCUAUUCCAUGCGUCUACUACCCUCUCAGUAAAGUAAUACUUCUUGAUAUUCUUUUUAAACCUUUGCCCCUCUAAUUUAAGACUAUGUCCUCUUGUUGUGGUAGUUUUUCUUCUUUUAAAUAUAGUCCCCUCCUUUACUGUGAUUCCCUUUAUGUAUUUAAAUGUUUCUAUCAUAUCCCCCUGUCUCGUCUUUCCUCCAAGCUAUACAUGUUAAGAUCCUUUAACCUUUCUUUGUAAGUUUUAUCCUGCAAUCCAUGAACCAGUUUAGUAGCCCUUCUCUGAACUCUCUAAAGUAUCAAUAUCCUUCUGAAGAUACGGUAAUACUCCAAGUGAGGUCUCACCAGUGUUCUGUACAAUGGUAUGAGCACUUCCCUCUUUUUACUGUUAACACUUCUCCCUAUACAACCAAACAUUCUGCUUGCAUUUCCUGCUGCUCUAUUACAUUGUAUUCCUACCUUUAAGUCAUCAGAAAUAAUUAGGGAUUAUUCUAGCCUCGGUGAGGGAAUAAUCUAAAUUUUAAUAAAGACAGGAGGCGAAUAUUUGCUUUCUUUGAGGUCGAGCAGGAGAGCAAGGAAACCAACGAAUCCACCUUGUAGCAGACACAUCCAGAGAAACAAUCGUCAAGCCCAGAGAGAAAACAGAUUACACUGCCAGAAAACAUUGUGAAAGUAAACUGUCAAGGCAAGAUGUCAUAUUCAUACAAUAUCACUUGCACAUCAUAAUACCUGAUGAAUAAACAAAGUCUACAGAUCUUAUGAAGAUCUAGUAUGUACCUAAACUGAAAGGCAUUGAUGAAACAAUUACAACACAAACAUGAUGAAUAAAACGCACACGGACUAUCAUCACUGAAUAAUAGAAAUAACCUUUUUUUAUGUAAAACCAUGCAUUCACAAAACAUAACAAUAUCCCCAAUUAUUUAUAAUAGAAUAAGACCCAAAUCCAGGGAAGGAACGUAAAAAAAAAAGGGGUGGUGGUGGGGGGGGAAUAUUCGCCUCCUGUCUUUAAUAAAAUUUAGAUUAUUCCCUCACCGAGGCUAGAAUAAUCCCUAAUUUUAUGGCCGGAUAGGAGGCUUCAUAUUUGCAAUUUUAACGCCCAAAUAGUAGAACCAGAAGCAAUAUGAGAUAAAGGACUGAAAUAAAAGGAAAAUGGAAAAAACGAUUCCCUAAACCAAGCAGCGGUGUAGAGAAAAUGCAGAAGGGACCCAACGGCUUCCAAAGUUGUUGAGGUCACAGCACCCCGAACCAAAAGUGUCCCAGAGGAACUCUCAAGGUCAGCCAAUGAGAGGAUCCACCAAAUCCAACGGGUGUGCGAAGAUGCAGAAACAGUCCAAAAUGGCCGUACGCAGAAAUCAACAGCUGUCCACUAGUAGACGGACAAAAGAACCAGAUCCUGGAUCUACAUGGUCGUGUACAACCUGUCAACAGAGCCGUGGCCUAUCCGGAGGAUAGGGGUACGGCAGAGGACGAAUAGAAAUGAAAUGUGUGUGGAGCAGAAGCCGAUGUACUGAACGACAAGAAGGAAGAAGACACUACGUCGAUACCAUGACGUCAGAAUGCAAUGAAAUACAAGAUGUACUGGGAAAAAAACGUAAGCGGAAAAAACUGGCGCAAGGCAAGUCCUUGUCAUCAGGUCAUUCCUCAAGGAAAUGCAGAACACUCGAUACCACUAGAAUUGAGGAAUAGCGAGAGAUAGGGCUCCCGUACGGUAUACUCCUCUUGGUAGACUGCAGACCAAGAGAUCCUUAGCCAAUGCCAGAAUCUUGAGAAAACGCACGAGUCGUCCACUAGCUGACAUAGGACGUGAAUGGCCCCCAUACGAUCCUACCCUGAGAGGGCAACUCAGCCAGGCAAUGGGGACAGCCAUGAUAAGGACCGUCACAGGGACCCAAACAUCUUUCCAGACACCAGUCGUGGCAGGCUACCCCUGUGGAUCCCACACAGGACAUUAAGAGACAGGGAGUCAUAGAUUGCCUUCCCAUGGCAAACUCCAGCAAAAAGGGGAAAACACGGAGGACUCCUCCGAAGUGGUGUGGCCAGGCGAAACGACACUUCCAGGAAUUCGGUCUGAAGCAAAGCCCAAAGUAUCCUGUAGGUAAACGGGAUGCGUACACCCCGAAGGAGACCAAGCUUGGAAAACGCGUCCCUCGCCUCGCUGAGGGUCCGGCAGCCAGCUGGAGAACUUCUCCGUAUGGCGGUUCGCACUGAAUGUAAUCAUGCCAGUACUCGAGACCCCGGAGGGUAAGGCAACCAAUCAUUGGGGUCUCUCCAUGGUCGGGUGAAGCCGUCCACCACAUGAGUGUCUCGUCCUGCAGACAUUCUGUCACAAAUGACGAAUACUUGUCCAGAAGCUAUAGAUAGCGUUCCGACUGCAGUCCGUAGUGGGCAACCGGUGAUAAGUCCAUGCCGGAAGGUAGCGAGCAAUACUACUUCCCCUGGGGAAGCUGCGAAUGGUGAACAAACCUGCAGGUAGUUCCAUGCAGUUGGUGUGAAGAGGUCCCUCCUCCGGACUCCAGAGUCCAGGCCGAAGUUGGUUGGGGUCCGAAACUCCUAGGUAGGCCAGGUCCCCCAUGUCGGAGUCAUCAAUUAAGUCUUAGAUGAGCUUCGUCCGAAGGUCACAUGAUUCGGUCGUACCGAGAAAGACCGAAGACCAUGCCAAACUAAUCCAAAAAAUUAAUAAGAUUAGUUUGGCAUGAUCUCCCUGAAGUAAACCCAUGUUGUCUCUGAUCUUUAAAUGCAUGUGUUUUUAGAUGUUCAACAAUCCUAUCCUUUAACAUGGUUUCCAUUACUUUCCCCACUACUGAAGUAAGGCUUACUGGCCUAUAGUUGCCAGACUCCUCCUUCUACCUUUCUUGUAAAUGGGCACAACAUUUGCUAACUUCCAAUCUUCUGGGACUACUCCUGUUAACAAUGAUUGUUUUAAUAAAUCUGUUAAUAGUUUUGCUAGUACACCACUAAGCUCUUUUAAUAACUUUGGGUGUAUUCCAUCAGGCCCCAUUGGCUUAUUUGUCUUUACUUUUGACAGUUGAAAUAGAACCUCUUCCUCUGUAAACUCAAAUGUAACAAAUACCUAAUUUGUCCUUUUUCUUAACUGAGGCCCCUUUCCUUCAUUUUCAUCUGUAAAUACGGAACAAAAAUAAUCAUUGAGACAGUCAGCUAGACCAUUAUCCUCUUCUACAUACCUUCCUUUUUUUGUUUUAAAUCCAACUAAUCCUUGUUUUACUUUACCUUUCUCAUUUAUGUAUCUAAAAAAAUGUUUUGCCUCUUUUUUUUUUUUUCCUGGCUAUUUUCUCUUCUGUGUGUGAUUUGGAAGUAGCUGUAUAUCUGAUAUUUUGGGAUUGAUGCAUUUGUAGCCAUAUGAGCCAUUUAGCUAUUCUGUAAAACUCUUGCAACCUCACAUUGUCGUUCCCUUGGGGGUCUAUUCUCAACACUCACAUGUGAGAUGUUUGACUACAUUCUGAUCCAGCUCUGAUCACCAGCUGUGUUUACCCAGCAGAGUUCUGGCUAAUGCAUCCUUCCUACUUUAUUUUUGCUGCUAUUUGGUAUAGGACUGCCUGGAUACAGAAAACUGUUUGACUUGCUCUUAGCAUAUUGGACUGUUGUGGUUUAUUUACUAAAUGGGGAAUUGUGGAGAAGUAAGAAGAGUCAAAAGUAGGCAAGAACUAGGCGAGCUGGUUAUAUUUGUGUUUUCCUAAUUUUGUUUUUUGUGGACUAAAAUUAGCAAUUCUCUACUAUUCCCAGCUGACUGACUGGCAAAAUAUUCUGAAGUUUUUUAAAAUUUUGUUCAAAAUAGGGUUCCAUAUAAUAUCAAAUGACCUCUACAAGUGCAGAAGGAAAAGAUUCAAAAUGUAGAAUGUGUAGCGCCUUUUGUGCAAGGGUGGAUUUGAUUUACAUGAAGCCAAUUUAAAUGACCAGUCAUAAAAAUCAUGAAUCGAAUUAAAUAUUACUAAGUAAAGACUCAUUCUUGCUUGUUGUUAUAAUCUUAGUUUCAGAUUAGUUCAACCGUUCUAUCAGAACUGAUUGUUAUAUGCCAUUAGAAAUAUUAAUAAUGAUGAAAUGAUUGCAAGGUUCACUCCUUAAUAUGUUAAUCACUCCUGUUUGGAGAUCAAUUUAAAAGACCACUAAAGUCAUCCAGACCACAUCUCAAUGCGGUGCUUCUGUCAUUUUUAACCCUGCAAUGUAAAACUUCAUGAUUUACAGAAACAGCCUAGAAUUAAAAGGAAAAAUAUUUAAUUGCAUUCAAUUUAUUUACAAAUUGCAUUUUUUAUACAUAUUUGCUGCUGGGACCCUCACAAUCUACGCAUCUACUUGUCUUUUAGUUACAUACAUACAGACAUGCACCGUUUACUGGAAAUUUCUCUCCUCUGUAUUUACUGAGUAAAUGAUGGCCUUGUGCUUUUUUGGGAUGCUUGGCUGUUGAGAUAAUUUUAAUUAUUUUUGGCAGAUAAACCAAAGAGAGGGGAAAUCCCAGAUGCUGCUGAAAUGGAAAUUCUUAGCACAGCGUAUUCUGGUAGUAAUGUGUUUUUCUCUAUAUAACCUUGCACCAACAAAGUCUCUGGAUUAUAAUUUUUUUUUUUUUUUUUUUGCCACAUAACUCCUAUCAUCAUCUAACUGUGGCUAGUUGAAGGGACAAUCCAUGCCUGAGCACAUGUUUGGUGCAAUGGGUAGGUUAGGUGAUUGUUUGGGUCUUCUUCCUCUUCCCUCGUUACUAAAUGGUAUUGGUUUUGCUCCAUAAACACACACCAUUUUACUUAUUCAUUAGAAGUAAUGCUCUGCAUGAUGUCAUGGGUUUCUGGGAAAAGUUUUUCAGCUAUUGACUUUCAACAACACAACUGAACUACAACUCAUAGAAACCUUUUGGGUCUAUAGACCUACAGGUUCAUAAUUUGUUCCCUCCUGACCGUGUCCUGUUUCUCACGGAAAGAAACAGCAUUUUAAAAAAUGUUUUACUUUUCUCUCCUGCAAAAAUCAUGGCAGCUAUUGCUUCUCGUUUCCUGCAAAACCGUGGCAGCCAUUGCUUCUCGUUUCCUGCAAAACCGUGGCAACCAUUGCUUCUCGUUUCCUGCAAAACCGUGGCAGCCAUUGCUUCUCGUUUCCUGCAAAACCGUGGCAGCCAUUGCUUCUCGUUUCCUUUCACAUCAUGUUCAUCUUUUCUCCUACUUUUCCUGCAAAUCUUAUCCCCUUUUAUGCUUGUGCUGAGCACUGUAUGAAACCAUUUACCUUGAUUACAUGUCUAAAAGAGAAAUAGGAAUCCACAAACAUGAUUCCAUUUAACAUAUUAUUAACCCCAUCACCACUGCACACUUUUUGAUUUGAGAUAUUAGGAUACCAUUUAUUUCAAGCAACAUAGCUUCAAAUAUCAUAGCACUGCAAUUUGUAUAAAUUGCCUUGCAGACAAACUUUAAAAAAUGUAAUUGUGUCAAUGUACUCUAUAUUUCUCUCUUUCAUUCAAAACAAAUUAAAAAUAAAUUUGGUAACUGAAAGAAUUUUAGACCGUAUAUAGUGUACUUGAUUUUGCAAUAUUUCACACAUGGUCUGCAUUUUUUCCCCUCACAUACAGUAUUGUGACAAAAUAUAUAAAUAAAGUUGCUUUUAAGUGUUUGUAAGGCACUGGUAUCAGUACACCUUACUAAAAAUGGGAAGUGUGUCAAAUGAAUGUCUGCAUUUGAACAUCAUGCCCACAUACAGUAAAUACAAUUAAAUCCUAUCUUUCUAAAAUAAAGCUGCUAUAUCAAUAUUUUUCAAUAUACACAAACAGUAAAUACAAUUAAAUCCUAUUUCUACAAGAAAGCUGCUGUAGCAUAUUUGUCAAUCUCUGGACUGCUAAAGUAAUGAUGACUGUAAAAUGGUAUAGUCCUUUCACCACCACCAACCCCCACCCUGCCGCCUGACUGUAGGAAUGAUAUGAUACAUUGAAACUUACUGUAAUAUUUAAAAGCAGGGUGAGUUUACUUUUUCAGCAAAUUCACAGGGAUUAUAUCUGUGAUAAAUUGGUUAUUAUUACCAGUGUGAGGGAGGGACUUUCUCAGACUGAAAAGGUAUAAAUGAGGGUUUGUGAACUAGAUUACAUACGGGAAAAAAAAAUACAGGGAAAGAAUGUUUAUACCUGAUAUGGGCAUUAAAGGAGUUUAAGAAAAAUUAGAAUGUUAGGAAUACAAACCUAUAUACCAAAACGUAGAGUGUUGUACACACUUUAUUUUUCUCACUAGAAGUAAGAAAAUAAAGCUUAUUACUUACCUUUCUUCUUCUGGUAAACUGCCAGGUGCAAACCAGCGUCAAGCUGUGCCAAUUUGCAUCUCCUAAUGGACAGUCUCUUUGUAGUGGUUCUGGUGCCUAGAGUAUCCAUUUAAAUAAAACCUUCUUGUUCUGCUGCUAAAGUCUUUCUGUCUGUAACUUCAAUUCCAUGUUUCAAAUGACUGUUGAAGAGCGUAUUUAUUAGCCCAGAUGAAAAUAUUGAAGAAAAUUGACUUGAUUUAAGUAUUCUGCCUAUGUAGUUUCAGCAGGGAUGAUCUGAGUGCUAUACAGAGUUCUAAAAGCAUUAGGGCUUCGUAGUAUGUGGAGCAGCACAUUUAAAUCCAUUAUUUGCCCUCUACAAGUUGUGCCAAAUGUUACAUCAAACUGCUCUAUAUUGUUGGCCUUGUCUGCUGUGUUCUAUCCGCAUGUUAGUCAGUCAUAGGAAGACAAAUAUUUGAUACAUAUUGUUGUGGUGUUAAGUAAAUAUACGCAAGCCCUGACAUUCUUGUACUUUAUUUUUAUUGUAGCCUGUGGAAAGAAAGGUUGGCUAAAAUACUUUUUAAUGACCGGCAGCAUAUUUAUUUUUUUCUUUGCGUGUCAACACUUGGGGAUGGCAUUAUGUACAGAUAUAAUCUCAUUUCUUCAUGAGGAGCACUGUAAAAAAUGUAUACUGGCAUAAAAAAAAUUACGUUAUUUUACUUCUUUAAUUCUGCAAAUUUGUCAAAAUAAAUGGUUACAGAACUUUUAUACAAAAUGUGAUCUAAGUCAAUGAGAAACAAGUAAACAAAAAAUGUAUAUUUUAAAUGCUUUUAUUCAGUAAAGGUUUGUAAUUGCCAAUUGGGCCAGUGUGAAAAAGUAGUUGCCCCUGAACCCUGGCCAGCACAACAACUGCUUCAUGAACAUGUUAACCCCAAAGUUUGAAUCAAAUGCCGUUUAGCUCUGCCCCUGCUUACCCACUUCUCUGAAAAUUUUGAAAGGUGAAGCUCUGGACAGAGGCACCACCAAUUUGAUGUAUGUAAUUUUUCUCAAGCCGAUUUUAUGAAUGGGGGUGUUAUUGGUUAACUUAGAACCAACCAGUAUUGCCCCUGUCCAAGGCUGUUAACAGGUGGUGUGGAUAUGUAUGUUACAAGAAGUUGGAGGCGGCUCGUGGCAUUGAGGGCUACUGGACAUGGCUCAGUCAUUAAACACCAUAAAUGUAAGGGCAAAUAUUAGACAUGUACCGAAAUUUUGGCUGCCAAAAUUUUCGAGCGAAAAAAAUGGGCCUUAUCCCAUUUCGCCAAAAACGGGUCAAAUCUGCCGAAAUUGUAUUCCCUUUUUUUUUUUUUUUUUUUUUUUUUUUUUACUUUUUAAACUUUUUAAAAAAAAUGUAAAAUAUUUUUUAUUUUUGUAGUGCAUAGUUUAACAGACAUGAUUGCAUUGACCGUUCAGAUGAUUAUAUAUUACAAUGAAAGAUAGUAAUGAUAACAUGAAAAGUCAAGAAUACUGCACUUGGGACGUGGGGGAGAAAAGAACACCAUGGGAGAAAAAGGAUGUUUUUCAUUUCAAAUUCAUUAAAAAGUCUAAUAUUAAUAGAAUUAUAGGGAAAAAAAACUAUCUUAAAAUCAUUUGGGGGGAGAGGGAAGUCCUUUUCGGCCAAGGGCAUCCUGAAGUUUCAGUUUCUGCCCAGAAUUUUCAUUUCGGUGCAUCCCUAGCAAAUAUGCUCUAGCUAGUCUUCCACUGAUUAAAAUCUUGCAUUUUCAAACUGCUCAGUUGUGAACCGUUUAAAUGGGACCAACCUCAUUUCUUGGAUUUGUAAUAUUAUGUUAACAUAGGUGCACUGCUAGAUUGCCGAAAACAUCUGGGACUUGAACCCAAAAGAAAUCUUGAUGACCCCCACACUAACCGGGAGUCACGAGGAGGCAUUAGGCUACUAAUCUUUGUUUUAUAGUAGGCAGCUCCUUUGAGAAGAAGUAAAAUUAAAAAUACAGAUUUCUCAAACCCUCCUCAACCAACUACAGUGAUUCAUGGUAAUCCGGCACUUCAGCCCCAAAGUACUCCCCAUUUCUGCCAUCAAUCAAUUACUACAUAUUAACGGUGCAUUUAAAACAAAAUGGAGCUUCACAUGGAAAAAUAUUCAACAGAUAUUAUAGGCGAUUUGCAAUGUUUAAAGGGGAAAAUGACCGUUCCCCUUUAAAUAGAAUACUGCAAUUUUUCUGACUGUUCUAGUGUCCUCAUUCCUUUGCCCCAUGAGUCUCCGGGCAUGCUAAUGACCAAUAAAAGUAAAAAAAAGGUGCACCGUGUUUUUAAGACCAAACUAUUCCUUACACUGUGGUCGUUACACUAGUGUUAAAGUGCAAUGCAAAUAUAGAAAGUGCACAUUCACUGAAUCGAAAUAAAGUGCAAAGUAAAUUAAAGUGCAUAAAAUUGUGUAGUUAAAAUAUUCACAUAAUUAUAAAGUGUCAAUAGUGUGCGAUAUCCACUCUCCAAAUACACAGAAAAAAACGUGCAAUAUUUUAAGUUCAGUAUAUCAUAAAAAUAUAAUAAGAGAAAGUGUUAUAUUAUGUGCCACAGAAAAACACUCACAGGCAGAGCAGUGGAAUCUGCUUUAACUUUAAAAGCUUUCUAUAUAUGCAUUGCACAUUAACACUAGUAUAAUUACCACGGUGUAAGACUAUUGAAAUUCAUAUUUAUUUAUUUUUGUUUUGUGGCGAAGGGGGUUAUGGCACUUUAAAAGUGCUGCUUGAUUUAAUGUGUACGUUUUAAUUUAUAAUCUGCUUUGUUCACCACUUCCCCCCCCCACACACAUGAGACUGCAUGCCACCAUUGACGGGACAGCCAUUUGUAUGAUGUCAACUUACAAAACACUUUGCUAUCUUGAUUAGUUUCUGGAUUCUGUGAAAAUCAAUCUAUUGAAGGUUUCACUUUAGUGGCCAAUUCUAUAUAAAGUCUUCUCUGUAAAUGUAAAUUAUUGCAGUAAUAAAUAGUAAUUUGAUUUUUUGUUUGUGUCUUUUUAGGUACCUACUAGCAAGCUAAACCGGACGCAAGAAUGGCUCAGUUUUCAACCCCAUUCGGGGGUAAGUAACUGCCUUAUGAAAGGGUUUUAUUUAAAUUAGUGGUUGCUUUAUUUUGCUAUAACAUGAUCCAGUCUUGGCUGCAAUGUGAUCAAUGUGGCUCUACCAAGACACUUGGCAUUAAAUAUAAGCUUUAAAAAAAAAAAAGCCCUUUAGAGCACUUUUGGUUUGAAGUGAUUUUGCCUUCAUACAGCAUUUUCUGAGCAUGCUCGGUUAAAUCAUCCUGGACAUUCAAGUGUUGCUAGAGUAUAAGCCGACCCGAAUAUAAGCCGAGGCCCCUAAUUUUACCCCAAAAAACUGGGAAAAUGUAUUGACUCGAGUAUAAGACUAGGGUGGGAUAUGCAGCAGCUACUGGUAAAUUUCUAAAUAAAAUUAGAUCCUAAAAAAAAUUAUAUUAAUUGAAUAUUUAUUUACAGUGUAUAUGAUGAAUGCAGUGUGUGUGUAUGAGUGCGCAGUGUGUGUGUAUGAGUGCGCAGUGUGUGUGUAUGAGUGCGCAGUGUGUGUGUGAGUGCGCAGUGUGUGUGUGUGUGUAUGAAUGCAGUGUGUGUGUGUGUUGCAGAGCCUUGGUGGGGGGGUGGGCAUUUUUAUAAAAAAAAUAAAUUAUUUUAAUUUUUUUUGUUGUUAUAAUAUUAUUAUUAUUAUUAUUAUUAUUAUUAUUAUUAUUAUUUAUUUAUUAUUUUUAUUAUUAAUGUAUUUAUUUUCGUCCCCCCUCCCUGCUUGAUACAUGGCAGGGAGGGGGGCUCUCCUUCCCUGGUGGUCCAGUGGCAUUGGCAGUUCAGUGGGGGGAGGAGGGAGGCUGGCAGAGCUGUUACUUACCUCUCCUGUCAGCUCUCUCCUCCUCCGCGCCGGCCCGUGCAGCUCUUCUCUCAGCUCACACUGUAAGUCUCGCGAGAGCCGCACUAUGACCCCGCGGCUCUCGCGAGACUUACACUGGGAGCUGAUCGAGGUGCUGACCGGACCGGCGCGGAGGAGGAGAGAGCUGACAGGAGCUAGAGGAGAGGUAAGUAACAGCUCUGCCAGCCCCCAGUCUGUAUUAUGGCCAUGUAAAUUAAUGUAAAUUGCCAUAAUACAGACAGUGACUCGAGUAUAAGCCGAGUUGGGGUUUUUCAGCACAAAAAAUGUGCUGAAAAACUCGGCUUAUACUCGAGUAUAUACGGUAAGUGUGUUUAAAUGAAAACUGAAAUACCACAAGCACUGUAGCGUGCUUUGACAACUUACCUGGAGUUAGCUGGUAAUCCAGCUGUGAGAGCUGGACUGAAAUACCUGGCAGUGUAGGGCUUGGCUCAUUAGCGGAGAGUGUUUAGCGGACGCCCUCACACUAAGAGCUGACCGUGCACAGCAAGACUUCCCUCAGGGGAGCUAGCAGAAGCUCAGUCUCUCUUAGAGGCUUUGACUGGUGCUUAGUGGACCAUGGGUAAAUUAUCUAACCAUUUACAAAUUGUCCACUUACCCUGUUAGGGUGGCAGGGCACUCGUGGCAUAACCACUACAGUCCGCUGUACGGUGUUUCUUUUACUUGGAAUGUUGCUUUGAUGCUUUCUCAAGAGGAGGGAACUUUCAGCUUAGUGAUUUAACUCCCAUUUAUUUAUUUAUCUUUUUAUUCUGUCACAGGAUUAGUCCACUGAAUGGCAUUGGAUUUAUGUUAACGUAAAUCUGCCACCGUGGAGUGAAAGUAGCGUUCUGCUUUUUUAAUAUUGAGGGAGUCCCACACAAUUUGAAUUACUUAUUUAUUUAUAAAAUAUUUUACCAGGAAAGAUACAUUGAGAGUUCUCUCGUUUUCAAGUAUGUCCUGGGUCACUUCCCACUAACCACUGAUUACUCUGUCGUGUGAGCCAUGAAUGUCAACUCAUGUUAAAAAACAAAAACAAAAACAACCAAUGAAAACAUAUUUUUAUUCUUUAUAAGUUUUAAGUCAUGUACUUUAGUUAUAUCUUAUUAGUUUUGUGUGGCUUUUUUUUUUUUUCACCAUUCUGUGCCAACAUUAAAUCUGUGUUUAGUUGCGUUGUUUGACAACAGGGCAGGGUUUGGCACAUUCUUUGAAUUCUUGAUUGAUUGAAUUCUUUUAUUUAGAAAUUUAGAGAAAUACAUUGUCGCAAUGGCCUUGAGUAGGCGUUGCAUUAUCAAAGGAGCUGGACUGAUGCACACUUUUCGAUUCUAAAAAAGGUCUCAGUGUACAUUUCGUAAAGCAUAUUCAAUAGUGGCUUAACCUUGAGCUUAAAGGGACAGAAUUAUUUGGACCUAUGAUCAUGCUGUUGCCAUGUUUAUGGUGAAAAAUGUUCUUUGUCUACCUGCAGAUAGAAAAGACAAAACAGGAGAACAGAAGCUGAGAGAACACUUGUAUAGGGGUUAACCCAAGGACUAGGAACGUAGUGAAAAAACGAAAAACGAGUGCCCUAAAUACAUUUUAAAAAUUAACCUUUAUUGGUAAUCCUUAAAAUAUGUAAGCUUUGAACUAAUUGGAAAUUAACUGUCUCUCUCUCAUAGCUUUCUAUGAGAGUGGAAUGAAGUUCUUUAGAGCAUUUAAAAAAAAUUAAAAAAAAAUCUCAACCUCCCUUCCCCCCCCCCCAAAAAAAAUAACUUUAUAAAUUUGCUGGAAGUCUAAAAGUGUAUUAAAUAUGGUUUAGAUUUUUUUUUAUUUAUUUUUUUAAUUUUUUUUAAAUCUUCAAGGAAAACCACCUUGGACUUACCAACAUGUUUACUCUUAGAGUGCUUUAGCCCAACUUAUUGCCAUGUAAUUUGUUAGGCACACUCCUGGUACCCAAAGGGUAAAGGUGACAUGGAUCUAAAAAUUUAUUCAUUUGAGUGUGUGUAAAUCUGUUACUAUCUUGGGCGGAGCUCCUGUACUCUGACAGAGUACCUCCACCCAGUCAAACUCCUAGCUGCUUGCAGGAACCCUGGAUCGCUUCAGCCCCAGUCUCCAAAGCUUGACUAGGGUCUUUCCGGAGCUCUUCCUCCCAAGCAGGCUGCAGCACUCCUUCCAGGCAGGUAUCAUCCCCUCUGCCUAUUCCGCUGUAGUCCUUCUUCGAGGCAGGUAUCGUCCCCUCUGCCUGUUCCUCUGCAGCUUUCCUUCCAGGCAGGUAUUGUCCCCUCAUCUUAUUCCUCUGGAGCUCUGCUUACAGUGAAUCGUUCCUGUAAGUUUCUUGUAAUUGUCCUAUUUAUAGUUAAAUCUUAUUAUAAAUCUUUUAUAGCAGUGAUGGCGAACCUACUCUGCUUCCGUGUCGGGAGGCCGGGGGAGGGAUCUGUGAAGCAGCUUCCCUGUCCUCCCGCGAGCAAUCUGUGUGGAGCUUUGCCGCGCAUUACCAUGGCAACGCUCCACACAGCGGACAGGGGAGCUGCUCCCUACAAUCCUUACCACCACCAGCGAUGGCUUCCCCCCCUCUCCUUCAUCAAAGGUAAGAAGGAGGGAGGGGGAUACAGAUUUAGCAUUUUUUUUUUUUUUUUAUCACCCCCUACACACAGUACCCCAGAAUAUAUCUCCUGCCUGCAUAAUUGGCAAUGUGCACAUUGGCAAGCCUUGCUAUUCAGGUAGUGCAUACAAGCUGUUGCUGCAACCAACAGAGGGCGCUGUACAGGCUCCAUAGCCAAAUCCUCCUUGUUGGUAGCAAGCAUCAGCAGGACAGGAGAGCAGACAAAUAAUUAACAAUAAAUACAUAAUAAACAUACAUUGCACACAAAAAGCAAUGUGUGUGCACAAAUCACAGUGCAAUAAUACCACAAAUACAAACCACAGUGCAAAAUGUGUGUCGCCACCAGGGGUCCUACGCGUUUCGUCCGUAUGUAGGACUUCCUCAGGGACUUCAGUGACCAGAAAUGACAGCAUACAAAUGAACAAUAGGACCCCUGGUGGCGACACACACACCUCUUAACUGCCCCAUGAGAGUUUAAAAGUGGUGGAAGAACUUUUCCUGGAAAAGAAUUGAUGCUGAAAAAGAAAUUUAUUUUCAAGGCAUUCUUAUUUCAACGAAAGUGUGAGUGGCCACUUGUCAUUUAUACAUUUGGUUCAUUUCAUACACACAGUUAUGCGCUAUGCAUUUUUCUUGUUAUUCAUUUAGCAGAUCAUCCCCUCUUUUGCUACAUACAUUGCACACACUCUGCACCUACAAUGGGCACAGGGUGAUUUAAACAUAGGAGUCAUCCAGGGAUCUAAUUGAAGUGUCCAUCUUAUGUUCCCAGUGAUGGUGACUACAGUCACACUAUCUCUUCAAUUUCCAUUUGUACCCUCAAGCACAGACAAUAUAUAUAAUAUAGAUUUUUUUUAUUUUAUUUUUUUUUUAGUCUCAACAUUUAAUGCCAAGAUUGUAUCAAAUUAAUUAAUUUUGAUAUAGGUUAUAAAAAGUAUCAAAUGUUGUUCUAGGUUCUAAAGCUUUUGUCCAGAUCUAGUUAAACCUCUUUUAUUUACACCCUGAUUUGCACAUGACAUCACAUGAAAGUAGACCAGGACUCAAGAUUGUGAGAACAUCCCAAUUACUGCUGAAGUCUAAUCAUUAAACCUUUAAUAUGUAAUGUUUUAACUAGUCUUGCAUUCUGGUUUACAAACACCACAUUGAUAUUCUCUCUCUGCUUUCCCUCUCCCAGCAGGGAAUCUGGACAUCUGGGCCAUAAGCUUAGAAGAACGAGCUAAGCAUGACCAGCAAUUCCAUGGUCUCCAGCCAACAGCUGGGUAUAUUACUGGUAAGAAGCAUUAUUAAAUGGCCCUACUGGGCAUCAUAUUUUGUGUGGGUUGUGUAAUUUGGGAUGUCUACAAGCUUAAAGAUGUGACUAGGAGAUCAGUCGAUAAUAGUAAUUUAGCUGUUUAGAACAAUGGGGGAAAUCGUCGCUACUCUGCAGAUGUGAACGGGGGAAAUAGACGUACUAGUGCAUCCUUUCCACUUCAUCUACAUUUAGUACAAAACCCCUUAAAUGCUACACGGUCUGUGAGUUAUACCAAUGUAGGUUUUAUGUAGCUCUAAUAUCUGCAUGUCAUUAUCCCAUUGUUUCCUUUUUAUUAGAAAAAAUACUUAAAGGGGGUUCUCUGUGGUUGCCAUAUUCUGGUUUAGAAGUGUUUUGUCAAAUACCAAGGCUCUCUUGGGCAUCUAUAAUCCUGCUACACUGAUGACGCACCGAUUACUUACACACACUAGGUUCAUAUUGGUCCCCUAUUGAGUGCUGAUGAACAGGUAAAUAUGCUUGGCUAUCCUGUUGCUUAGACAUCUUUUAUCCUGUAGGUAGUAGUCCGGUAGUUAACAAAUAAAUUGGUCCAAGAAAUAAGUUUCUUUUAAAUUUCCAGUGGUAUUUAGUGGGAAUUUUACAAUUUUUUUUCCAAGAAUAUAUUCCUUUGUACACUAAGGAUUUCUGUAAUAUAGGUUGAUAACAAUAAGUUCCUCCAGGUUUAUUUAUUUAUAAUAAAUCCUUUAUUAUAACGGUCAGUUAGGUGUAGCCAGUUACUAGCCGUGAUGUAAUACUGAUGGGUGUUCCAAAGACCAUGAAACCACUCUGUUCUUUACAUCCUCCUGAUAAUGGGAUUUACUGCUGCUAAUCACACUCCGGAUCAGAUUAGCUCUGGAAAUGGAAGCACAAUAUCCGAAUACCACUCCCUGCAAAUACCUUCUCUAAUCUAUCCAGCACACGUGGAUCUUAAUUUCAUUAACAUGCCAAUUACAGUGGGCUAUUUUGAUUGCUGGUUCAUUUUAUUCCCUUGUGUAAUAUUGUGCUGUCUCCUUAUGAAGAAUACGUGUAUUGUUGUGAUUGUGAUAUUUUUUUUACAUAUAAAAUACUGUACAGGCUCCCAUUAUGUUUGGGUUCAUGGGUUACGAGUGUCCUGGAAAUGAUUCUGGGUAUUUGAAACCUGAAAACAGAUCACUUGUUAAAAUCUUUAAAAAGGUUAUUUAGUUUUGGCGGAUAUUCAUGGAAUAACACACUUAAAAUGUUGGCUGUAUUAGAAUCAGUGCUACAAAGUUCAAUAUAUCUUGCCAGGCAAUUUUCCUAUUGUUUAAAAAAAAAAAAUUAUUAUUAUUUUUUUAUUUUUUUUUGUUAAAGCUUAAAAUCAGAUUUAUUAAACCAGUGUAACAUUUUGGAUCCAGUAGCGGAGCCUUUAUUAAGACUCUGUAACUUGAUUUACACCAUCCACCCCCUUUAUUUAUUUUUAUUAUUUAAUUUCCUUGUAAGUUUUGUACAAUAUUGGCAAACUUCAGGUAAAUCAGAUCACAGUGGAUCCUCCAUAAAACUAUGUUUACAGUCCUUUAGUUAGUAGGGCAGGUUGUUUGGGAACGUUACUUUGCAGUUGGGUUGUAUUCUACAAGGGACUGAUUGCUUUUCUCCCACAUGGGGUCAAGGUUAAAGCUUUAUACUCAAAUGUACACUAAGAAAUCACAUGAGCAUUUAGUACUCAAGCUUUGUAUAAAUGAAACCCUGUUACUAGCUGUAAUAGUUUAUAGUGCAAAUAAAAAAUCUAAUUACUCUUAUUUUCCAUACGCAAUGGCAUUAAGAUGGUUUGUGUUAUAAAGAUGAAAAGCUGGCAUAUUGUUCAAGGCUUACUCUGUGCUAAACAAACCCAUAGAUCCAGCGCGCACUCCUGUCUACUAAACAGCAACUUCAAUGUUGACAGUUUUUUAAAAGUUUUUUUAUUCUAAAGGUUUAAAAAAAAAAAAAAAACACCUAAUCUAGGCAAAAAUAAUGGGGGUUUAGUUACAUUAUAUGAUCAUACAUUGCAUAAGCCUGCCACAACGCGUACCCCAUCUUUGGCAGGUCCUACUCUCACAGUCUAAUGUCUGCUCUUAUGAGAUUAACCCACUUACUUGGGGAAAAAAAUUCCAUCAGAGAAAAACGUUUAGAAAAACAUUUAAAAAAACUAAUAAAAUCUUUCAAUAUUGAAGUUGCUGUUUAGUAGAUGGGAGAGUGCAUGGGUGUAUUGUUUAUUGUAUAAUAUGGCCCCAGCAGCACCCCAUUUAAGCAUGUUCAGGUGAGUGCAACCACCCCCAUGUUUUAUAUAUAUAUUUAUAUAUAUAUAUAUAUAUAUAUAUAUAUAUAUAUAUAUAUAUAUAUAUAUAUAUAUAUAUAUAUAUAUAUAUAUAUAUAUAUAUAUAUAUAUAUAUAUAUAUAUUUGGGAGUCUAGCCAACUCCUUGGUUUUGCACCCCUCCCUGUCACAGGUGCCUCAUCCCAAGGCCCUAUUUAGCUUUGUACUGCAGAGAGCCUCAGAUGGAAUUUUGUUCCCCAAGUAAGUGGGUUAAUCUCAUAAGAGCAGACAUUAGGCUGUUAGUGUAGGACCUGCCAAAGAUGGGGUACAUUGACGUUGUGGCAGGCUUAUGCAAUGUAUGAUCAUAUAAUGUAACUAAACCCCCAUUAUUUUUUGCCUAGAUUAGGUGUUUUUUUUUUUUUAAACCUUUAGAAAAAACUUUUUUUUUUCAAAAACUAAUAAAAUCUUUCAACAUUGAAGUUGCUAUUUAGUAGAUGGGAGAGUGCGCUGGAUCGUGUGUAUUGUUUAUUGUAUAAUAUGGCCCCCAGCAGCACCCCAUUUAAGCAUGUUCAGGUGAGUGCAACCACCCCCCCAUGUUUCAUAAACCCAUAGAUAGAUUGACCCGCUGGGAGUCUAACAUCUGAAGCUGAAAUUUCAACAGGUUUGACCAAAAACUGCCACUGGUGCACUAGUUAUUCCUGCAUGACAGUGAAUUUCCUUCAACCUACCACUGGUCUCAAUGCUGCUAAAGUAUUUGGCCUACAUGUAAUGCCUGCUCAAUCAAUUGCUUUUUGCAUAAAUUAUGAAACCAUUUAGGAAAUGUUAAACUUAUAACAAGCAGCAGUUCAGAAAGUAUUCAGAUGCAUGCUGCGAUAUGCUCUGUGUUAAGCACAUAUGAGAUGAUAUCCUUGGAAAAAUAUUAUUAAAUGUUAGAUUUUAGAGACAAUAAUCAGAGUGCGUGAUUUACAGCCAUCUUUUAAAACUAUGUAUUAAAAUUGAUAUUUUCUUCAUCUACAGGAGACCAAGCACGGAAUUUCUUCCUUCAGUCUGGCUUGCCGCAACCAGUUCUUGCCCAGAUAUGGUAAGUGUGGAAAAACUGAACUGGUGUGUUGUUGGAUGUUGGCGAUUUUAGGGGAAUAUGAAUGAAUUUUCAAACUUUAUAAAUAUGUUUAUUGCCUGGUUUAAACAUACUGUGUGUGACUAUUUUCAGUGCCUCGCCAUUUGUGUGUGUAUGAUGUAUAAAUUACUUGCUGUAGAGUAAUUUUAUUGUUGAUAAAAUUUCACAUACCAGAAAUCAUGUUUAAAUAUGUCCAGAUGUCCUAUUAAAUAUUAGAAUAAUAUAUAUGUUCAUGUCCUUUUGUAGUGGUUCACAUUAACCCUUUAGUGAAUAUUCCGGUGGUAUAUUUCUGGCUCAGACUUGUCGUUCGGUCUUGCUCUAUACUAGAUGAAUAAGUUCUAUGUUUGAGAUAUGUUUAUUUUUAUUACAAGCACAUAUAAUUAUAUAUUUCCAGCAGAGAUAAGUAAUCAAGGUGAAUUGAUAAAAACUGUGCAGAAAACUGAUAUUUUAGUGUAUACAUAACUGUUAAAUGGUACCUCACGCGCCAUGACCUCUUCAAUGCUGCCUGGAGUCUCCAUGUACAGAGUUUAAACCCUCUGCUGUUGGUAACGUCAUUUGGGUGUCGUUACCCGGGCUGUCUAAUACUAAUUUUGUGCAUAUUAAACGUCCGUAAUCAACACAGACUUGCUGUCCAUAUCCUUUCCUUAGUCUGUAUUCCCCCUACAUUACUCCACCGACUGGUAGGGGGAGUGAUGUCACAAAGCAUGUUUUUAUUUAUUUUUUUAUAGUAAUUUAAGUAUGCUGUCUGUCUGAAGGCAUCACAAACUUAAAAUGCCAAAUGUUUUUUUUAUUAACAUUGUAUACCUGGUUUAGCACACUUUAGUGCUGGGAUAAUUUCCUAAUGUAUCAAAAUAAUAAAAUAAUCCACUUCUGUUGAUAUGCUACAACCCACUCUACAGGUUGUAUACCAUUAACCUUGCCGACACUGUGCACCUUGCCGACACUGUAAUGGCUGUGUGCACAGCUUGCUGGGUAAUGGGCAGCUGACAUUCCUGGAGACUGUCUGAUUGAUUGUAAUUAUAUAUUUUUGCUGAAAUAUAUCUGCAGCAUUUCAUAUGUGCUUUUUGAACUGUGCAAGCUGCGUUUGAACCUAGAAUUUUGAUGCACACAAAAUAACAAAAGUGUAGAGAGACAUGGAGCUUCUGAUCAAUAAAUAUUUUUUUUUUUAUUGCGAGACUGGCCAUAACUUGCUUUAUUUAUCUGUUAACAAAAAAUAUAUAUAUAUAUUUACUAGAUCUUUCACCGUUUAGGAUUAUCUUCUUUUCUCUAAUUGACAUUUAUAAUAUGCUUGAAUUCAUUAAUUCAUAAUAAUAAUGUAAUGCUGUGUUGGUGACUUCUAUUUAUUUAUUUAUUUUUUUUGAAAUUUGUAUUUUAUUGGUUUUCACAUCAAAAAAAACUCGGGGGAUGGGUAGGGUUGGGUACAGAAAAAGAGAAGGGAGGUGGGAAAAAGGGGGUGGGGGUACAGUCACUUAACAUCGAAUCUUAUGUCGGUUAGGAAUAUGUAAAAAUUGACAAUUGACAUUUGGCAGUUGACAUUUGCAGGCUUUUGAGGCGGCUCAACAGCGCACAGUAAUCGGUUGAUCUCCUUAUGCAACACAGUACAAUUGCUCCGACUAUCUAGGCUUACUACCCAUUCCUAGGUCCCAGUUUGCUUUAUACUAUUCUCAGACGUACUAAUGUUCCCCACAUUUUUUGAGGCGAUUGCCACCCCCAGUCUACCUGCAUUUAGCUUUUGUGGUUAGUUGAGUUGUUAUUUUAAGUUGUGAUUGGUGAGUACGUGUUGUGCGUUAGCGUUUCUCCAAGCUCGCCACUGUUCCCAUGUUCUACCACUGCCUUUGGUGCUAUUCUGCGCUUUGGAAAAGCUUGUUUCGUAAAUAGCCUGCUUGUCUAUGUCUUGGAUGAGGGCAGGAAUGCUAGGGGUGUCUGUUGUUUUCCAGAGUCGUGCGAUCAGUUUUUGUGCGGUUAGCAGGACGUGAUACAUUAAUUUUCUCGCUUGUGUGGGUGUUUCUCUGGGUAUAUCUAACAGUAAAAAGGUCUUAGGGUCAAAGGGUAGGUGGAUGGUGGUAGUAUCUGCAAUGAUUUUUCUUGUGUCUUCCCAAUACCUGAUUAGGCGUGGACAUUUCCACCAAAUGUGGAGGACCGAGCCUUUCUCUUGUUUGCAUCUCCAACACGUCGGAGACGCAGUGGGAUACAGUUUGUGUAUACGUAACGGCACCAUAUACCACCGAUAUAUUGUUUUCUGGUGUUGUUCUAUAAGGGGAGCGGAUUUGAUCAAUUUUCUAGUGGAAGAUGUGAUGGAAGACCACUGUUUCUCAGUGAUGGGAGUUUGGAGGUCUAUUUAUUUAUUUUUAAAUGGGUUAAAUCCUAAAUUGCUGUACGUGGAUUAGAAUUAAUUUUGGAACUCUUACUCUGCUCCCUUUCCUGUUGUCAUGGGUGUAGUGAGUGAAUUAAUUUCAGACACAGCUUGGCGGAAUCAAUCUGCUUUGGUUCCAGACUCUGCAUUUACCAGGACUUAUUAUUUGGCUUUGCAGAUCCUAUGGUUGUGUUAUGGUGCCAGUGGCUCUGCCCCCCUCUUGGAAUAUGGCUGAUGCAGAGUGUAACUCUAUUAGUGAUAUCAAUUUAUACCAGUGGCAGAGAGGGGACAAGUUGCGGGAACCCAGUGACCCUCUUUCCUGUUAAACCGUUUAAAAAUAAUUAAAUACUAUAGUGGGAUGGCGCUAAGGGACACCUGGCCCUAAAACCACUCCUAUAAUAUGAAGUGGUUAUGGUACCUAGCGUUGUCUCGUGAAUGCCCGAGACCUUUAGAGAAAAAAAAAGAAAUAUUAACACAAUGUGCAAUGUUUAUAGAGGAGUAGUAAAAUAACUGGGACCAUAAGCAUAUUCUCCACCCUGCAGGUGAGAUAAGGUGGCUUACACCUCCUAUCGGUGUAUAAAUGAUAAUCCAUCACUGGACACUGUAGGGCCAGUCACCCCUUUAAAUGAUGCAUUAUUUUCAGGAUGUGCCAGCCCAUUGUGUUACUUCAGUAAUCUCUUUGCAGGGCACUGGCUGACAUGAAUAACGACGGCCGCAUGGACCAACUGGAGUUCUCUAUAGCAAUGAAACUCAUCAAACUGAAGCUCCAAGGUUACCCCGUGCCAUCUGUCCUCCCUUCCAUCAUGCUACAGCCCCCAGUCACCAUACCCACUGCUGCAGGGUUUGGUGAGUAUCAGUGGACAUAUGAACAGCACACUUUCAUAUUGCCCUAUAUAAAUAUAUGUUGAAUAUGUGAAGCAUUUAUUAGGAGACAGUGUAUCUAACCAGCUCAUGCUUCAUUAGAUAGAUAUGUUACUGUGCUGAAAAACAAUAGUCUUGGAACAGAAGUUGUUUUAAAAUGAAUUCAACUAAACACCCAUCUUUCUCUUAAGGAUGCAUCUAAUUCUAUCUUCCCCAUGUCUAUACCCAGUACGUUGUUUUCUGUUUUCCAGGUAUAAGUGGAAUUGCGGGCAUGCCUCCCCUGGCAGCUGUAGCCCCUGUGCCAAUGCCUCCCAUUCCAGUAGUAGGAAUGUCUCCACCUAUAGUGUCCUCUGUCCCUGCUGCCUCAGUGCCACCCUUGGCUAAUGGAGCACCUACCGUCAUACAGCCUCUUCCUGCUUUUGCUCACUCUGGUAUGCUGCUUGGUCUUCAUUAUUAACAUUGCUUUAUGGCUUAGAGGGACACUAAGCACCGAAAUAUCUUUAGCAUUAUGAAACUGUUAGGUUGUGUGAUCAUACCACCGCAGUUUCUCAAUUCUCUUUAUCUUAUUAGUUAAAUCACCCUGUUUAACCCUAGCCACAACUCCCUGGCUGAGACUCUCGGACUCCAUGAAGGAAAAAAAUAUCAUUUUUAAAAAACGAUCUUACUGCACAGUGGGUUUACUUUAGAGGUUAUAAACUUUUGUUAAUUGAGCUUGACUUACACACAGGAAGAUGCUGCAUUCUCUAGCAGGCAAUUAACAGUGCAGAAGAUAAGAUAACUCCUCUCUUGCAACUGUCAGUCUAAUACUAUCCUUACCUUUUGUGUCACUUUACUCCACUCCCUCGAGCAUGUAAGCUCAUUGAGCAGGUCACUCAACCCCUCUGUUCCUGUGUGUCCAACUUGUCUGGUUACAACUACUUGUUUGUUCGUCCACCCACUGUAAAGCACUGCGGAAUUUGUUGUCACUAUACAAAUAAUAUUAUAAUAACUCCUAAAUGAAAACACAGUGUGCAACAAGGGAAGUUUAAAAAUGUUUGAACUCCUGUUCAUGAAAUAUGUUGCGAGGCUAUGUGAGUUCCUGCCAGGGGAGGUGUGACCGGGGCUGCAUAAACAGAAACAAAAUGGGUUUAACUCCUAAAUGGCAGAGAAUUGGACCGUAAAACUGCAUGGGCAUGAUCACUACACCAAAAUGGCUUCAUUAAUCCAAAGUUGUUUUGGUGCUUGGAGUUUCCAUUAAAAGGCACUUACCCCCCAAAUAAUGUAAAUUUCUCUUUCUGUACUAACAACCUCCAGCAUAUAAUGUUUAGUAUUUUAUUUUUUUAAUACUAUUUUAAAUCAGAAAUCGAUGUUGUGCCUCGUGUCACUGCAUUCGUCAUCGUUGCUCUGUAGACUUUCUGUGAGGGUUAUUUGAUCACUUUAUUCUUUAUUGCUGUGAAAAAAUCCAAACGUUUUCUUCAAGCACAGUCAUGUCAAGCCUAUUGUCUGUUUAUUUUAUUGAUAUAAUUGUAAUUUUGCUUUUCAGCUUGAAAUCUACUAAUCGGGUAGGGAUAUACAAUUUUCUUCUGCAAUAUGACUUUAUUUGGGAUGUACCAAAUAAUGUCCAAAGAUCCCCUUGACCGUAGCAGAAAUGUUUGAUUGUGCUUGCUUUAAAAGACAAUGUUUUAAAUUUAAAGGAACACCUAUAGUGUCCGGAAUACAAACGUGCAUUCCUAAAAAUAUAGAUGUAAAAACACCUUUUGGGUAUCGGGCCUUCCUUACCCCCUGUAAAAAAGUUUCCCCUACUAAUUCCCAAAUUGCUUGUUUAGUGGAUCAUCCCAAAGGGUCAAUGAGUUGGAAUCUAGUUCUUUAGCAGGGCACAUUGAAGUAUGUAUACAAAAAUAAAGGCCUUACAGUAAAAACUAUAAACCUCUUCCAACCCCCCUCUAUCAAAAACCAAAACCAAUCACAGCAGUAUUUUAAAACGUGGGUUUAAAAGGACAGGAUCACUUUAUUUACAGUGUGUAACAGAUUUUAAAUCAAAUCCUAUAAUCUGCUGUAACCAUAUCAUAAAUUGGGAGUGCAGAGAGAAUGGAUACUAUGAUUUUAAUGAUACCACAAAAAAAAAUCAGGGUUCCUAAUUUGUAUCUAUUUAAUACUAACAAUUUAUUAUCCCUUGCAAUAAAAAAGAAAACUUGAAAUUGUCUUUGCAGCCACCUUGCCAAAGAGUUCGUCAUUUGGCCGAUCUGGUACUGGACCUCAAAUAAACACUAAGUUACAGAAGGCUCAAUCAUUUGAUGUUGCAAUGUAAGUGAUUUAACCUUCCAGAUGUGGGAUUUAUGUAUGAAGAGUUUGCAAAAAAUUGGAGAUUUCAAUAUAAAUGGGCACUUUUAUGAAUUAACCUUGCUACACCCCCUCAGUGUCAGGCAACCAGUCCUGUUACUUCCUGGUUGUUUUGCUCACACAGGGGCCCAGGGCACCUGCCUUGCAAAGACUUCACAUUGAACUGCAUUGGGGAGUCUGUGAUUUGACAGCCACAGAAAGUCUGGGCUGGGGAAGAAUGGGAGGGCUUGCAGUGGCUGCAGCUGUAGCAAGCUAUUUUUAGAUAUACCACCAAUGAAAUUGGGUAAUUAUAUGCUUGCAUGUUUUCGUUAAGUAUAUUUACAAUAUAUAUUUAUGUGAUUUUAUAAUAAAAAAAUAAAAAAAUAUUCGGGCAGUGAAGUAUCCGCAACAUAUAGCAUAUCGCCAUGUAGCUCUUUUGUAGCCUCGGUGGGUUAUCGACUAGUAAAACAAAAUCUCCCGUUGGUUGGAGCCAGAGAGAUAGGGACGAUGGAGGGGAAGUGGAGUUAUGUAUUUGUGACGGACCGGUGGCACUCCGACAGAGUACCUCCGCCAAUCGAUGCUCCUAUUGCUUGCCAAGGACCCCAAGCACUCCAACCGACACCAUCAUCACCGCAGACCCCACUUCCAGCGAUGCAGCUGUGCCGGGGUCUCGCCAUCUUUCACCCACCCUGGACCCAAGGCCAGGAUCCAGCUUCCAGUGGGUAGACCUCUCCUAUAUCCAGAGAGCAGGAAGCAGGAACAAGCUCUUACAAGAGCUUACACUCAGGGGAGUAUUGUGAUAUAGCAAUCCCCAAGAGUGUAGUUAUCCCAGCCUCUAAGCAUGAGCCAAGGCUUCAAGAAAGGGUCAAGUAAUUCUGUUAAAUGGCACCAAAGGGCUUUCUUUUAUGGAGGUCUUACACAUACAGGACCACCCACAGGGUUUUGAAGAACAAACCAAUACAUUACAACACAGCUAAACACUCCCAUUCAUACAAGCAGAAAUCCUCUCCUCUGCCUGUGAUACGAUUAUCUCAACACAAUAGACUAACUUAAUUAUCACAGGCAGAAAAUAUACAGUUUUACACAAUAUUCAUAACUUUAAAAGUAUACAUCACAUUCACAUUCAGCAUACUCCAAAUACAAACAUACUCAAAAAUCAGGCAAUUCCUUCCAUUGGUUUAAAGGUUAGGUCAAAGUCCUUUGUGAUCACUGCAAGCAUGGCUUUUCCUGCCCAAACCAGUUCCACCGAUUUAGGCAUGAGAUAAGUGGCUUAACUGGGUGUGGUAAGCCAACCAUCUCCAGUUACAGAAAAUAUCCCUAUUCACAACAACAGCACAAAUACAUAACUCCUGUCACUGUACAGAACCCCCACAUUCCAGAUAGCUUGGAUCUGAACGCUCAAUAUAUCCGAACAGCGCUCAGAUCCCACAACCACAGUCAAAUCGCCAUGGGGUUAAAGUUACAGCAUGGGAUGAUGAGAGGGGCCAAAGUCACGAGGCAAGAGGCUAGCCAUUAGUCCUCUCCAUGUAGAAGUGGACAAGGGCUUUUCAUCACAGUAUUUAUCUGUAAAUGACAAUCACUUCUAAACCCUCACACAGGAUGUGAUCUUAUCUUCACCGCUCCCAAACAAAAGUAUUAAUAAGAGGAGAGUUUGUAGUUUGGUAACAGUUGAUUUAAAGUCUUUUUUUAUUUUUAUUUAUUUAUUUUAUUAGAAAGUGUUUAGUAAGAAUAUGUUAAAGUUUUUCAUUUUAAGCUAUGUCACAGGGCUGAAUUUCACAAAACAAUAAUGCAUUAUAUUGCAAGGUUAAAACUACAGGUCCACUGCACUCGGACCAAUUCAAUGAGAUGAAGUUGUCUGUGUGCCUUUUAGUGGUCCUUUAAUAUGUACUGGUAUGGUUUGCAGCAUGGAUUAUUGGAAUAGUGGCCAUUCUGUUAUAAUGUUUUUAUGUAAGACUGGUGUCUAACUGCAUAUUUCUGAAAUUUAUCUUCUAAAGGAAGAAUCUCCAAGUGUAUUUAAUGCCCACAUACUAAAAGCAUUGAAUGCUCGAAUUCUGUGCUUUGUUUGAAAUUCUGACAUAUAUGUAUAUAUGUGUGUGUGUAUAUAUUUCCUUUUUUGACUUCUGACCAUAUAAGACUUUUGUUUUUAUUUUUCUUGUAAUUAUCUGAUUAAUUUUUUUUUUCUCAUUUCAGCCCUCCCCCUUUGCAAGAAUGGGCUGUUCCACAGUCUUCAAGACUCAAGUACAGACAGUUGUUCAACAGCCAUGACAAAACAAUGAGUGGCCAUUUAACGGGUAAUGGGUUUAUAUUCUACAAGAAUAUAAAUAGUUUCUUGGAGACCUCUCUGAGUAAAUUUAGACAUUCUAACAGGGUUAUUCACUAACAUGAGAAUUCAAAGUGAACUCAAAAAGAAUUUUCAAUUUAAAGGAUCACUAAAGCUUUAGGAAUACAAAACGAGAUUCCUCACUCUUCAGUGUCCUCAUCCAUAGGUAAAUUCAGGUCCCCCAGCCGUAUGCAGUAAAAAUGCUAAAAUGUAAAGUUUUACUAACCUUUUUGUACAGCUUGGGUUUCCUUGGCGCUGUUUACCUUGCUGCCUCCCGUGACGUCAUUGUGGUGGCAUGGCUUCCUCUGAAUCAGUGGGGUACUGUUGUGCGUGUUCUGCGCAUAUAUCCAAGCUUCCCCCUAGGAAAGCUUGGAGUCAUUGCUGUCCUAUGGGGUGCUUUCGCGUCAUGUGACAUUUUUACUGGUUCAGUGCCAUGGAAGCGACUCUACUGGCACCACAGCCACUAGUGGUGGAUUAAACCCCCAAUGCAAACAUUGCAGUUUUUAAACAAAGUAUUCUAUGCUUCCAGUUUGGCUAUUUUGGCCUUAAAUUUGAAAUUCACCUUGAAUUCCUUAUGGAAUUACUCACUAAUUCCACACACAAUUUAUACACGAAUGUGUGAAUAGUUGGUAAUUCAGUGUGAGUUCAUAGCGAAUUUCACAUUUUAAAGCAAAAUAGUUAAACCGGAAGAAAUUCUCCAACUCCGCUAUAUUUUUAGUAGGACUAUUUUAACCUAAAAUCUGAAAUUCACCUUACUUUAAAUUAUCAACAUUUCACAUUACAGUGUGACCUGCUGCUAAUUCAGACUGAAUUAAAAGGGAACUCCACAUUUAAUGUAAUGCUGCAGUAAAUAUCAUUGAAGUAUUAUUAUUGAGGUUUCCAUCCUCCAUGGUUCUUUGCGGGUGUGUGAGAGCCAGGAAUCAUUAUUUAUAAGUCCUGUUCAUGCGUGGUCAUGGGCCAAGUGUUAAGAAUCAUGGAGCAGUUUUAUUAUUUGACCACGAUUUGUAUACACGUGGAAGUGAACAUGGGACAUUUGGAAUUCAUUCAUCAGCUUUGCAUCGCAUUCCAUUCCUUUCAUAUUGAAAGGGUUUUUGUUUUGUGUUUGAGUAAUAGCACAACUAGUAGCUAACAGUUUUCUGGCCAUUAGAAUGUGCUUUUUCCUCUAAAUACACAGUGCCUCUUUCAGACGAAACGUACUAAUUGAAUCAAAUGCUCUCGUAAUAACUGAAUAUAUUAUUCAGAAUAGGAGUUAAACUAAAGGAACAGUUAAACAGUUUGAAUACUUACUCUGAGAGUGUGCCAGGCAACCCCUGGCACCAUAAUCACUACUGUGAGCGGCUGUAGUGGGUAUAGUGCUCCUUUUUAACAGAUCUUCUAUGCACAUAAGAAAAAUAAAUAAUUACAAAUGUGGGAAGGAAGUGUUAAACAUAAAAUGGAAAUAGUGAUGUUUAAUGGGACGGUGGCUAGUUGCAGAACAUUAACGAAUAUUGUGGUUUAAAAAAUAAAUAAAAUUGAAUUGUACUAUAUUUUUAAAAAAUGUAUAUUUGUUUCCAUUAAAGCCUAAUUCUUCCAUUUUUAUUUCCUUUAGGACCUCAAGCCCGAACUAUCCUUAUGCAGUCUAGUUUACCACAAGCUCAGCUUGCUACAAUAUGGUAGGCAUUAUGUGGGCACAUACAUGACAAUGUUGUCAUUUAGAUUGUAGUAAUCUAUAGGCAACUGAUGAUACUUAGGUCCAAAAGUGAGCAGUGAAGAGAUUCUGCUUCUUCAUUAUCUGUGAUUGGUCAAUAUUUUCUUGUGCUGCACAGUAAUUUUGUCAAGCAAACCCAGAUGUUUUGUGUUUAAAGCAUAUCUGUUUUUACAGUAUUUACAGAGUUCCCACCCUACCUAUUUGGCACACAAUACUUACUGUUAGUACUUUUUGGGAUGACCCAUUUUCAACAAUUUCAUGAUUCUAUUUUAGGAACCUUUCAGACAUUGAUCAAGAUGGCAAACUAACAGCAGAAGAGUUUAUCUUGGCGAUGCAUUUAAUAGACAUGGCUAUGGCUGGUCAGCCUCUGCCUCCUGUCUUGCCCCCUGACUAUAUUCCACCAUCUUUUAGGUAAGCGUGGUCAUUAAAAUACUUUGGAGGAGGGGAUGAGUUUGUUUGCCAAGUCCAAAAUUGUCCUCUGAUAUGUCAGUUUUAAGAUACAAAAAGUAAUUCCCUAACCUUAUCAGCUAAACUGUGCAUGUUUCCCUGACAAAUGUUUCUCCACAUUUCUUCACUAAAGCUUUUGCUAGUUAAAUGGAUCUGAACCGCACAAGUUAAAUUCUAUUAAACGUGUCGUCAUUAAAUGCAAUCCUCAUAGAGAAAGUAUAAUUGUUCACAUGAUGUGCAUGUACUGCACCCCACAGUCCUUGACAUGAAGCACCCGACAUUGUGGAGUAUACUGAGUGCCUGUAGAGUACUUCCUUCUGUUUCCAAAAAUAAAACUGAACUAAAUUUUGGGGUAAAGUGCUGCAUCAAGUUCUUUAUUUUUUUGUGUUUUAUUUUCUCUUUUCCUUUCUUAUUCCUUAUUAAUGGAAACUCUUGUAAAUACUGAGCAGAGCUGGGUGAAAAAUAUUUACAAGGAAUUUCCAUUCAUAUUUUAUCUACAUGGGUUCUGUACUCCCAUUAAAGGAAUUCUUCCCCCUUUUUGUCUUUUAUUUAAUAAAUUGUUUACCGUCUUACUAAAACUGCUCAGGAAAAUCUUUCUCCAACAGCAGAAAAAUUGUUAGAGAGCAGGUGGAUCCAAUUUGCAAACUGUUGCUUUUCCACUGGUUUAACAACGGCCUUCCAUGUGUGAAUUUAAUGGCGCAUUUACAAUAUAGGACUAUUUAGUAUCGUUAUGAAAAAUACCAGAAAGAUUUCUAAUCACCCAUGAAAAAACAAGAAAGAUUAGGAAAAGUGGCUCCAGUUGCAAAGUUGCAUGUUAUGUAGUAGACAUUAUCUAAAAAUUAGUGAAGAUCCUCACUCCGUUUUAUGGGUUGGGCAUUUAUUUUGCUUCACUUCUCCCAUGGACGACUCUCACUUUGGUGUUUAAUUGCACACCUCACGCAUGGCCUUCCUGGUGUUUUGAAUGAGGGUAGCCAGCAUGCAGCUCUCAACUACUUGGGACAGCGCAAAGCAUUGUGGGUGUUGUAGAACAAUGUGGAGAAUUGGGAAAACAAAUGUCGUGAAAUUAGACCUCUGCACAAAUUAUAUAUCUUGACAUUUAUCCUUUAACUUUAUUACUUCUUUAUUUUCUACAGUUUUCAGUAGUAGUGUGUGUAUUCUUUGGUGUAUGGUUUGUGUGAGGAUACCAUGUGGUUUAAUGUCUGAAUUGUGAAUUGCAAAAUUCAGGCUAAAGUAGAGAAACCGCUAUGGCAGAAUUUGACAGUUUUUCCCAAUUGGAAAUUUUGGCCUGAUUUUUGACAUUCAGUUUUAUUUCAUUUUACUAGAAACCACUGUUCAAUAAAGACAUACUUCUUAAAUUUGAUGCAAUUACUAUUCUGCAACGGUACAACAGUUAAAAAGGAAGAAAAAAAAUAUAUUGCAUAUACACCUAUAUACAACAGAUGUGUUUGUAUUGGUAAAUACAAUAUUUUUUAAAAUUUCUGUAAAUCUCUACUUUGACAGCUUUCUUUAGUUUAAAAUGUUUGCAUAGUAAAAAAAAAAAAAAGUGUUCUGGGAAUACUCAGAUUAUGUUUAACACAUUUGUAGUUGGUUAAUUUAGGGAAUGCUCUUCUUUUAGUCCACCUGUAGCAGAUUAUCUUUGUAUCAAAUUGUGGGUUUUUCCAAAGGUGGUGGGGAUUGCAGCCUGUGCCAUGCAUGGUGCAGGUUCUAGGGUUAUGGCUGAGAUACAUUCAUAUGAAAAUACAAUUAGAGAAAUUUAAAUGUAAAAGUUUAUGGAAGGGGCUUACUUUUCACUUUACCCAGGAAGUCUGCAUUUUCCACCAGGCAGCGGGAUGAGCUCAGUUCCCAACUGUGCAUUUUCUGGUCAAUGACCAGUUGUAAUUUCAGGACGAGAGAAAGUUAAUCCAUAUAAAGCUGUGGAUUGAAAAUAUCAUUUUUUUUGUUUCCUCUGUGUCUCUCUGCCACUUUCAUCACCUGCUUUCUCUAACAUGCAGGACAUCAACCAUCAGAAAGAGGCCAAGCAGGCAAGUUCCAUAGCUUACAAAACUGUUUGAUCUGUGUUGCACAUUGGAGCUUUUUUUCUCUUUGGCAUUCAUGCUGCAAGUUUAUACCCCCCCUCCCCACCUGUGUUAGAGGUAGCAGCAUAGGUAGAGCUAGUUAUGGAGGAUAGUGAAAGCCAAUUACAGAAGGGUCAGGGAAGGACAGGAGAUUCCAGGGAGAUUAGGAACCCCAGCCUCUGUCGGGUUUAUUCACUAAAACAAAUUUGUAAUUUAACACCAAAAUAGCUGAAAUGGAAGCAUAUCAGACUUGGAAAAUGUUCAGUUUGGCUAUUUUGGUCUGCAAUUAAUAAUGCUCUUUGAAUUCCUGACAGUUCUGAGUUUAAUGAAUAAUCCUGUAAGUGAGUUGCUGGGGCAGAAGGCACAGAUCUCCAGUCCUUCACAAAGGAACAGAUAUCAGUAUGGCUCCCUCAAACAUUACAAUAUCUUACUAUACAGGCUCCCUGCAAAACAACAUAUCCAGGUCCUUAAUGCUAUAAAGAAAGCACACAAGUGAGGUGGAGUCAUGUUCUAUAGAUCUACGUUGGCAGGGACACACAUAUCUUGUUUAUUAUAUUACAAUGGCAGAUAGAAUUUUCUCCCUCUACUAGUUUCCCUGCAGGGCCAAAGGCUCCUAAUUUCUUUAAGGGGUUAAUCUUUUUUAACUUUUUGGAAAGGGAAUAGAAGCUGAGCUUUGGGAGGCAGGGAACUUAACUUAGUCUGAAAAAAAAACCGUAUAUAGAAGUACAGAACAGGAAACAAAGGUUUCUGCACUAGGUUUCAUCUUUAUAUUUUCUCCAGCAGUUUUGUGGAACUAUUCCUUGGAGUAGGCCCUCAAAAUACAUUAUUCUCUUAAGUCCCUAAUUUCUUUCUCUGUAUUUCCCUCUGUACAUGUUUCUUCUCAAACCAUUUGUAUAUUUAUUAGAUGCAUGGCUUCUAGUUGAUACCCCUGCAGUUUAGUGAUUCCUGGUAAACACACCAUAUCAUAUCCAUAACAAGCUACCAGAUCACACCUGUAGUAUUGAAAACCUAGCACCACACAUACAUAUAUAUAUAUAAUGCAUGUGCUAAUCAUAGGCAAUUGGUCCUAGUGACUUGGUAGAAGUGUUUUUCUUACAUAUUUAUUGAUUUUAAAUAUCUGAAUGCAUUGUUUGUUAUCAAACAAUUGACACUGCUACCCAGAACCUUAAAUAAAAUAGUCUGAACCUUGGGCCAUCCUGGAAUUACUUACUUUUUAAUCACUAUAACCCUUUGUCGUGGAUGACGGUGCAAAGUAAUUACCACUUGUCACAAUCAAUACUUUGAAUAGGUGGGCAGAAUAUCACGCCUGGAAGGGUCUGAAUGGAGACUGGUUUGCAGUUUUUCUGGGGGCCUGUUGAAUAAAAAGGUUGUGAUGUCUCAUGCAUCCCAUUUUAAUUGGGUUUAUUCAUAGUGUUGUAUGGCUAUAUUUACAAUUAACUCCAGGACUGCGGGAAGAGUCAGCGAGGAUUGUAAUAUGAUUGCCUGUCAUCCUAUAUCAAACCAAGGAAACAUGCACUUUAAAAAAAUUUAUUUUAAAAACAGUCCUAUCUAUCUGUAACAUGCUUGCCUAUCUGUGUGUCAAAAUAAUGGUGGUCAUUCUACUUUCAUUCUGCUACCACAAAUGCCUGCCUUCAUUGUCUCUUACUACUUUGACCUUUUGUAGGUACUUGUGGGAAGAUUGCAUGUGUGUUUUAAGGAAACAGUUGAUUGGCGAUCACUUUUUAAAGCCGCUAGACCUGUUUUUACUGUAAAGUGGUGUUAAAAUAAUCUCUGAAUAUUCCAGAAGGGUACGGUCUGGAAGUGGGAUCUCGCUUAUAAGCUCUGUGUCUGUCGACCAGCGAUUACCUGAGGAACCAACUGAAGAAGAGCCCCAGCCAGCAGACAAGAAAUUGUCAGGUAUUGCAUCUGCUUUUAUAUUUUUUAAAGAUUAAAAUUUGAUCUGUGGUUUCUUUCUAAAAUCUUCUGGUGAUUGUUUGGAUUCUGAGCCAGAACGAAGGUUUAUAAAUAAAGUGUCUUCUUUUAAAGAUUAGAAAGGAAUUAAUUCUUACUACGUAUUGUUCCGUCUCCUAGUUGUGACUUUUGAAGAUAAGAAACGAGAAAAUUUUGAGCGUGGGAACCUUGAAUUGGAAAAGAGGAGGCAGGCUCUCUUAGAGCAGCAACGGAAGGAGCAGGAGCGGCUGGCGCAGCUAGAGCGUGCGGAACAAGAGAGAAAAGAACGAGAGCGGCAGGAACUGGAACGGAAGAGGCAGCAAGAGCUGGAGAAGCAGCUGGAGAAACAACGAGAGCUGGAACGGCAGCGGGAGGAAGAGAGGAGGAAAGAAAUCGAGAGGAGAGAGGUAAACUGGAUUACUGGUAACUGCUGCCCAAGGUGCGACAGAUGUUUAAUGAUUAGGUAGAAUGUUCAUAUUAUUCUAAUGGCAAGUAAUGCCCUCGAAGUGCUAGUCAUUGUUGGCGUGUGUUCUGUCUUCAAUUUGAGCAGUUGCUUGAAUUUGGCAUCAAUUUUGUAUUUUGAAACCCACAGAAAUAAGCAAUUCUUGUGUAGUUUAUUUUGUGAUUAAUUCGCACACCAGGAGUAACACAAUCUAUGCCUCUUCUGUAAGUGUCAUUAGUCUAAUACUAUCCUUACCUUUUGUGUCACUAUAUCCCACUCCCUCUAGCAUGUAAACUCAUUGAACAGGGCCCUCAACCCCUCUGUUCCCGUGUGUCCAACUUGUCUGGUUACAACUACGUGUUUGUUCGUCCACCCAUUGUAAAGCGCUGCGGAAUUUGAUGCGCUAUAUAAAUAACAUCAUAAUAACUACUUUGAGCUUCGCUGUCUACAUUGAAGGGACAGUAUGUCACCAAAACAACUUUAGCUUAAUGAAGCAGUUAUGAUGUAUCGAUCAUGUUGUUUUUUAUUUUAUAAAUAACUCUGUUACAUGAAAGAGGUUUAGAAAUUCUUUUCUUCAUUUUAGAUUUUUAUUUGGGACUUAUCCCUAUCGAGUUAAGGCACCUGUUCUUUUUAUAUGUGACUAAUAAGUACCCGUCUAUAAAAAUGAUAUAUUUCCAUUGUAUUGGUAAGUGAAUGUUUCUCUCAAGGUACACAAUGGUAAAAAUUACUUUCCACACUCCUCAGCAGCUCUGUUGCCAACCCAUUCUUUGUUGUAUAUUUAAUUUACUCCCCAGUGUUCGUUCACUUUGUGCGGUAUUGGUGUGAACAUCCACUUCCUCUUACAACAUGGUCCUCAUUACCCAGAACUUAGCUUGCUUCCUGCUAGGAUCAUAACCACUGCAUUAUAUCCCCCCAUCCCCCGUAAAUACACCUAAUGCAUAGGAGCCCUUUAAGAUGGCGAUAAUUCAUCCUUUUGUUAAAUGGUAUCCAUAGGCGUGUAGAAAUGGAGGAGGCAUAUUUACUGUCAAAAUAGUAUGUAUUGAUAGAACUUUUAGGACAACGUUAAUAACAGUUUGUUUACCUCUAAAGCCCACUGUGUGAAAACCUUUCUAACCUGCUUUACCGCUUUGCUCUGUGAAUGUCUGCUUUUAGUCAGUGUGAAGUUAUAACUGUAUUGUUAAAUCAUGAUUUAUAGGCCGCAAAGCGGGAACUUGAGCGUCAGCGGCAGUUGGAGUGGGAGCGAAAUCGAAGACAAGAACUAUUAAAUCAGAGGAACAAAGAGCAGGAAGACAUUGUUGUUUUGAAGGCAAAGAAAAAGACUCUGGAGUUUGAGCUAGAAGCACUAGUAAGUAAAAAACUUAUAGUAAAAAGGAUGACAUCUACCUCCUAGCAUCCCGUCUUAUGGGAAAUGGCUGCCUCAAAGACAUGCUUCCAAUCACACCUUCCUGUCUUGUUUCUCCUAAAGAAUGACAAAAAGAAUCAGUUAGAAGGAAAGCUACAGGACAUCCGUGGUCGUCUCACUAUGCAACGGCAUGACAUAGAAAGCACCAACAAGUCUAGAGAGCUAAGAAUAGCGGAGAUUACGCAUCUCCAGCAGCAGCUGCAGGUAAAUCAUUUAUCCAGAGUUAUGCCCGAAUUGUAUACUGUUCCUUUUAUAGAUUACUUUAAAUUUUUUUGAUCAUGUUAAGUGUAUUUUAAGUUGUGAAUCAUAGACAUUUAGAUUUCAAUUUUUUAUGUAUAGUUAUUUAUUUAUUAUGUAAGUCAAAAGUAUCUAAAUAUAUUUUUUCAUUUGAACAGUAAUUUAAACUCACAAAACAAUAUAAGUGUAGCUCUAGCAUACCUGAGUAAUGGUAUUAAAGAUGGGUACAAACGGUGGAACAAUUUACACAAAUUUGUGGAAAAUAGAAAAAACAACCAUAGUGCAGAUGGUGUAAACAAAUAGUAGCACAGUAUGGAUGAAAAAUUUCCAACUAACAAGGAAAGAGCCAAUAGGUCUCCUGGCUCUAGUGUAUAGCGCCCUUGGAUCCUUAAGGGCGAUCCACAGCCCUCUUUUGUGUCUUUAAAACCCAAAUAGAUGUAAAUAAAAUAAAACAAUCUGAUCAAGUGAUCAAUAUACUUAAGAAACAAUGAAGUGUUCAGUCCAAAACGUGUUUCGCCAUAAGCUGGCUUCCUCAGUUGUUUAAUGCUGUGUAUCUGAGAGUUCCGUCUUUUAUACCGUCUUAAUUGCAAAAUCGACGGCAUCUGUGUACCCGAAAGUAUUCUCUAUGGAACGCACGUUCCGUCUUCUGGAGCUCACGUUUCGACCGUCGGCUGGUCACAUGAUCCGGUGCAACGCAACAUGUGUUCCAAUUAAUGUUAUCACUUCCUCUCUCUGUGGAAUGCACAUGUGCGUUUCACUUCUGGACUUUCAGACGGAGGAAUCCAUCAAAUGAUAAUAUAAUUGUAAGGGAAACGUUUAUAUGUUCCAUUUAGUCCCAAAUUAAACACAUUGGUAUAUGAAAGAAAAAAGACAUAUAAAGAAAAUGUAUAAGUAAGAAACAAAGUAAUUAUGUAAAAUUCAGUAUUAUCCAAAUACAUACCAUAGUCUAUAUAAGACACUUAAAAAAUGAAUACAGAGUAUGUCUAGGAUAUUCGAUAUGUAAUUAAAUAAAACACCACAAUAUAGUAUUAUCCUUAAAUACUUCCCUAUAAAAGAAAAUGGAGGGGAUAAAAUGAAGAUAAAUACCAAAUAGUAAAAUAUAUAAAUAAACAUUUCAUUCUAAGAACUAUGAGUAGGGUAUAACAAUAAAUUGAAACCUACAUAUAAAAAAUAAUUUCCAUUAAAAAUCUUUAAUACCAUUACUCAUGUAUACUAGAGAUAUAUAUUAUAAAAAAAAAAAAAAAAAAUUGUGUCUGAUUUUAUUGUGGGGGGUUAAGGGGAUCCCUCACAUAAGUGUUGAGCCCACCAUAUCCAUUGUAUUUUUUGUACACUUGCUUAGUAAUUUAAACUGCUACCCAGAAAAGAUAGUCACGUGGAGUUUUUGCGUGAAGAAAUCUUUUCAGUUUAAUGGCUCACUCCACUGCCCAAAUAAAAAAAUAAACGUCACUGUUUAGUAGAUGUACCCUAAUGAAAACAUGCACACAUUUAAUUAUGCAUUUUUCCAUUUGGGUUAUGUCCGCAGCAUCUGCAGUUCUCUUGUCUGCAGCCUUCUAGCCCCGCCCACACUUUCUUUGGCUGUCUAAUCACAGACUUCUCAAUGAGAAUCUUUUGCAAGGCAGGUGCUCUGGGCAAUUGCUGCCACUUAAGUUUAGUUCUACUGAGCUAUACAAACCAGGAAGCAACAAGGACCGGCUGUCUGCUUGAAAGCCAAGGGGGUGUAACCAGGUUAAUUUAUAAAAGUGUAAUCUUCUAUUGAAACCUGCACUUUUUGCAAAACGAAAAAAUGACACACUCUUCACAGAGAAAGCUUUUCAGCAAGCCAUUGUGCUUUAGUGGUCUGGAGUGUUCCUUUAAAACAAUAUAGAAUUAGAAUUUCUUGUGCAAUGUGCAAUGACUAAUAGGUGUCCCAGGGCCCAAAACAUAAAUGGAUACUGUCGAUUCCUUCUGGCUUUAUGUGUUGAAUUUAAAAUAAUAAAAUUAGUUACAACACUUCUGUUCAGCUAUUGUUACAUGGAAUCUUCCUGAUGUGUACAAGUGGAGACAUUACUAUCUCAGCCCCGGGGCUCGCUUAGCCCUCUGCAGUCUUGGGUAACAGCUGGGCUAAAUGUUCAUUACUAUUAUAUAUGUUAUGAAUGUAUAUAUUUGUUGUUUUCAGAUAUUGUCGACUCCUUUGCAAGACAUGUAACGCGAUGAUAAAUACAUCAUGAUUAGAAAUGCAUUACAGUUUGAUUGAUUGUAAUGUUUAAAUAGCUAUUACAUCACUAAGCUCCCUGUUUAAAAUUCUUAAAGGUUUUCCCAUCUGUGAUACGUGCUGUUCAUUCUUUCAAGGCAUGAAUGCAGAGAUUGUAUACAGACGUUUACACUGAAUACUGUGCAUUCUGUGAAAAAUAAAUGAACGUCCUUGUUUUUCUUACAGGAGUCACAGCAGCUGCUUGGAAAACUGAUUCCUGAAAAACAAUCCCUCAACGACCAAUUAAAGCAAGUUCAACAAAACAGUUUGCACAGUGAGUUCUGCACAAAUUCUGUCUUCAACCAAGUCCGAAGUUGCAGAAAUGCGCAGUGGGCUUUUAAAGAAUAUGUUAAACAUUUAGCCUGUGAAAUUAGAAGGCACGUUUACUUUGCUGCCAAAGCCCUGCUGCACACGUUAACUAUCUGUAAUCCUGAGAAAGUUUUAGAACAUUAAAACAUAAAUAAAUUACCCCGCACAGUGGGCCGGGUUAAUUACCACUUUCUUUCACUUUCUGGAUUCAUGGAUUUUAUUUAAAGGAUCCUCAAAACUACCAUAAUAUAUACAAAGUGAAAAUGGAAAAUAUCAUUUCAAUUUGAAUGAUUGGCAUUGUCAAACCUUGCUUAGAGGCCUUGAUUUCAUAUUUCUGGCUAAGCUUUUCAAAUGAACACAAUCUGUUAGAAAUAGCUUUCAAAUGAAUUAUCUGCAGAAGUCACCAUCAAUAUCUAUGUAUGAGCUUUUUAAAUGCUAACAAUCGGCUAAAAAAACCUUUUAAAUGAUUUAUAUACAGAAAUUCACAAAGAUUUUAAUGGUGACUUUUAUAGAUCUAUCAUUUGAAAGAUGUUCUUACAUAUUGUGUUCACUUGAAAACCUUAUCCCAAACUAUUAGAGGCCAUAGUAAGUAAAGAGAUAUUGAAGAUCCGUUAUACGGAAUAAACAAACUAUUGUCCAAGUUUAUACAGGACAGAGGUUCAUAAACUUGUCCACUUUGUAGAUGAGUUAAAAAAACCCUGUAUGUUCUGAAAUUCCAUGAAUCCCAAAAUGCAUCAACCACCAGAAGUUGAACCUUAAAGUGGCACCAAUACUUUUCUUUUGAAAAGAACUCCCAAAAGAGACAUGACCACUUGUACUGCGAUGGCUGCAGCAAAGGGGUAGGCGGGCGGUUUACAGUUAUAAAAACAGUAUCUAUGGUGAAUGUCUUUACAGGAGAUUCUCUCCAAACACUAAGAAGAGCUUUGGAAGCUAAGGAAAUCGGUCGCCAGCAACUCCGAGAACAAUUGGAUGAUGUAGAGAAGGAAACAAGAGCUAAACUUCAGGAGAUUGAUGUCUUUAAUAACCAGCUAAAGGUAUUGGGUGCAUUUCAUAACUUUAUUUUCCAUUCUGUUUCACUUGUCUCGGGGCUGCCUGGUGACGCAAAACCUAUUGCAUAGAAUUUAAUGUUUUGUUUUUUUCCAAGGUGGACAGCCCAACAUGAAUGUUGCAUUACUUGCCUUGAACAAAGAUCACUCGAUCAGCUCCUUUCUAAAUUCAGAUUUAUUUUGUUUAGGUCUGCUUCUGCAGCGCAGCUUUGGCAAUGUGCCUGACUGACAUUACAAAGGUCACGUAUUGGGCUGUUUAGCUAUUUUACUGUGAGCAAUCUACAAACUGAAAACUUACUGGGGAUGGAGUUUGUAUAUUAAAAAAUACACUAUAUACUGUUCUGCUUUAGGAAAAGAUACAUAAUGUCAGUUCUGUCUGUUAGUGCAUACAGUCUGGCGACAGAGGUAAUAAUCUUUCUCCCUGUGCCUACAUGCGAAAGAUGGAUUCAAACUCCCCUCCUUGUGUCUGCUCCCUUUCACCUCCCUCUGUAACUUUUUAAAUAUUAUUGUUGUGUUUUUUUUUUUAAUUCUAAAUAAAAUAUUCCAUCCCCCCCUCAUCUAUUCUCCGCCCCCCCAUGCCAGCUCAGUUUGCAUGCAUGUACAUUGAGUUGGCAAAACAGUCCACUGACAGGCAUCUCUACGAGAGUCCUAUGAUUUGACUGCACUAAUGCUGGGAUGUUGUUUGGAUGGGGCGUGCAAGAUCAACUGUAGGAGCUACUCCUGGCGCUGGAUGUCUUCUUGGGGGUAACCUAAUAGUAAUGCCCCAUAUGGCAUAGUAAAUUGAAGAAAAUUUAAUUAAAGCGACCAUCUUUGUCCAUUUUAAAUUUUGAGAGACAUGUUAAAGUGAUUUUAAAGUAGCUUUAAAAUUAAAACCCUGUAUUUACACUGUAGCAUGCAUUAAUUUACACUUUGUUAAAAAAAACUAAAAAUUGCCUAUGCAAUUGUGGAUCAAUUCUUUAUUAACACACAUGGAAUCUUGGCAGAAUCUUUAGAGCUUCAGGAAGCCUGUGAGGUCCAUAUAUUUGAAAUGUAUUUGUUUAGUCACUACAACACAUGAGGCAGGUAGACUCUAAAGAAUAACAGCCUGUGUUUGUACUCUGUGGGAGCCUUAAAGGGUUAAAAAUACUGCACUUGAAACACUGCAUAUAGGUAUUGUUAAUUGUGUGCUGGAGGCUAGCUGCACACGUGGCUUGGCAGCCCAGAACGCUGUUUUGUGCUGCCUAAUGUCAAUUCAGUGCACCUGCAUGGAGAGGAUAGCCUUCCCAUUCUUUCCCUCCUGCCUCUGUUGCACAGUUUUUUUUUUUUUAAAUAAAUAAAUAAAACCUUCAUCCCUCCUCCUUCCCCUUGCCGUCCCAGAGUGUCCCGCAUGCUCUCUGAGCCAGUGACACGGUCCAAUCACAGGCUUCUCCUAGUGAUUGGACCACACAAGGCUGAUGUCAGCUGGACCUUUUUUUUUUUGGUUUAUUUAUUUAUUUAUUUUUACAUGGAAAGGGUUGGAGUGACACUCAGACUUAAGACUUGCGUAUAGCAUUCAGAAUGAAUACACACCGUAUGGGACUUUUAAUUUACAGUGAUUAAAGUCAAUGUAUUUUAUGUCUUUAUUUUGGCUCACUCUCCCCUCUGUAUUGACAUAUUAAUUCUCCCGCUAGGAACUACGAGAAAUGCACAAUAAGCAGCAGUUGGACAAGCAGAAAGAUAUGGAAGCAGAGAGACUCAAAAUGAAGGAACAGGAGAGAAAGAUCAUAGAACUUGAGAAACAAAAAGAAGAAGCUCAAAGGUAUUUUCUCUGGCAUACUUGCUUAUAUUUAUGGGUCCGUGUUCUUUAUAAUUUGAAACACUUGGUAAAUAUGCAUUAUUAGGAGAAAGUGAAAUUGAAUUCUUUCUAGAAAAGAUAAUUUGACUCAAACGUCCAUUAACGGCUGGAACUGGAAGCACAAAUCCUGACAAUUUCACACAAACGUUUUGGGAUUCUAGAAUAACUGUCCGUAUAGUUCUCUGUAAUCCAUGGUUUCUGCUACAAUGCGGUCUGCCUUGUAACAGAGUCUUCUGUUACAGUGAGCUCUUGGCCAUAGGACAUUAAUCACCUAGUACUUUGUAAACAUUAUAAUAUACCAUAUAUUUAUCACUAUAUGUGAACUUGUAUGACGGUGAUUAGAGAGAACACAGAAGAGGAGAUUGCGUAGUGCUGCUCAACUUAUUAAGAAAUGCAGGGGGAGAUCCAAACCUUUAAUUUGAGUGUUGGACAGAAUAGCACUAAACCAUAUGACGGUUUCUAGCGCUAGGUGUUGCUUGUUGAGCUAAGUAGAUGGUGGCAAUAGAUAUUAGUGGAAUUAGAGUUUCGUUAUUCAGUAGGCUGUUAAAGCACAUACAGAUUGUUAGCUUGGAGAGAGACAAAGGCUGUUUUUGGUUGAGAUACAACACAUUUAUUGGCCAUGACUGUGUUAUGUUUGGAGAUACUUGUGCAAGCACCAAUAAUGCAUUCCCAUGCCAGCCAGUAUCCUAUUGAAGUCAAAAGGAUGGACAUCUGUCAGACAGGCUGGGUAAUCCAUGUUUGUGAAACUGAUUGCGUCUGUAUUAUUUAUGACAAACCUUUUUUUGCUCAAACUGCAAAUGGAAACAAAGUUAUUUUAUAUAAGUGCCAACACUGCAAUUAAACUUGAAAAACGAAGUCUGGCUGUGUGUGAUGUGUGCUAAAUCCCUGGUGGUUCACUGUAGUUAAUAAUAAAUUUCUGGUUGUCCAGUUUUCUGAAAGCAAUUCUCAGGUGACCCAUUCACGCAGGCCUUAUUAAUCGCUACUUCUGGCUUGGCGCUCAUUGGGCAAGUCAGAGCACAAGCUGGGAAUCCUGGUAACUGCACGGACUGCUUUACUGAGUGCUGAAACUGCAGGCCCGCAAUAUCAAUGGGCUGCACCAGGCACAACUGCAGACCAGCACUCUACCAUCUGGCCACCAGGGAAUCCUAUUGAAAAUGUAAUAUAUUAUUCUGAUGGAAGCCGCAGAACCCUCGGACUCUGCGCCCCCUGUCUGUGUUCCAUAAGGCGGCCACCUCUUGCGCUUUAAGGUAGUGCCACCCCCCAGAUUACCAGCGAUAUGGAAAACCUCUGCCCUAUAUACUGCGUUGUGCCGUUGGUUCGCCAUCACUGUUCUAUAGGAUUUAUUUCAAAUAUCUUAUAGGGUAUAGAGUACAGAAGGUGGAAAUGUAACUUAUAUAUUUUUUAAUAGCAAUAAUGUUUUAUGGUUGACUUUCUUUAAAGCAGAACCAUCAUUUCCCUGGAUUUGUAAUAUAUUUAUUUAGUAGUUAACAAAUAUUUGUGGGGCGUUAAGCAUAGAAGUCUAGACUGUUUAUACAAUGCAUUGAGAAAGUAUUCAGACCCCUUAAUUUUGUUCCAUCUCCAUCUACACUCAAUACUCCAUAAUGGCAAAGCAAAACCAAGAUUUUUGACACCAUUGCAAAUAUGUUAACCAUAAAAAACUGAAAUAUCACUUUGACGUAACACACAUACAGAGAUACAGAGAUAUCCUGGACAAGGUUUUCCUUAAGGAUAUCUCUGUAUUUUAUGGAGUUUCCUUUAGCACUGAUCAGUCCCCCCAUCACUGCUGCUGAAAAAACCCCACCAAAGCAUAAAACUGCCACUAUCAUUCUUCAUCGUUGGGCUGGUAUUGUGCAGGAGAUGAGCAGUACCUGCUUUCCUCCAGGCAUGACUCUUUGAAUUGUGGCCAAAUAGCUCAAUUUUCAUUUCACCCGACCAAAUAAUCUUGUUUUUUCACAGUCUGAGAGUCCAUUAGGUGCCAUUUUGCAAAUUCAUAGUGAGCUUUCACGAGUCUCUCCAGGCUGCCAUAAAGGCAAGAUCACUGAAGUGGGGCAGUAAUGGCUGUUCUCCCAUCUCCCUACAUGAUCUUUGGAACUCAUGCAGAGUGACAAUCUGGUUCUGGAGGGGCCCUUCUAUUGCUUAGUUUGGCCAGAUGGCUAGCUCUAGGAAGAUUCUUGGUUGUUCCAACCUUCUUCCAUUUAAGAAUUAUUGGGGCGACUAUGCAUUUAGGAACCUUAAAUGCAGCCAAAAUAUUUUCUAGCCUUCCCCCCAGAUCUGUGCGUCCUUAGAACUCAUGGUUUGGAUUUUGCUCUGAGAUAUAUAUAUAUUGAAACCCCCUUCCACCUGAAGUAAGUGGAUUGUUAAUAUAUUGCUAAACACAAAUACACACACCAGUCAAGCCAUAAGACUUUCUUUUCCCACAGAAAUCUCACUUUAACAGUGCUCUCACUACUGCAAGGGAUUCUAGGUAGGUGUAUGCAAAUGAGCUCAACAAAGAACCACAUUUUUGCCUCAUAAUUCCUCUUUAUACAUGGAUUCCUUGGAGUAUGUGUCUGCUGUAUACAACAGCUUUGAAACAACUCAGGAAGAGGAGCAAAGCCAGUGAACCACUCAUGGACAGCUAUUUCGUUGUUAAUGCAACUCAUCAGCAUGAGGUUGGUUACUGGCUUCCUAUGGAGGCUUGGUGUUACUUGUAAAGUACAUACCGAAAGAGUUUUGGGUUUUCGGGAAAAAGUGUGGAUAAAAACCCCUUCCACCUGAAGUGGAUAGUUAAUACAUUGCUAAACACAAAUACCCAGAAUCCCUUGCAGUAGUGAGAGCACUGUUAAAGUGAGAUUUCUGUUGGUAGAGCAAGUCUUUUGGCUUGACUGGUGUGUGUAUGUGUGUUUAACAUUGAAUUAACUAUCUAGAUAUAGAUAUAUAUUUACAGCUGUGAGACCUUUAUAUAGAAAGGUGUGGAACGUUUUUUAAACAUGUCCCUUCAAUUAGACUUGCCUCUGGUGGACUCCAAUCAAAGUGUAGAAAAAAUCUCAAAGCUGAUCCAGAGAAAUGAGAUGCAUUUAGGCUAAAUUGCAUAUGUCAUAGUAAAGGGUCUGAAAGCUUAUAUCAAUGUGAUAUUUCAGGUUUUUUCCUCCUCCCCCUCCCCCCUUUUUUUUGGGGGGGGAUUGUGAUAUUGAGUGUAGACUGAUGUGAAAAAAUUAAUAUUUAAACCAUUGUAGCAUAAAGCCACAGCAGAGAUCAACAACCUAUGGCCACUCCAGGUGCCUUUGUACGACACUUUAGGCCCUGGCCUAUCAGGGGUCCUGGUGGAGCUUCAGAUAUCUGCUAGUGCAAACCAAGAGAAGUUUGCAUGUGGUUGCAGGAUCAUCCUUAAUUUACGCAUCACAGCACUUAGAGGAAGUGCCAACAGCCAGCUCACAAACACACAGUCCCCACAAACCACAGCACUGGCCAUCCACAUACAUGCACACAAUCCCACAAGCAGCCUUUCCCAAGCAAUACCACAAGCAAACAUGCUUACACACAACACCAAAUGCACACUGUGACUGUGAUUUCAUCCACACAUACAAUUCCACAAGAAGCUCCCAUACACAGCCCACAUUCAUAGGUAUCAUACACAACACUACAUACAUCAUGACUCUGUUAGUCAUUGUUACAUGCUCUGUCCUAUUCAUCAAAGAGAAAAGUCUGUGUGUGUUGUUUUUGGGUUUUUUUGGGGUUUUUUUUGUAACUCGAUUGAGAAGUAACUUUACUCAAAGAUUAUCACAAGUUCUAGGUGAUUUUCAAUGUUUUAGUUCAUGGUAUGAUUUCCAGAGAAGUGCUGGUUCCCCUUAAGGACCAAACUUUUGGAAUAAAAGGGAAUCAUGACAUGUCACACAUGUCAUGUGUCCUUAAGGGGUUAAGCUUCCUAUAUGUUCAUGAUAUGACCAUUAUAGCUGUCUAGUAUACAAAGGCAACCUGUGUCUGUCAUUUGGUGUUAACCUUUUAACCAUUUAUCAUCCAGACAAAAUGCUGAAGCAGUGAGGAGUAAUACCAGGGAAGCAGUUGUCAGGCCAGGCAGUGAGCAAACACAGACCAGCAAAGUUCUCCAGCUCUCCAGGCGUUUGCAGAAAGGAAUUAGCUUAUCCCGCCUGCGCAUUGUUUUCAGCUAUCCCGCCUUGCUUAGGUAUACGUGUACGUAGGAUGAAUGACACCGGCUCAAUGUAACACAUCUGAGAAGUGGGUAAUUCAUGACAUACUUUCCCGAGCUGAUGUUCUACUAGUCGGGCUACAUUUUAAUUUGCCAGUGGUGAGUGGAAACUUUCAGCCCCGACAUAUUUGCAAUAUUAACCCCAUAAGGGCACAACUUCAGAAAUAAAAGGGAAUCAUGACGGAAUAUUUCCGUCAUGUGUCCUUAAGGGGUUAAGUAAUAAUAAUAUUCUGUUCACUCUCUAGUUGGGAAUUUCUUGGAUUUAAAAUACUGCACAGUGGCUUCUAUUUGCAAAAUUGUGAAACGUGUUUUUAGUAGCGCGCGCUCCACCCACUGUAGCGGAGCACAACCGAACAUAUGGGGAAAGUGUCUGCUACACCCACCCCCACCAUUGACUUAUAAAGACUUGAAUUUGAUGUGGGUGCUUUUGCAUCCAUCAGUAUCAAGCUGGUUGGGGUGAUUGUGGGUGCUUAUUCAUAGGCACACAGACCUCGAGAUUGAGGGGAUAAAAUAUAUAUUUUAAUCAAUUGUUUGAAGAAUCUAGGGUUCCAGGUCAGAAAUGGGACCUGAUGUCAACCCCACCCCCCUAAACACAUUUUACUUUAGUAAAAAUUUAAAAAUGGAAAGUAAAAAUAUGUAUAAACUGUGGUCACUAUUUAUGAUGGGGUAAAACUUUUAUCUGAUGCCUACUAGAAUUGUAUAUAAAGGUGGGGGGAGAAGGGGUACCGCUAUUUUCAGAGCUGCCGUGCUAGGUGACUGAAUCGAACUCUUGGAGCUGUUAUGUUUGUAGAGCAGUGCUUUAGGGAAGGUCCAGUUUUUAAGUAGCUGCUGCAGCUUCUGGUUUGUGAAUAAACCGGUAGUAAUAUCAGGAGAAUAGAAAGGAUCUGUAAUGUAUCAUCAUUUACAAUUCCUGUAACGUUACUUCACAAUGCAGCACUGAGAACAAGAUCAUGAACACGUUCCACAUGGAUAUUUAAUUUUUUUUUUUUUUUCUUAACUGGACAAUUCCACCAGGAGGGCACAAGAGCAGGACAAGCAGUGGCAGGACCGAGUGAAGCAGGAAGAAGAACAAGUAAGACACAAAGUCCUUCAAGAAGAAGAAAAACAGAAAAGGGAAGACACUUUGAAAAGGAACCAUGAAGAGAAAAAGCAAGAGGCACAUGAGAAACCUGCCAAACUGUUCCAGCAGCCGCCCGAGCCAAUGAAGCCAGGAGGACAGGUCCCCUGGACAGGUACAGGUGUGUGCUUGGCUUUGCAUGUGCUGAAUGAGGUAUAAAACACUUUCUCAGUUGCAGCCCAUGCUUUAUGCGGAGUGUAAUUAUGAAGCCCUAUUACUUGUGUAGAACAGGUUACGCACAUGAAUUGGGUGAUCAUUGAAUGGGGUGCUUGCUUAUGACAAGCGUUUGAGGAUGUCUUCAUGCAAUGCGUGAGGACGUCUUGUGAUAGAUAAGAGUUUCAUUCUAUUCUCACAGCAAAAGCAUCCUCUAGUGGCUCUCAGACCGCUACUAGAAGUGUGUUUAGCCUUGCAAUUAAUACAUUAUGAUGUCUACAAAACAGGAUUGUUUUACAUUGCAAAUCCCCCAGGAAAGUUCUGAUUAAGUUCUUUCUAAUUUGAUUAGAAACUAUUUUAAUAAUCCUUUCCAGGUUAAGCAGACCUUUAUUUUUCUCUCCUAAAUUAAUUUCAAGUGAUAUCAUCUACUAAUUAAUAUAUAAAAUAUAUAUUUCCCCACCCAAUAAAAUCGCAUUUUUGGUAUGCAAUAAUUAACUAUAAUUGCUUAGUAUGCAGUAUGUGAACAUGUGUCCAAUAACAAACAAAGGUUAGGUGGUGAAUGUUUGGUUAUUUUUUUAUUUUUAUUUUUUUUUUAAGAAAAGAAAUGAAAAUUAUUGUCACUACAGGAUGCUGUAUUGCAAUUGCCAUAACCCCGCCACUUGAAAUCAGAUGCUAUUGUUUGAUAUUUCCUCCAUUGUUUGCGUUUUAGAAAAAGCACCACUAACAAUCUCUCAGGGCGAUGUCAAGGUUGUCUAUUACCGAGCACUUUACCCGUUCGAUGCCAGAAGUCAUGAUGAAAUCACAAUCCAGCCUGGUGAUAUUAUUAUGGUAAGUGUGAUACGUUUGUUUUGUUAAACUGGUAAUGGGACUAAUAUUGGGCAGCCUGUCUUAGCCACUUCAUGUGUGUACAUUGCGUGGAUAAUGCUGUUAAUAAAUAAAAAUGAUAUACAUCCUACGCAGAAAAUAAAAUAAAGCAUUCAUCGGAGAAUAGUCCUGUCUUCUGGCCAUUAUUAGAAACUUGCCUUAUUUAAAAAUAUAGGUCUAUUUGUUUAAUGAAAUCCUAGAAGUAGAGCCUUCAGUGGGUUUAAUUAAAUGUGAGAUGAUCAAAAUAAUUAACCUUUUAGAAACUGCAGGGUCUCAAGACCCCAACAAGUAAGUGAAAACUCAGAGGGUUAAACAUGUUGAGAAAUCAUGAGGAGAGGGCAAAAUGAUCAUUGCUUCUAUGUAUCCCCUCCCAUGUUACAAACAAGCAUUGCCUUUGCUAGAGGACUGUUGUAGUCCGGAUAAGCACAUUUAAAAGGUGAAUGUUGAGGUUUGGUUUGGGCGUAACUAACAUUGUCUUACUUUGUUAAUUUUAUUGGUUUGGGGUUUUUAUCUUCUCUUCUCCAAACACCUCCCCUUUUAUUGUUGUGAAAUUGUACAAACUGCUUUAUCUUUGCUGAUUGUGUAGCUCUGUAUUUGUUUGCAGUAUCACAAUGUUGUCAGCUGUGUUACGUGCUUUGUGGUGUUAAGUUAAACAUAGUGAGUUGGAGGGGGGAGAGAUUAAUUUUGCAACUUAUCUUUCCAACACAUUUCAAUCUCGACGUAUGUUGAAGGUAACAAACAAAGCAUUUAGAAAGAUGUCGUAAUGAUCUACUACAUCACACAAGUUUAGUGUAUCCCGUAUUUAAUAAACUCAAUGAGAAACUUUUUUAUCACUAGGCUUCACUAUUCCAAUUAAUUUCUGGAAAUUUCAGUGGUUUCCAGAAAAAAUGUUUUCUUCAAAAUAAAUAUUUUUUUAAAAAUAGUAAUGUGUAUGUUUUACGGACUCUUUAUAGAGUGAAUAGUGUUUUUGAUAGCAAACCUGACAAAUGCUAUAUCUAUUAACUGUGAUGUUAAUCCUAUUUCCCUUUCGAAUGAAUAACAAAUUACCUUUUGCAUACUUAUAGCAUCAGCAAUGUCCAGCUAUUCAGACAUACUUUUUGUCAGAGAUUUACAGUUAUGUAGUAAGUUCAUUUAUUGAAUUGGGAUAUCAUUUUUGCCUGUUUCUGCAGGUGGAUGAAAGCCAAACUGGCGAGCCUGGGUGGCUCGGAGGUGAAAUAAAAGGGAAAACUGGCUGGUUCCCUGCUAACUAUGCAGAGAGAAUGCCAGAAGGUGACUAUCCAAACACAACAAAACAGGCAGCAGACACUACAGCCAAAACCACUGUCCAUGUGGCACCAUCCACCACUGUAUCCGCAGCAUUCACAGACUCCUCUACCAAUUCCAACAACUGGGCAGACUUCAGCUCAACGUAAGCAGGAAAAUGCUUGUUUAGAUUUGGGGGAGUGUAUAUAGAUCAAGGGUUUAGAAUGGAUGAACAAAAUAUCUUACCUCAAAAUUUACAGUAUAAUUUAAUUGUUGUGUUUAUAGUACUUUUGUUUUCUGCAGAGUGUGUGCAAGUUUACAAUCCUGUCUUUGCAUUGAACUACCAGGUGGCCAACAAUUAACAAUGACAAAGUAGAGACUGAUAACUGGGAUAUGUGGGCAGCUCAGCCCUCGCUGACCGUACCAAGUGCCGGCCAAAUGAGACAGCGCUCUGCAUUUACUCCGGCUACUGUAACCGGAUCCUCUCCUUCUCCUGUACUCGGCCAGGUAAGAGAGCUCACAUUCAGCACACAUUCUUAGGCUAAAGGGCUUCGUUUUUAGACAACUUAAUCUUAAUUAUAAAUAUCUGUAAUGUGCUGUUCAUAUCGAUAGCUAUUCUUGAUAUAGUUUGCUAUGAAGUAAAGGUCUAUCAUUGGAAUGUAAUAGGAUUGUUUACAAAGUUUAGCUCCAAAGACAGACAUUUUAAGUGAGGUCCAGAGGUAUGUUACCAUUGGUCGGGGGGAAAAGUCUCACAAUCCAAAUCAUUUUUGUGCUGGAUUUUAGAUACUUCUAUCCAGGCAUUAGAUACUUCUAUCAUUGGUAUAGCUGUUUGAGGCAAGUGGAAAAUCUGUCUACUUCUCCUCCAGCAUUGUCUUCCAUUUUUAAGUUAGGCAGAAAUUAUUCACUCACAGUGGGGAAUUAGAGCCCAAAGAUUGUGUGACUUUAAUUUCUUACACCUUGGAUCAGUUAAAUUUUAAGGGGAAAAAAAUGAACCUAUCAUUUACAAGACUUUACAGAGGGAUCAGUUUGCUAUAUUCCAGAGUUUAGAGAAUAGCCCUACGCAUGCUGGAAAUAUAGGAUUUUAAAGAGGUUUCCAUAUUUAAAGGACCACUGCAAGCACCUUAACCACUACAGGCUGAUGUAGUUGGCAUUGUGGCAGGAUUGCUUUAGGGCCCUCCAGUGUUAAUAGUCAAACUAUUUAAGAACAUUUUUGCAAAUUAUCUGGCAUCCACCAAGCGCCUCCUGCCACCUUCUCUCCAGCUGGAAUCUCCUGCAACUGAGCGAGCGUCGCACUUAUUGUUAAGAUCUCUCAGCUUACACUCUCAGAUAAUGAGCUGUCUCUACACGGCAUGGGUGCUAAUGGGAUCUUUGCUGAAGCUUCCUUCCAAAGAGGCAGCAGAUGCCCCCAGGCAAGCUAUGCCAGGUGAUAAAGACGGGGCACUCUAGGGCUGUGUUCCCAAAUGGUAAAUAAGGCAAUCCUUUUAUUCUAACAAACCACGCUUGACAUACGAGAACAGUAGGUGAAGAAGGCCCUGCCAAAACAAGCUUAGAAUCUUAUGAUGUGCAAGUGAUGGGAAUUAUGACUAUCCUUUUUCUGUAAGAUCAUUGCUAUAGCAUUGUGAUUAAAGGCUAAUAAUCUCUAGGAACUGCUAAGGCUUCCAAUAAAACUCAAAAUAAAUAUGUCACCCUAUGAUACAAGUCUGGAUGCCAUCACAUUGACAUUUAAUUUUUUUAACCAUACAAAAACUUCCUUCCUUCCUCUCUCAUGCUUUGUGUGGGCUUAGACAGAUGUCUCUUUUUUGCCACAAUUGCUAAAUUAUAAAUUUUACUCUAAUUUUUAGGUAGAAUUUGUUUUAAGUCGAUUUGGUGACUAACUGUAAUCUUUCUUUAUAUUUAAAUAGGGUGAAAAAGUAGAAGGGCUUCAAGCACAGGCCUUGUAUCCUUGGAGAGCGAAGAAGGACAACCAUCUAAAUUUUAACAAGAAUGAUAUAAUUACAGUUCUCGAACAGCAAGACAUGUGGUGGUUUGGAGAAGUUCAAGGUCAUAAGGGCUGGUUCCCUAAAUCCUAUGUGAAGCUCAUUUCAGGCCCCUUAAGGAAAUCUACAAGGUAUCCUAUAUCUGUCUUGUUUUAUGGUUAAAGACAAACUGUCCCUUACCAGGAAUUUUAAAGUAAUGUUCACCUAUGCCCUUUAUUUAAAGAAACAGUCCAUUAAAUAAAUGAUUUAGUACAUAUACCCCCAAAGGAAAUGUGCAUGCAAUUUGUUUUGCAUGUUUUCUUUAUGGAUAUAAAAAUGAUUGCUUGCAAUAGCUGCAGAUCUAGUAUCUGCAGCUAUUUUAAGCCCUCCCCUACUUCCACAAUACACAGGGUUAUUCGCAAAGUAAAAUUCAAAUUUAGGGUCCAAAUUUGAUAUUCUCUUUGAAUUCACUUUUAAAUUGUCAUGUUGAAUAACCCCGCCCAGACUUUCUGUGACUGUCCAAUCAAAGACCUCCAAACGCCGCUCAGUGAAAAGUCGUUGCAAGGCAGGUGCUCUGAGCUAUUGCUGCCUCUAGUUUUUAUUUUUUAUUUUUUUGGUUAUUGUAAGUUUUCUGUCUAGUCUUUUUGUUGAUUUCCCAUUUUGAGUUUGUUGGCAGGGAAACUCACCUUCCACCUUAUCUAACCUUUAAUUACAAAGUACUAGGAAGAAGAUUAAUGUAAUAUAUAUAGUAUUGUAAACACAACAAGCAAUAACUGCACUUCACUAGCUAUCAGACUAUACAUUUACCACAAAACUAACCGUUUCUCCUCUUGCUAUGCCUUUCGUUAUCGCAAAGUCUUGCUGGUGUACAGUGCUGCUUUUCAGUUCCUGAUAGCUCGUCUAACUUUAAAAUUACUUUUAUUUAAUUUAUUUUUUUCAUAUACAGCAUUGAUUCCACAUCCUCUGAGAGCCCAGCCAGUUUAAAGAGAGCAUCUUCCCCAGCAUUUAAACCUGCUGUCCAAGGAGAAGGUAAAGCUCAUGGUCUGUGUAAGCCCAAAAAAUCCUGCUUUACAUUAUUGUGUUGUUUUAUUCUGUGUUUAAUAAACUUUUGCUUAAAAGCUAGACUUUUACAGUAUAAAUUACAUACUCCAUACAGACUAGAAAGUAACAUCGUACCUUAAAGUUGUAGUAAAUGAACAAACCAUUAUAAACUUGAUAUUGUCCCUUAGUCAAAAAUGGACACACAAUCGCCUGGGGCAGUGGAUUGUGUCUGGCAAAAUAUUGGCUUUGGAUGAAUGUUUGGAAAUGGAUCUGUGUACCAUCUGCGAGUCUGUGCUUGGAGUGGGUCUAAUGCUCCCACUGUUAACUCACAUGGCGCUUUUUAUUGUACAAUAAAUGAACUUUCUAUCAAGAGAUUUUCAGGAGAGUGUCCGUUUAAUGUUGCAGUGCUGGUAACAGUGUGGUUUACUUUGUAUUCUAACAAUUAGUAUGUUACCACUGUGCCUGAAAUAUCUUGCUUUAAUAUACUUAACGUUUAUUUAUAUUAUAGUGUUUCUUACAUUUUCGCGACAGUAGCUCUUUAAUGUUAAUAGUUUUAUUGUAUCUUGCAAUAAUGAGCAUUUGAAUAUUAUGGACACUGUGCAGCCAAUUAGUGUUCUAGGAUACUGAAGGUAUAUCCGUUAUCUAAUUGAGCAUACAGAAGUUAAAUAACCUAUAAUGUAUUGAGAAAUUUUGUACAUUUGUUCAGGUUUUUAAUACCCAAUUAGGGUGUCUGGUGUUACUUCACCUUUUAAUUAAAUUAAUUAAGAAAAUUGGCUGUUUGUAAUUCAACAUGUAAAACUCACCUGUUUCCUAUGUUUCAGUAUAACUAUUUUACCCUAUGCCCUUUAAGGAUCUUUAUUUUUUUAAACACUUUUUUGGUGCAAUUUUAUUAUAAAUCAAACUUUACCUCUUGGUUUACAGAAUACAUAGCUAUGUACACCUAUGAAAGCAACGAGCAAGGUGAUUUGACGUUUCAGCAGGGAGAUAUGAUCGUAGUCAUAAAAAAAGAUGGUGACUGGUGGACAGGAACCGUGGGAGAUAAAACUGGAGUCUUCCCGUCCAAUUAUGUGCGACUCAAAGAUUCGGAGGUAAAUGAACAUUACUGGCCCUCAAAUUUUUGUGGCUUUUGGGUCAAGAAUCCUAAUAAAGUAAUCAACAUCUUCCUAUACUUCCAAGUAGGUGGAAGCACAAUAUACUCUGAGAAAAUAGCCUGCACUGUACUCUUGACUACUUGGUUCAUAUGCCCCUUUUCCUUUUGAUCAUUAUAUCGGAGAAUUAAACAUAUCAUAUUUUUGUAUGUCUUGAACUACCGCAGUUUUUGAUUCCAUACCUGUUUUUCCACAAGUGACUGUGUGCUUUUUCAAACAUUGAAACAACACUACUGACAGAGGUUUAAUGUAUACCCUGUAAUUUCAAACCGGUAUGGGAGACCAUUGAGUGAUUUUUAAAUUAUCAAGUGUAUUUGUUUAUAAUGCUCAUCCUGGAACUGUGUGAUAUUUAACUUCAGAUUAUAGGUUUCGUAUUUUAUUUUUAUACACCAUAAAAGUUAUAUUUUAACUAUUGCACAAUUUUCUUUAUAAAUUAAGGCUGGGCUUCUUAUGCUCUUAUAAAUCUAAUUGUUUGUUCUAACUGGGUUCAUGCCCCCUGAGGCUUCCAGCCUUAUUUUGAUCAUACUAUACUCAUUUUCCUAAUUAUCUUCUAUAAUCAGUCUUUAUUACAAACCUUUUACAGACCACGAGCGUCAUACACGCAAGCAUACAAAAUCAUCAAAAUCAAGAAAGUAAAUGAUUUCCUAUGAAGAGAGCACUUACAUCACGUCGGUAGUUGUGAUAAAUCACCAAUAGCGAACGGCAAUAUUUUGUCAUGCACCGGUAUUAUUACCUCUUGGUAACUGGUAGCCUUUGCACUCUAGAGGGGCACAUUCUGAUAAAUGUAGUUUUAAUUAAAUUAAUCUAGAGUGCCAUGGCUUAUCUUCAAGGACCUAGAAUAAUUUAGAACAAUCUCACUUUGAUUGACAAAACAUUAAUCUUGUCACAUUUCAUAAACCAUCUUGAUGAAGUGUAAUUUUAUUAUUUUAUUUUUCCUCCCCAGGGUAUUGGCACAGUAGGAAAAACAGGAAGCCUUGGAAAGAAACCUGGUGAGAUUUUUUUAAUUUAAAAAAAAAAAAAAAAAUUUAUUCUUCAGUAAAAAGAAUUUCAAUUGUUAGGCUCUAAUUAAUUGUGUUUCUACGGGAAAUUCUUUAAAAGAAAAAAAUUUAAAUCCAUGUUACUAAAUCACAAUCGGUUAAAAUUGCUUCAUAUUGUAGAAAUAUGCAAAUCAAAUACAGAUCGCAAGAUUUUCCUUGUUAACAAAUGUAUGAUUACAUUCAUACAGAAUUAUUCACAAAAUUAUGGGUUUUCAGGAUGUAUCCAAACAAACAACAUUGGUAUUUUUUUGCCAGUUUGGUUAUGGUGGUCUAAGGUUUAAAAUUCAUAAAUCCUGAAAACUGUUUAAUUUUAGUGAAUGAGGAAUCAUUGGCAUGAGCAGCAAUGGGUGGCUGAGAGUGUCAGGCUUUAGCCUAUCAUGGUGCCCAUUGCUGGUAUGAAUUGGUAUGACAAUAGGGUAGUGUAAACUCUGCCUUAGCCAUACCUGCAGUAGGGACCAGGCUAUGAGUGGACAGGAACCCUUAUUUACUGUUAAAUUGUUUGAAACAGUUUAACACUGGACUUAGAGAGAGCACCAGAGGACCUCGAGCAACUGCAAUUAAUUCAGUGGGAUGAAAUGGUUAUUGUUAGUGUACUUUUAAUAAUGUGUCAAAACAUAAAUAUUUUAUAAAAUUUCCUUUUACCUUUGGGGCAAAAAAUCAAGAAAUCGAAGCCGGAUUUGCUCAGGUUUUGUGCAGGUAUUGGAGACAUGCAAAAGAGAUUGGAUAUUGGAGAACUAGGUGACUUCUCUGACACUUCUGAAGACCUACCUCUACAUAGAAUGGAGGACUUGGUCUUUUAGGGACCCUCCAAACUUUUUCAAACUGAUUGAGGGAACCUCUCACCCUGUGACUACAGCCAUUCUCACAGGCCUCCUGGCUGAUCUCCGUCAAGAUAAUUUAGCAGAGAUAUUACAAGUACGGGAGAACAUGUGUUUGUAUCAAGAUUAACUACAGUGAGGCAGACCCACAGGGAGUAAUAGCACACAAAUCUGACGUUCAGUAGCAGGUAGGCGAUGUUGCCUCAGCCCAAUUCUAACUAGACUACCAAUUCUUGUCCCUGGAGGACAAAAGAAGGUGGAAACACCUGAACGUUAGAGGCUUGUCUGACGGAGUCACCAUGGCAGAAUUGCCACUCCUUCUACUCGGCAAAUUAACGGCCUUACUAACUCCCAAACAAGUGAAAGAAAUACAAUUGGAUGGCCUGUUGCGCCUACCAAAACCUCAGUCACACAAGGUUGUGGCUUUCAGUGAUCUCCUGAUAAACUUUCAAUUUGGACAGGAUUAGUCUGCCUUCUUAACUGCAACCAGAGGGAAGACCCCAUACAAAUUCAAAGAGAUAGAUCUCUCCUUCUGACCUCUCCAGUAUGACCGUGCAAUGGAGUAAAUCACUCCAACCCCUAGCAGCUAUCUUAUCUUCUAAUGGCAUGAAGUACAGAUGGGGUACUUCCUAUUCAUUCAUCAUCCAACACAAUAACACAGGGUGUCCUAUGCCUCAGAGAUGAUUGAUGUCCUGUCUACACUGGGCCUUGGCCUAACCUCUCCACCUACUGCUGCAGGGAACACGAAUGGUGGCUGCUACCUUAUGGGAUCCUGAAACUAGUGCUACGAUUGUGACAAUUACCUGAAUUGCGUAAUGUUUAUGUUGGGAUUUUUUCAUUCCAUUUUAAUUUUUCAUAUCAUUUGUAGACAACCUACCUUUUGUAUACUUUUUAUAAAUGGCACAAUUUUCAGGUCUAUGUAGGCCGAGAUCUGGUUCGUCCUGGCCAAAUUAGCUCUGAAGUUGAUACUAUAACGCUGCCCCCAGCUCCAGUUGCUCUCUCUCAUUUUUCCAUUUGAACGUUGGCAUGCUGUUUAACCUAAUAUUCUAAGACACACAUUUAUGUUGCAUGUCCAUUUUGUUUUGCUCAAUCUGUUUAAGCUAGUCUCACAAAUCUAUGGUAUGUGGUUGAUUUGUCAUAGUCUGUGUUUGCUAUACUAUAACAAAAACCCUUCGUCAGAUGCGUUAUCCUUUUAUAGAUAUUGUUCACUACUUAUUUACAUAUGUACACCUAUGCUGUGUCUAUUUUGUCUGACUGGAAUAAAUAAAGAAUUUUUGAAAAAUGUCUAAAUGCAAAAAAAAAAUAAAAAAAAUUAUUGGUCAGAAAUGUACUCAAUACCUGCAACAGAUCUGAACUUCAGGCACCAUAAACACUUCAGUGAAAUAUCGUUAUGGUACCACGAGUGUCCAAUUAAGUCCGUUAGCAAAAAUGUACAGUUAGCUUGAUUGAUAACAUGUAGACCCCAGGAUGUACUUGGAAACUAGCAACACGCUUAAAUGUACCUUUCAUUCUUAUUAAACACUCUUAUUAUCUGUAGUACAGUUGUUUUUUCCUGCGAUCCAAAAAGAUCAAUUUAUAAAAAGAAAUCUUAUUGGGCAAUCUGCUAUGAAACCACUAGUGUUGGUCUUAUUUGGUGAAAGUUUGCGCUUGUGGUUUAUUGUCAUUAUGUAUUAACAAACUGUAUUUUGGCAGAAAUCGCCCAGGUCAUUGCAUCUUAUACAGCUACUGGACCUGAGCAACUCACGUUGGCCCCCGGCCAACUAAUUCUCAUCAGAAAGAAGAACCCUGGGGGCUGGUGGGAGGGAGAAUUACAAGUAAGUCACUUAUCCUGCAUUUUAUAUCAUUCCUAAUGGAGCCUUACAGAAAAAGCAAUACAGUAUUACAUGUUAACUCCAAAGUAUGGAUUUGCCUGAGAUUAGAAUACUGCAUGCUGCAAAUUAUUUUUAAAUUGGAUUUUGCCUUUACUACACCUGAUUGAAAAACCACACCUUGAAAAUAUGGCACUGUCUCUCCUAACCUUUUAAGAUAUGCUGACUCUUUACUGACCGUAACAUUUCACCUAUGUACAUCUCUGAUUGCUAAGAUUUUAGCUUAUUGUAUGCUUAGCACAGAGAUGUGAAUUUUGGUGGCUACAGUGGGAUCAUCAAUGUUUUCCCACAAUGCUGAAGGUGCAGCAGUGUAGUAGGAAAUGUGUGAGCAUGCAGCCCGCAGGAAAAUUAAAACCAUAGAAAAAUCUUCCACUUAUUGAAAUCUUUCAUGAGCCCACUUUAUAGAUUCUUAUUUUAAUACUCCAUGAACUUGGAUGUUUGGGGUGAUAUGGGGCAUGUAAAUAUUCAUUUUUUUUAUUUAUUUAUUUAUUUUUUAAAUAUGUCAACGUUAAACAGACUUACAGGAAACAUUCAUUCCGGUAACUCCUUUUACAUAUAGCCUUUUUUUUUAAAAAAGCUACUUUACAUCACAUGUGUUAGGAAAUGUUCACAGUAUUUAACAUGUUUGUCUGACCAGGCUCCCUCAGGCUGGUUCAUCCAGUUAAACUUUAGUAAGGCCACAUUAAAGGAACACUCUAGGUAUGAUAAUCUCUACAUUUUAUAUAAGUGGUUAUAGUGCUCUAGUACUGCUCUUUGCUUUCUACAAAUGUAUUGUUCUCUCUCUCUUUACAGAGCUUUAUAUAACCAUCCCACAGUUCAUUGGUAUCCGGUUAAUACUAAACUUGAGUCCCUGGGCACUUGCUCCCCUGCCUCCGCUGUGGGUAUGAUUAAGGCUCAUCUCAUACCAAUGAUUAGCUGUUGUGAUAGGUGGAAAGUGGUCACUUGAUGCCUUCAGCUAUUCCCUGUCACCCAUCACUUGCCUUAGUCAAUCCUGAAGCAGAGGGGGACCAGGCUGCGAGUACCCGGGGACCCACAUUCAGUGCUAAAUCUUUUGAGAAGGGUUUAACACUGAACCAUUGGACAAUGCCAGGCUGCUCCAGGCAUUGUAAGCAGUUGGAGUAUUUGGGGAAAAUGGGAGGCGAUAGAGGGAGAUCUGGGAAUUAUUUUCAGCUACUGUCAGGACUUAUAAGAAGAGAUUGUAGGUAGGUGGUUGACAUGAGGAAUGAAAGCUCCUUUCCCCUUCUUUAUAAGCAUUCUGUAAUAUAUUGUAUUUUAAUCAAAUGUCUUUUUUAGGCACGUGGGAAGAAGAGACAGAUUGGAUGGUUUCCUGCAAACUAUGUCAAACUUCUGAGCCCUGGUACAAAUAAAACUACCCCAACAGAGCCACCCAAACCAGCAACUUUGCCACCAAGUAAGUGAAAAAUGAAUGCUGCAAUGUAUAACAUGUAAACCGCUAUAUGGGAUACUUGGUCCAUCUGGUGCUCCAAAGGUUAACCAAAAUGUGUAACUGUUUUAAUUACUUUUAUAGUUUACAUUAAGGAGAGCUCUGUAUUGAUAUGAUUAACGAUGUAUAUGUAAAAUGGGGGGUAUGGUAUCCUGUAGAAUGGCAGUUUUAAGAGUUCCUUUUGCUAUCUGCUUUCUAUGCUUCCAUGCCCUUCCUCGCCCCUAGACCAUCACUUACUAUGCUCCCACCCCUCUCCUUAAAAUACUGCUUUCUAUUGAACACUCACAUUCUAUAGGGCAUUCACAUCAAGGGUACAAAACAAACAUUCUUUAGCGCGAAUUAACAAAAAAGAAACCAUAAAGGAAACAAAACAGAGAAACAAGACUGCACCGUGUAAAUACACUACUAUAGUAGAAUAUUAUUAACAAUAAGGAAAUUUAAAAAAAAACAGAUUAAAACAAAAUAGUCUCAAAGUCUAAAAUGAAUGUACCCUUGUCAAUGGGUUGGAAUGCAGUUUAAGUUGUCCGAUAAGAAGUGAAUUCUUGUACAGGGAAAUAUGAUGAGUAGAAGAUUUAACCGUGAAUCCCAUUCACAGGGGUACUUUCAUUUUAGAUAUUUGUGGGACUAUUUUGUUUGAAUCUGUUUUUGUUUUUUUUCUUAAUGUUCUAUUAUAGUAUUGCAUUUAUAUGGCAGUCUUUUUUUCUCUGUUUUGCUUCACAUUAAGGGACUUAUGGGUUUGGGAGUGUGCCCUUGCAACUCCAAAAGUUUCCCGAUCUUUGUGAUGAUUGGUGCACAAGACCAUGCGUGUCUCCUCUGAAUCAUUACAUUGGUAGGGAAAAGCUGCUGACAUUUAUAGAUAAAUAUUUAUUCAUGCAUAUAUUGAUGACUGUAUUGUACUUUCCCUUGUGUAUCGCAGCGUGCCAAGUCAUCGGAAUGUACGAUUAUAUUGCACAGAAUGACGAUGAACUCGCUUUUGCCAAAGGUCAAGUCAUUAACGUGCUGAACAAAGAAGAUCCAGACUGGUGGAAGGGGGAACUGAAUGGUCAAGUGGGUCUCUUUCCUUCAAACUACGUGAAGCUAACCACAGACAUGGACCCCAGCCAGCAAUGUAAGUAAUGAUGGCCUCUCUCAUUAACUGCUUCUCUAACCUGUUAAUACCUACAUGCAGCAUUGCUGUGGUUCUGCGUGUCUUUUGUAGAAAUAAAAGCUCUGCCCUCUGCUGCAUUCACUAAGUCUCUUUGAAGACCUUCCAAAGUAUAAAACUAAAGGGACUAAGUUUAACAAUUGGGGAAAUACCAAAACCAUAUUCCUGGAACUACCCAACUGGGUCUGAGCAGAGCUGCUGACAGAUUAUUUGAACUAAUAUCAUGAUGCAGUGUGAUUUCUAUAAUCGAUUUCUGUGCUGUGUUGGGGUUCAUUAGAAGAACCCAACAGCCGGGUGCCAAUACUGCCACUAAGUCAUUUUAACAGUGCCUUCUUUAUUUUCCAUUAAACGUCCUCUUCAAAUCAUAAUAAAUCGUUAAAUAACUGAAAAUGAUUUCAAUAAAAACCUGUAGGUCGCAUAAAAUCCUGUUACAGGAAUACAACUGAGAUUUGCGUUCUUCUGGUCAAACAAUAUAUCAGGCCUCUGUCUCAGAACCAGUUGUAUCUUUUAACUCUACACUAGCUAUAUUACAAAUAUUUUUUUUCCUUGGUUCUAUCCCUACAUUUCUUCAUUCCCUAUUUGUGGCAUGUGUUUUUUUUUUUUUCCUUUUCUUUUCAAUCAUGCUAUUUUAGCACUCUUCUCGUCAUCAUUGCACAAUGUAGUUGGGUUUUUCUUUUUUUUAUUUAUUUGUUUUUGUGUGUGGUGUUUUUAUUUUAUUUUUAUUUUUGCUUAUUUGUGUUGUUUUCCUCCUUUUUCUAGGAAACAUAUGUUGUCCAUCCCCCUUCCCAGGCUUGAAAGUCCUCAAAGAGACCCACUAUCCCCAUAUCACUGCCCAGAGGGAUGAUGGGAGAUGCAGCCUUGAUCAUGUGACUUCCAGCAUGAUCAUCUACUGCCUUCUGACUAGAAGAAGUACUGCCCAGCAGUUAUACCUCAUUGUCCAUUUAGAUGCAUGUAACCUUGACGUUUUAUCAGCAGAUUCCGAAGCAAGAAAAUCUAAAAACCAUACAAAUAAAUGACACUGAUUACAGAGGAUAGUGGGUCCUUUUGUGGCUUUCUGCAUUGCUAGGAGAAAAAAAAUAAUCAUACAUUUCAAAUAGGAGCUUUCCAAUUGACUGUUCAUAUUUCUAAACCUGUACAAUGCAACCCUCCAAAGACAGUGACCAUAAAACCGAUCCGAGUGGCUUUAGAAUAGAAUUAUUUUAUUUUUCACGUUCAAUUUUACAAAAAGACCCACUAUCAAGGAAUGCUGCAUGUGCUGUCAGUAGUCCAUAAAAUCUGAAACGUUUUAUAUUUUUCUCCAUAUUUUUUUUUCUCCCCCAUGUGUCCAGUGUUAAUUUUAAUUUUUAUGUUUUGGAAUUUUUUUUUUUUUUUUUCAUUUAUAUAUAUAUUUUUACAAAGUAUAUUAUGUAACUAUGUUAAACAGCAAUGUGAUGAUAACAAGAUUACUUGUAGUGAAAUGUGCCCGAUUUAUAUUGAAGGUAUAUGGCUAACUCAGUUUGUGUUAUAGUCUUCAUAGAAAAAUGAUUGCAUUUUUGUAUACAGAAAUCAAUACUGUAUCGACCUGUGCAAUGGUUGCUACCUGUUAACUCCUUCAGCCUCAGAAAAAUGCAGGUACAAGAGGGGUUAACACUUAUAUUUUGCACAUAUAGUUAAAGACAUUUAUCACUUCUUUGUACUGUUAUUAUUUAAUUUUUACAUGUACUUGGCAGCCAUUAACCAGUUUUAUUGUAUAAUGGUUAAUCUUUUGAGCGGCAGACGUGUGUGCUACAUUGCAAUGUGUUAAGCACACUAUUCUCCUCUUCUGUCUCUCAAAAGGAUUGUCUUCGUAUCCAUCCAUCCUAUGAAAUUGUAUUUAAUCUCUUGGUGGAUAAGCUAGGGAUUUCCUGACUUUUGAUAGCAAAGGCAUCAAAUUGCUGUUCUGUGUUGCGCAUCAGGACAAAGAAUGUAUACACUAUUUUAACAUGAAUUUAACUGCAAUGUUUACAUUUUUUUUUUUUUUUUUUUAUCGUUGGUUUUAAAUAGACUGUGGAAAUUUUGUCAUUUUACUGUUUAUAGCCGCUUACAGUGUUGUGUCGUGACGUACGAGUCAUUAACUAUUUCCUUAAACACUAGUGGACUGCUUUUAACCCAUGUUUAAAUGCCAGUGGCACGAGCAACGCGUUGGGGAAACAUUGCUCUGCCCUAUGAUGCACCAUAAAGAGUUAAUACCAUGAGUAGAAAAAGCAGAUUAAAAUAAUGUAAUGGGAGUUGGGGGGCAAUUUGUGGAUUGUGGCCAGAACAAGAUGGCAGACUUUAUCUAUGGCUGUAAAGGGUUUUUAAUUAUAAUUUUUUUUUAAACUUUCUUUGUUUUUUUUGCUUUGUCAUCGACGUUUCUAUUUCUGUGCAUACUGAAAGUGUUACAGGCCGCGCUUUACCUAUCCAUGUGGCGGGUGGCCGCCAAAAACCUUUGUUCAUCUACACUUCAGUAUUUUAAUGGGUAUGAAUGUAAAAUAUAUAAAUAUAUGAAACUUACAGCUUUAACAACUGUAAUACAGCCUUUACAAUCAGUUACAUGUAUAGAUAAUUAAAUUCUUCUUAUAAAAGCUAGUCUUUGCUCUGUGUGUCUUUUUGCUUUGGGAUCUUGUUUGACUGUCACAGUGAUUCUUCACCAAAUUUAACCUCUAAAGACGCAUACAACACAUUUAUUUAAUGACGUGGUUGGUACAGAGUUGAGUCAUGGUCUUUCUACAAUUAAACACAUUAAUAUUGAGUUUAUUGAUGUUUCAAUUUGCGUUUCCAUUAAAUAUUUAGAAGCAUACAAAUUGUGGCAUGCUAUACUUUCGACUUCUCCAAAUGACACUCCAUGCAAAUUUUACUGCAUGGGUUUCCU